ACCUAAUUUUGCUAAAUAAUGGCGUUCGGGAUCCUGUCAAUCCCGUUGCUUUUUGCAACCGAAAGUGUUUCUCUCUCUCUGAUUUACUAGAGGAAUAACUAGAUCCUAUAAGAGCAAAGUAAAACUUUGUGUGCUUUUCAGAAUGCAUUCCUGGCUUGGCAUUGUCUUUAAUAGCUUUACAUUAAUAGACAAGAAGUGUAAGUUGCGUGGACCGCUGAGCAAACAUGAAGGGCAAUGUAUUUUGGCCCUUUACAGUUAGUAGCUGCCUCUUACUGAAUCGGAAGAUGCAGUGCCUCUGUUACUCUUUACCCUUCUCAUGUUGCUUCUAGGAACGGAUAUCUGCUCCUUUGAGGGUAGCACACUGUUCUUUGUUCCUGUUCUAAACUAUGGGGUGAGCUUCUAAAGGUAAAGGACAGACAGACUUUCUACCAUAUGUGUUAAUAGAAGGGAGGUUUCUCUUAGGCAUGUUCUGGAGCAGGGUGUUUUGGGUGCAAGCAACAGAAUGCAAUGUGGCUGUGGAAGGACUCGAUAGUUAGAGAGAAAAAAGAAAGCAUGGGAAAAUCAAACCUUGGUGAGGGCAGGAACCGGCGUGGGGGUGGGGUUGGGGGGCGAUCACUAGUACAUUAGUCAGUGUUCUCCAGAGGAGCACGACAGAAUGAAUUUGUAUAUAAUAAAAGGGUAUUUAUUAGAGUGGUGUCCAGCUGUGGCCCAGCCAGUGUAGUGAUGGCUGUCUCCCAACAGAGAGGCCAGGAGUCUGGUAGUUGUUAGUCUAUGAGGCUGUAUGCCUCAGCCUGUCUUCAGUUUCUGUUGGAAUACCAAUAAGAGCAAGCAGGCAAAAAGCAAAAGCUUCCUUCCUCCACGUCCUUUUCUGUGAGCCUCCAUAGAAGGUGUGGCCCUGAUUCUUGGUGGCCAUUCUGACAUCAGAUGGGUGGGUCUUCAAACAUUAAAUAAUCUGCUCCAGAAAAAUCCCCACACCUGUGCCCAGCUGAUUGGGUUCUAGUUGAUUCCAGAUAUAGUCAAGUCGACCGGAAAGAUCAGCCAUGAGAGCGAGUGAGAAUGGACUAGUCCCAACCCGAUUCUGCUUUCAAGGAUGACAUGGAACAUAUUCAGAUACCCUGUAUGGGUGGGUAAUUGAGCAAAAUUACCGACUAGGAUACUUUUCCAUUUCACGGAGAAGUUCAGGAUUGGUUUGCAAAUUCUCCCUUGCUGAGCUUUCUUUCUGGAAGAUUAUUCUAUCCCUCGCUUCAGUUAUACAAUGGAGCCAGCAGGGGCUCGAAGGAGCCCACUCCAGUCCUGAGGCUACCUUAGGACUCACAGCCAGCACUGCGUGUGGAACCUUAUCUCUGCACCACACUGGCGAGUUCAGUUCCUUGAGUGAUGCUACUUCAGAUUAGGAAAACAAAUCUCUCACAGUCAGUGGAGAUAAGGUGCUAGGGAGAUAUAGGGGAGAUGCCCGUAUGAUUGGAAAAGGAUCAGUUAAAGAAGAUGAAGGUCGUUGCUGUUGGUUGAAGCCAAUAGAAGAGCUGCUUGGGAAAGACCUCAUCUCUUUAAGGAUUGUAAGAACCCUUGAUCAAACUGAACUGCAAAAGACAGCAGUGGGCAGGCUAAGACCAGUUCUUCAUUUUAUUAUCAAACACCAAACGCAGUCUGUGAUGUGUGCUUAGAGAAUGUCCUGGGUCAUGGGGGAGUGGGGGCAACCCAAAAGCUAGCCUACUGGAUACUUUAUUUUUAGGUUACAGUUGGUACCUGUCUUAGUUACCAUUCUGUUGCUAUGAAGAGACACCAUGACCAAGUCAACUUACAGAAGAAAGCAUUCAACUGGGAUCUGGCUUACAGCUUCAGAAGCUUCCCUUAUCAUCAUGACAGGGAGUUGGCUAUAGGAAGGCAGGUGUGAUGCUGGAAUAGUAGCUGAGGGUUACAUCCUAACCCACAGACAGCAUAUACAUACAUACAUACAUACAUACAUACAUACAUACAUACCCAUAGGCAGCAUAUACAUACAUACAUACAUGCAUACAUACAUGCAUACAUACAUACAUACCCAUAGGCAGCAUAUACAUACAUACAUACACACAUACCCAUAGGCAGCAUAUACAUACAUACAUACAUACAUACAUACCCAUAGGCAGCAUAUACAUACAUACAUACAUACCCAUAGGCAGCAUAUACAUACAUACAUACAUACAUACAUACAUACAUACCCAUAGGCAGCAUAUACAUACAUACAUACCCAUAGGCAACAUAUACAUACAUACAUACAUACACACACACAUACAUACAUACCCACAGGCAGCAUAUACAUACAUACAUACAUACAUACCCACAGGCAGCAUAUACAUACAUACAUACAUACAUACCCAUAGGCAGCAUAUACAUACAUACAUACAUACAUACAUAGCAUAUACAUACAUACAUACAUACAUACCCACAGGCAGCAUAUACAUACAUACAUACAUACCCAUAGGCAGCAUAUACAUACAUACAUACAUAGCAUAUACAUACAUACAUACAUACAUACAUACCCACAGGCAGCAUAUACAUACAUACAUACAUACAUACCCAUAGGCAGCAUAUACAUACAUACAUACAUAGCAUAUACAUACAUACAUACAUACAUACCCACAGGCAGCAUAUACAUACAUACAUACAUAUGUACACACAUAUGUACAUGCAUAUGUACAUACAUUCAAGCAGAGAGAGAUAUUGAUUGAUUGAUUGAUUGAUUGAUUGGGCCUGGUGUGGGUUUUUGAAACCUCAAAGCCAACCAGUGAAAUCCCCCUAACAAAGCCACACCUCUGAAUCCUUUCCAAGCAGUUCUACCAACUGGGGACUAAGCAUGGAAAUAUAUGAGCCUUUUAAGUACUAUUCUCUUUCAAACAACCAUAGCACACCUCCCUCUGCCUCAGAGGAUAUAUUGAGUACAGAAAUAAAUAACUCCAUGGUCCAUGGAAUCCAUUCCCAACCCUUUUUCAACUUGUAACACGUCUUGGUUCAUUUGAUGCUGCUUUACUGUGUGAUGCUUCUAGCUUUGGGUUUCGCUGAAGAUGAAACACGGAUUUGAAUCCUGAAUCUUCUACUGAAUUUCUUUGAUCUGACUAAUUUGCUUAAUGAAGACCCAGUCUCUCCUCCAUUCCACAGGAAUUUUGCAUUAUUGGAGAGGACAGCAAGCCCUGUUUUGAAAAGAACGUAUUUGCCAAGCGGUUACGUGUGGAAGUGCUUGGCUGGGGCUUCCUGGAAAACUGUACUAAAGGGAUUGAUUCGUGAGGUGGGAAGUGUGUUCUUUCAGAGUUUUUUCUUUAAUGUUUAUAUUAGAGACAGGUAACAUAGGGGAAGGGUAGUGUAACAUUAGGUACUGUGCUUGUCUGGCGUGCACAGGGCCCUGAGUUCCAUUCCCAAGAUACCAUGAAGGGAGGACGAGGAUAGAAGAAGAAGAAAAGAAAGGUGAAGAAGAAGGAAGAGGAGGGCUGACUUGGAGCUUUGGCAUCCAUUUUGGGACCGUGAGUGAAAGGCCAACGGCAAUGCAGAGACACAGCCGUCUCUGACAGGCUCUCUGCCUGCAGCCUCUUCCUUCCACAGCCCUUGCUAUAAACCCCUAGGUUUUAACCCUCUCUAAUGGGUCUGUGCUGGAGGCAGUAAGUAGCACACAAGACCUUAAACCUCAGCUUUUCUAUUUGCAAAAGCAGAGUGGGAUUUGCCUUGUAAGGUCAUCCCGAGAAUUUCACUGCAGCGUGACCACAGGAGCAAACUACUUCCUGCUCUGACAGACUGUUGGCACAUGGUGUGGUUUAGGCAUGAGUUUGAGAAUUAGGUAGCACUUUGACUGGCAGUCGACUCCAAGUCCCAUGUCAUUGGCUCAGUUUGAAGUCUGAGAGGAAGGGACCUUUUCCUUUCCUCUUCACUAUGUGUAUGCUGCUAACACAGAGAGGUCUCCCCCUCUUUUAAACAAUGACAAAGGUCCUGAUGGUAUAAGGUCCAUUCUAGGAUCUCUUUAUAAUGUGAUUGUUCAGUGUUCUAGGAUAUUGUAAGGAUAGGAUGGACUAUGUGGACACUGCUGAGGGGCAAUGGGUGUUCCUGGUGACCUCAUAUGCUGUAGGUGUCAUAGGGUGUCACAGAAUGCCUAAGGUAGGCUGCCUCAGCAUAUUUUGGGAUAGAAUGAACUUUCUUGCUUCUCUUGAGAGUUCUGGGGGGGGUAGGGGGCUCCUUUAAAUCAUAUUCCAGGCAUAAGCAUUAAAAUGCUGAAGUUUGCACCCAUGCAAGCUCUUUCCACCCCCUUUAAAUUUAGAGCCCAUGUCGUACUGCUUUUUCUUUGCAAACCUUUUAAGCAGCAAGACCAUUAAGUCUCUGGGAUGAAGCUCAUUGCUCAUGUAUUAAGUAAAUAACAAUCCUGUCCCAACAGGAUUUUUUUUUUCCAGGAUCAUUUUUAGGUGACAUUAUGUAUUUGCAGGGACUUGUCUUCAAAUAAAAGCCUAAUUGAAAUACAGCUGAAUAGGAAUCGAGAGUGCAGUUCAGGUUUAAGGUGAAAUGAUGCUAUCCCUCACCACUUCAUAGAUAAUUGCUUCUUGGUACACAUUUCCCGAUAAAGCUUUUGGGGGGAAAAAAGAGGCAAGCAUUUUUCUUAGCCAUAGUCAUACUUCCUGUCCAUCCUGACAGAAGAUAGAGGGGCAGGUUUUUUUCUUCCCUCUCUCAGCAGUGAUUGUAGGAAUUGCUUGUUGCUUGGAAAUCUGCGUUUGCCUUCUGGUGUGCCAUUAAAAAGGAAUUUGGUGUCCUGAAUUCCGUCUUUAUUUAACAUAAGAUGUUAAGAGUUGGCAGUUUCUGCAUCGGCAGAAAGUGGGAUGUGCAAAUGACUUGAACAUUUCCUUUUAUCAUUCAACUGUUCACAUUCAAAAUUCACGCAAGCCAAGGAAUUGACAAGGCUUAAUAAACUAGAAGCCGGGAGGGUGUUGAUUCUGUCUGUCCUGCCAUGCUGUUCACUACCUCAGUAAUCCAGGAAAGAAAGGUCGUUGAGUGGCUAGGUGCCAGAGGUGGGCAGUUGAUAAUACACCAGAACGAGGAGUUCAGGUGGCAGCAGUGGGAGCCAGAGUGCUGGUUGGUGACACAGUAUAUAUCCUGUAAUUUGCCUUCCAAUUUGACCUACAGGAUGCUUUGAGAAAGAGAGUAAUGACGGAGUUUAGGCUCCUGGAGCUGAUGACAGAAGAGAUGGCAAUAUAAACGACAGACCUCAGAUUCUGUUAGCAAAACAAAAUGAGGGAGAUUCAUGCAGAUGGCUCAGUUCUUCAACCCACGGGUCAGUUUGCAGAGGCAGAGAGAAGCCUCUGGAUUAAAGCAGACUUCGGGACUGAGGUUAGCCACAGUCAAUGUGAGGGAUCGGGUCCUGAUUUGAACAGAUUGAUAAUAAAAACUUAUUUUUCAAAGGAGAAAUGUGGAUAUUCGUGGCAUUAUUGCUAGUCUAUAGGUCUAGACAGAUAGGUGUUGGAAUGGCUUAAUAACGUGCCCAACGUACUAGCAGAAGGACAUGAAUUUGACUGUUCAUGUCCAUGUAACAGGUAGACGCCUAAGUGUGCAUGUGUAACCCCUGUGGGGAGCUAUAGAGGAAAAUAUUCUAAGGUGGUCCCUACACUGUGUGCUCACACACACACACACACACACACAGCCCACACAUAGACACACACACUGCAUAUGCAUAGACAUAUACAAUGUGUGCGCACACACACACACACACAGCCCACACAUAGACACACACACACUGCAUAUGCAUAGACACAUACAAUGCACACACACAUACACUGCCCAUACAUAGACACACACUGCAUACACACACACACAUACACACACACACUGCCCAUACAUAGAUACACACUACACACACACACACACACACACACACACACACACACUCACUCACUCACUCAUCAAGGCAGCCUUAUCUCUUAGUGAUGGAUACUGAAUCAUUUAUGAGGGAAAUUUUGACGCCAUCCAUUUAGCUAGGUGUGGAGUGCACUCCUUGAAUCUAGCACCUGGGACAUGGAGACAGGAGGAUUGGGAGUUGACGAUCAGCCUAGGCUUUGGGCAAUCAUGUCACUAAAAAUAUUCCCCGAAACUAAACAAAAAAUUCUUUUUUCCAUAGAAAACGAGUGGGUAUACAAAGAGAUAAGAGUUGACACACAUGGGUAUGGUCAGUGGAAGGAAAUACAUGUGUGGGCACCCCUCAUCCCUCAUUCUCUAUGUUGAAAAAUUCAUAGUUCAGUUAAAAAAAUGAAGCAGUGUCUGUCCUGUUCUUCCUUGUGACCACUGACUUAACAUGUCUUUCAUUGGGUACUGAAAAUUUAAAGCUAGAACCUUGUAUCUCAAAGUACUUUUAAGCCUAAAUAUCAUCACGAAGUCUAGUAACCAAGCCUUUCAGAAUUAAUGGACAUUUAAUGACCCAUUUUCCUUUAUUUGAGCCCAGCCCUUUGGGAUAAAGGGGAUGUUUUAUUCAUCACACUCUUUACUGAUUAUUCUUAUUUUUAAUUUUGGAAUGCUUUGUAGGCCUUAGCAGGUGUGUAAUUGUCAAUGGGAGGCCUCUUUACUUGCUGAACGCGAUGAAAAGUCAUUACAAGAAGUUUAAAAUAUGAAAGAAUUAAAUGGAGAACUUGGGGUUAAUGAAGUCUACCCUUUAGUGUACUGCACAGGGAUGGUUAAGGUCGAACGAGGUAUGGGUUUGUGUUUUACAGCUGCGUCGUCGGCCGAGCCUAAGGCGAAUCUUUCUGUCCUUUGAUCAGACUUCCUGAGCAAAGAGAACAGCAGGUGGCAUGGAACACUGCCAAGGUUGUGGGGUCACACUAGGCAGGAAGUCUAUGGUUGCCAUAACUCUGGAUUGCCGACAGCUUUAUGUCCUGUCUUCUUGUCAGGUGUUUAUUUCCAUUCUUUGAACCUUCCUUUAAGAUAGCCUACAGUGGGGGCAGUUUUCCUGAACACGUUUUUCUUGCUUUCUUCAUUGGUUUAUUUUAACGACCUGUAUGUGUUGUGUCUCUGUGUUGGUGUGUGCACAUGAUGGCAGAGGCUGGAGGGAUUGGAUCCAGUGGACCUGGAGUCACAGGUGGUUAUGAGCCAUCCUUUGUGGGAACCGAGCUCCGGCCUCUGCCAGAAGAGUGUGUGCCCUGAACGGUGAGGCUCACUGCUUCCUCCCUCACUGGAUUCCCAUACGUGAUUAGCUUUGCAUGAUCUGCCACCUACCCUCUGCCACUUCCCUUCUGCCUCCCCCUCAGAAUACCCAGCAUUCUCCUUUCUCUUGCCCUCUCCAUGCUCCUUCCUUAAAUCCUCUUUUCCCUCUCUCUUCCUAGCUCCAUAUCCUCUCCCCAUAUGCAUUCCCACAUAAAUAUAGCUGUAGGAAUGUAUGGAAAUACAUAUAUGUAAACAUUAGACGCGAGGAACAGCAGUUGAUGGAGAACCAGUGAUACUGUUUUUUUUCCCCGAGCCUGGGUUACCCAUAAUGCUUUUCAGUUCUCUCCAUUGGCACAAGCUUUAUAGUUUGAUUUGCCAACACAGUUUACGACGUGCUUAUGUUUUUGUGUGUCUUCUUUCUCGUUGUCAGUUUCUCGUGUGUGUGGUGUGUUCACGUGUGUGUGGUGUGUUCACGUGUGUGUGGUGUGUUCACGUGUGUGCUAGGCACACUGUUGCAUGGACUUUGCUUUUCUGUCUAACUCACCUUGUCCCACUUGUUACUUUCCUCUUUUACAUUGCCCUGCUGGCUUCUAUGACUGGCCAUCGUCUCAGUUAUUCAUAUCUUGGGAAAAGCUGUGGUCCAGGUCAAGGAAGUAGUCUGGAGAUGGGGUGUCAUGGAAGGGAGCAGCUACCAUUUAGACAGUUCUUUUUUUUUUUUAACGAAGAAUUAAAAAAUCUUUAUUAUUGUUAUAUAAUAAUUUGAUAGAGGUUCGCCUACGGGCUUCCUGAAAAACAGGAUAUGAAAAGAACCAUGGAUUUACAUAGUUCUCUUUUUUUUUUUAAAUUUAGAGAAUACUUUAUUAGUUUUUGUAAUCAAACCCACGUAGAUAAGACCUUACAUAUUUAAUACAGUGUGUUACCCCUGUACAAAUGGAAAAAAACUUAAGUUCAACAUUUCUAGACCAAUAUGGCUGUUAAUUUCUGUACAGUGCCAACUCAACACAGUAAACGGGGAUACUUUUUUCCAAAGUUGACAGCACAGCUAAAGUUUCAAAAAAUUAAAAUUAUAUAUCUGUAUAUAUAUAUUUAUAUUUAUAUAAAAAGACCAAUAAUAGCAGUGUGUUAUGCAUCAACAGCAGCAACAGCUUUUCCAGGUUCUGCAGUCAUCUGAACAAAACUGUAGAGACAUCCAGCACACUCCAUUAAAAAAAAAAAAGUAAAAAAACAAAACCCGAGAAAACAGCACAGUUCUGUUACUCUUGUGGUACCUGGCACCAUUUUUUUUUAAAUUAGCUUCUCAAUCAUCAUCUGGAAAGAAAACAUUCUGAGCAACAUCAUUAAAAACAGCUCUGAUAAAGCACGGUCACUACUACGUAUCAUAAAGCAGGUACAAGCUAUUUUACAUCCACAGAGGUAUGAUACAGUACUGUCCUACAUCUAUAAUACUAGAGGAUACAAUUUAAAAGGCAUUAUUUGAGACUUGAUUCUACUUUUCCAGCAGAGGGCCCAAAGGAUGGUGUGAUACAGCUUUGUAAAGAAACAUACCAUUUAGACAGUUCUUAACCCCUGAGCAAUGGACUGCAUGAAGGAAAGUCUAAUUUAUUUUGUUAAAAAAAAAAUCCUACAGAAGACCCCCAAUUUGCAAAAGAAAAAGGAACCACAAGUAAGAUCACGGUCAAGAUCAAGGGCUCACGGCUCAUGAUUUAGCUUUGGUUAAUAAGGACUGGGUAUAAAAUGCAUGUCCAGGAGGAUGGAUAAUGGGGUUGUUUUCUCUCCUCCUCCUUUAGAUAUUUAUUAUUAACUUAUGAGACAGUCUCACGUAUCCCAAACUGACUUGAACUCCUGAUCCUUAUGGUGCUGUCUCCUAAGUGAUGGGAUUACAGGUGUGCAUCACCAGGCCCAGCUAAGGGUGGUUUUUUGGGGGGGAGUGGGUGGGCUUAGCCCCAGGGACCUCUAUGUGCUAGUCUUCUAAUCUACCACUUAGACACAUCCUUUGCUCUGGAAUUGGGCUAUUUUCAAAGAAAAACCUGCCCUUUGUUGAUGUCACGAUGUGGCUGUCUAUUGUUCUAUCAGGGCACCAGUGAGCAUUCGUAUUUUUAUUAUUGUUUUAGUUAGGGUUAUACUACUGUGAAGAGACACCAUAACCAAGGUAACUCUUAUAAACAUUGAACUGAGGCUGGCUUACAGUUUCAGGGGUUCAGUCCAUUAUCAUCAAGGUUGAUAACUUGGCAGAGUGCAGGCAGACGUGGUGCUGGAGAAGGAGCCGAGAGUUCUACAUCUUGAUCUGAGGGCAGCAAGAGAUUGUGUGCCACACUGAGAGUAGCUUGAGCAUAGGAGACCUCAAAGCCCGCCCCCACAGUGACACACUUCCUCCAACAAGGUCACAUCUACUAAUAAUACCACUCUCUAUGGGCCUCUGGGGACCGAUUACAUUCGAACUGUUACAAUUACUGAUACAAUUAUAGGUGCCUAUGUGAUGUGAGGACUUGUAAAUUAAAUUUUUAACCAAACUAGUUUCUGUGUUUGUUCUUUCAAGACAGGAUUUCUUGGUGUAGUUCUUGUCUGUUCUGGAUCUCAUUUUGUAGACCCUAGGGUGGCCUCGAACUCACAGAGGUCCUCCUGCCUCUGCCUCCCGAGUGCUGGGAUUAAAGGCCUGUGCCACUACGCCUGGCUCCUGAACUAAGGAUUCGCAGGAAACUGUAAACGAUGUAGGUUGGCUACUGAUGAGUAGCGACUAUUUGCUUGUAUAUAUUGCUGCAGUGGCUUAACCUUAAAGAUGAAGCCCAGGGAUGGAGUCUUCAGCCAUCUUGGUGAGCCUUAAGCACCUUGCAAGCCACAGGCAGUCUCAGGCAGUCACAGGCAGUCACAGGCAGCCACAGGCGUGCACUGUAUCCUUAGGCUUCUGACUGCUUCUUGGGGUUUGGGCAAGAAGGCGAUAGGAAGGGUAAGGUUUUCUGGAUCCUCUGGACUUUGUGCAGAUUGCCUCUGGGAGACCUGUCUUGUGCUUGGGUUCUUCUCUCCAAGGGCCCCUCUGACCGUUAGAGUAUGAAGUCUGAUUUUAAAGGAUGUUUGCUAAGCAGAAUGGCGUGAAAGCUGCCUUGGGGCAACAGACAAUUAAUCAGAGUUGGAGAAGUGAGUCAGACUGGGGUAAUGUACCCAGAGGCACGAAACUUGGGCUGAUGAUUGAGCUGAGCUCUUAAGUGGUGUUUCUUGGCUGCAGGUGUAGGGACUGACUAGCUGGAUGUGUUUUAAGUGGAUAAGGUGGUGUGGAGGAAACCUUAGGCCCUUCUUCCUUCCUAUACUUUAUUCCUAGUGGUUUGGCAUAUGUGUUGUAUUUUUGGUUUCUGGUUUUUUUUUUUUUUUUUUUUUUUUUUAAAGACUGGGUCAAACUUUGCAGCUCAGGCUGGUCUUGAAAGUGAGACGCCUCUGCAUCAGCCUCCCACAAAAUGUCAUUACAGGUGUGAGCUACCAAGCUUGGCUUUCCAGGCCCUUUUAACCACGGUGUUGACCAGAGCAGAUAUUAAGACAAUCACUCCUUUGUCAUGAACUUCACUCUUAGGAAGUCGACUGGAGCUUGCUCCCCAGGACCCUCCCAGGAGUGACUUGCUGUGGAUUUCCCAAGUGUUUGAAAUAGUAAGCUGUAGAAUAUUCGUUAGCUGCUUUAGGUGUUCUUCCGAGUCAGAGAUGUUUUUCCUUUCACCCUCCACGGUCCAUGAAGACGUUUACCGCCUUUAGAAAGGUCAUGAGUAUGCUGCCCCUCACCGUCUUCCUGUCCUUCUCUUCCCUUUCUUCAAAGCUGGUGACGAAACCUAGAUCCUGUAACUUUGUGGGUCCAUGUUUUACCACUGAAUUCCAAGCUUUGCCAGGACGGGAUCUUUUAUGGUUGGUGCAGCCAAAGGAAUUCUUUUGAGUUUUGGCUGACAGUCUUUGCAAUGCAUUUGUGGUUUGGCAUGGUUCAAAGUAUUUAUCAUUUCAAGGGUAUAAAGCAAUGUAAACACACCCUCUUCACAGAGUUGUAAUAACUGUGAGUAUUUAAAGAGUAGAAUCCACAUCUUCAGACUAAACGGACCAAAGCUGCCAGUGGCUUUGUUUACUUCCUUGAAACUAUAACGUUCAAAGAGGGUGCCAACUUCUUGCUAUGUGCACGUUUUUAAGUAUGGAUGUGUUAUUGUUCUUGUCAUCAUUAUAUUGAUUAUAUCCAAAUCCACUGGGCCCGUUUUGAGGACAUUUGUCUUCAGUAUUAGUAAGAACACAUCAUGUUUAUUUUACUAAUUAGUCAAUAAGGAGGGAAAUUGCAAAUGGGUGACAAGCUUCAUGUUUGUGACAUGGACUGGAGGAACAGACCGGAGUGGUAUGUGGAACUUCUCUACUCAGUUUUUACAAAGGCAGAUCUGUUAUCAACGAUGAUGCAAGGUGCAGGAAUGUUGAUUGUCUGUUCUAUUUUGCAGAGGUAGCAUUUGGGCAACAAUGUGUAGUGUAGAGAAAAUGACAGGAUGCAGACAGGACUAAGCACACUGGCUAGAAAAUGUGGGCUGGACAGGCGAGGAGUUGCUUCAACUAAGUGCUGAUGCCAUGGGUGCACAUCCUUUAUGUACAAAGGAUGGUAGUUUUUCCAGCGAACCUAAACGCAUCCUCCUGUUUCUUCUAAGUUACCACAUCGUAAAUGAACAAAUUUACCUAACAGUAGAGCAUUAGACAAGCAAAUAAAUACACGUCUAUUUUAACCAAUAGGGUGUGAGUGAUAUAUAAGGGGUUAUUUUUAAUGUAUUACAUAUGAAGUAGAAGAAUAAGAGCAGCCAUUACAGCCCAACUGUGGGAUUUUUUUUUUUUUAUUAACUUGAGUAUUUCUUAUAUACAUUUCGAGUGUUAUUCCCUUUCCCGGUUUCCGGGCAAACAUCCCCCUCCCCCUCCCCUUCCUUAUGGGUGUUCCCCUCCCCACCCUCCCCCCAUUGCUGCCCUCCCCCCAACAAUCUAGUUCACUGGGGGUUCAGUCUUAGCAGGACCCAGGGCUUCCCCCCGUCCACUGGUGCUCUUACUAGGAUAUUCAUUGCUACCUAUGAGGUCAGAGUCCAGGGUCAGUCCAUGUAUAGUCUUUAGGUAGUGGCUUAGUCCCUGGAAGCUCUGGUUGCUUGGCAUUGUUGUACAUAUGGGGUCUCGAGCCCCUUCAAACUCUUCCAGUUCUUUCUCUGAUUCCUUCAACAGGGGUCCCGUUCUCAGUUCAGUGGUUUGCUGCUGGCAUUCGCCUCUGUAUUUGCUAUAUUCUGGCUGUGUCUCUCAGGGGCGAUCUACAUCCGGCUCCUGUUGGUCUGCACUUCUUUGCUUCAUCCAUCUUGUCUAAUUGGGUGGCUGUAUAUGCAUGGGCCACAUGUGGGGCAGGCUCUGAAUGGGUGUUCCUUCAGUCUCUGUUUUAAUCUUUGCCUCUCUAUUCCCUGCCAAAGGUAUUCUUGUUCCCCUUUUAAAGAACCAACUGUGGGAUUUUUAACAAUGGCUGAGUAAGCCUGUUUUAUGUCUAGUUUAUUGAGUGGUUUUCAUUUCUUAGAAUCGGUGAAACAGUAUUCAAUUUUGUCAAACUUUGGUUCUGCAAAUAAGUAAGUAAGUAAGUAAGUAAGUAAGUAAGUAAGUAGGGAAGCGCUCUUUUUAAAACACAAACUGCACCGUGACGUGGCAGCUUCCGUUUAGACCCUCACUCGGCCAACCUGGGAACGCAUCCCCAUGUCUCCCGAGUUCACUGCGUGCCUGGACCAGCCUCUGUCUCAGGGUUAACACCUCUGGGAAGGAUGCCUCUCCGAAGACUCAGCAUACUGCCGGGAUGUGGUGCCCCAUCCGAAGAGAACAACAUAGGUGUGUUUGCUUUACCGGCCUAAUGCUGUCCCCUCACUGUCGAGCGAGCCUGUUUCAAGCUGUUGAUAUAGCUUAGACCCUGGCAGUUGUCUAAUCUCCUCGAAGCCUCGGCGUCUGAUUGCGUUUGCUCACCCUGCAAAUAGUCAGCGGCGUAAGCGAUCUCGAAGUGAGAAUAGAUCUAAAGCCUGUGUUUAUGAUAGACAGGGUUCAGAGGGGAGUUGAGACCCUGUAAAAUACAGACAUGGACUUCCAGAGCAGAGAAUAAAGACUUAAUUCUUCUCCUCAAAGCCUGACAAGCAGCCACAUUGCAGCAGGCAUGAUUUUGUUGCAGAGACCAUGUUUUGUUUUGUUUUGUUUUUUUUUUUUGUUUUUUUUUGUUGUUGUUGUUGUUGUUUUUUUUUUGUUUUUUUUUUUUUUUGUUUUUUUUUUUUUUUUUUGAGACAGGUCUUAUGUAGCUAAGGAUGUCCUUGAACUCCUGGUCCUUCCUUCCGUUAUCAUCCCAGAGGCUGGUUUCACAAGUGUCUGUGCUGUGCUUGGUUUUAUAUGGUGCUAGGGAUCAAACAAGGCAAGCGUGCUAGCAACAGAGCCACAACCAUAGCCUUUGAACUUAUUUUAAAAUUGAUAUAUGAGAAUGUAGAGUUGUGCAUAUUAAUGACAUAUCCCAUGUGAUAUUUUUGAUGUACAUAUGCAUUACGUGAGUGAUGUUUAAAAUUCGAUUGAACAUACAUAUUUCUUCAAAUACAUAUCAUUUCUCUGUGGUAAAAAUAGUCAAAAGUCCUCUCUUGUAGCUUUUUGAGUUGUCUAUUAUUCAGUCGGUCUCUGUGGUCAUCGGAGUGUGCCAAGCGCCCCGGAAUGUCCCGCUCUUAGACGAACGUACGCAGUACCACCUGCCGUGUCUCCUGACCCCACCAUCGUUCUCUGAGAGCUUCUGUUCUAGAUGCAAAUUUAGUAAAAUGAGUUGGUGAAAGACCACUCUGUCAAUCAGGAGACUCAAAGAAGCUUGAAAUAUACAGGGAAAGAAAAAAAAAAAAGAGCCCUUACUUUCCUAGUAAUUAUAAGCUGGCUGGCUGAAGACUUCCAAUGGAAUGACCUAGAUGCUUUCAUUUGUGAGGCCUUCAUCCAGGCAGACUUCACAUGGUACAUAAUUCACCCAUUUAAAAUGUUCUCUCUCUUUUUUUUACUUUUGGUUUGGUUUUUGAGAUGGGGUCUCAUCAAGUAGCUCAGGUUUGCUUUGAAGUCAGGAUCCUUCCAGCCUCUAGCCUCCGGCUUUAAAGUGAUGCACCGUGACACGUGAGUAAGAGUAGGCUGAGAUGAACUUGGGAUGUAACAUUGGAUCUGUUCCUGUCUAUGAGACAUCGUAUUUACUUAGUGGUCAGUCCAGUAAGGUCUAUAUUGUUGGUAGCGGGUCCACUGGCUGAAAGGAUGAACAGUUGAUUGAUCAGCUGUGUGAGAUCCAUUCAUUUCGAGCGUGUACCUUCUGCCAACUGGCAGCAUCUUCAUUCUCUGACAUGGUCUGACUCAGAGAUUAGAAUGCUCUGCAGAGAGUUGGCCUUCCUGCCGUGUCACAGCUUGUCUCUGUGGAGAGGGACAGAGCUAUCCUCCUAGGCACUGGUUUGCAUGCAGUUGGAGGACUCACCCUCUUUUCUUUCUUUUUCUUUUUUUUUUUUCAGAGCUGGGGACUGAACCCAGGGCCUUGCACUUGCUAGGCAAGCGCUCUACCACUGAGCUAAAUCCCUAACCCAGACUCACCCUCUUUUAUGUUGGUAUGAAGUGUCUCUCACAUUAACUCCAGCCUGGAUACUGCUCAUUGUCCUGAUUGACUUGGUUUAUGAGCUUCUUAGAGCCUAGUUUACUUACUUUUCUCAUCUGCAAAUGUUUACAGAGCUAUUGAGAGGACUCCAUAGCAUGGGUCCAUGUAUGCACACAUGUGGUAGGCAUGUUGCUUAGGGUUGUAUUUCAAGGAAGAACAUGGAGUCUAGAGAAUUGCCUGAGACUUCCUCAGAGAGAAAGAGAGAACUACAGGAAUCCAGCAGAGAACACUUUCUAUUCCCAUGGCUGCCUUGUUCUCAUGGAAUUUCAGUUUCUGGAAGCCAUGUUGGCUGUGAUUUGGGGGCUGAAUCCUAUCUUUCCUAGGAGCUGACCAGGUCUGCCCAUUCCUCAGUUCAGACAACAUGAUAUUUUGUGGGCAUGUGUUUGUUUUUAUUGGCCAUGUUCUGGAAAAAAAAAAACAACUGCCUUUAAACAUGGUCUAGGACUCUGAGCAUGUUGUUUCCUUCCUAAUGGAGACAGAGUUAGGACCGCCUUGUGAUUCGAGCCUGUGAACUGAUAUUUACCGAGACAGAAACACUGUCCUUAAGAGAGCUGUGUGUAUUCUCACACACAGUGUGAGAACUCCUCACCCUCAGUACUUGAGAUCAGGAUGCUUCUAGAUUUGGGGAUCUGGAACUAGCAUUGUUUCAGAAUAUUUACGUAGAACUCUCCUGGUUUAGCACCACUGAUCUCAGCAUUCCAAAUCUCCACUGCUCAAAGUGACAACCCCACUGCCCCACCCCCUGUCAUUUUGUCACUGCUCAGAAACUUUUAGAGUUUGGAGUGUUUUCAACUUGGAAUUUUAGGAUUAGAAAUAACUAGGAGCAGUGCCUCAUACCUGUAAUGAGGGCACCUAGAAGGCCAAGGCAGGACCAUGAGUUCAAGGAUAGCAUGGGCUACAUAGUGAGUGAGUUCUAGGCCAGCCUCUGGAGCAGGGUGGGAUGCUGUGUAAAUAAAUCAACCAGAACAACACCAACAGCAAGAAUAUAUCAUGUAUACUUUGGGUAUUUUUGAAAAAUCCAGACAGGUGAGGAGAGAAGGUCUCAGCACUGUCUUCAAAACUGAUAUGGAAACGUGUGUGUGUGUGUGUGUGUGUGUGUGUGUGUGUGUGUGUAUGCUGUGCUUUGGCGUAUCAGUGUUGCUUCCUCUGUCACAGACAGCAACAUGAUUCUCCAGGCCCUAGUUAGUCAGUUGUGCCUUCCUGUGUCUCCAUUUUCUUCUCGCUCCAGCUGCCUUGACCUUACGGCUGUUUUGUUUCAUCCGGACAUGUCUGGUGGCAGCCUGUUGGGUUUGUGGUUCUCGGAUCACGUAAGAAGGGGAUGAGUCUCCACUCUGGUAGCUGGGUAUGGGCACGGUGCCAAGGCGCUGUCACUGUAUUAGUUUGCUUAGAGCUAUACAAUCUCAGUGCUUUAACCUGCACAGAGCAAUUCAAUCACGGCUCUGAAGACCCGGGGCCAGCAAUCACGGAGCUGUGGGCCAUGCUCACCUAAGAUCCUUCCAUGCUCCAACUUUGGGAGCUUAUUCUUUGUUUCCAUGGGCCUACUGACUCCUUGUGUUUUGCUUGUCCGUCUCAGUAACAACCGAGACACACUGCUCUCGCCCGCAGAAACAGGAAUCUUGAAUGCUGGAUGUGAGACAGAAGAUAACUGUCUUUCCAGAGCCUUCUGGCACAAAGCAAGUGUGCUGUAUAGUUUCUGGUCAACGGGACACAAAGUAAAGCCACCUGGGAAAGAGGACAGAGCCUCAGUUGAGGAAUCUCUUCUACCAAAUUGGCUUGUAGGCAAGCCUGUGGGGAUAUGUUUUAAUUAAUGAUUGAUGUGUUCAAGCCUUGCUCAUAGUAGAGGAGGCCACCUUGGGCCUGUAGUCUUGGGUUAUAAAAGAAAGCAGGCUGAGCUAGCCUAUGAGCAGCUUCCUCCAUAGUUUCUACCUUCAAGUUUCUUCUUGUGCUCCUGCCCUGGGUUUCCUCAGUGAUGGGCUACAAAAUAAAGGAUCCAAAUAAAUCCUUCAGUUCCCCCUGCCAUGACUUCCCUUGAUGAUGGAUGGACAGACUGGACAUUAGAAGCUAACACAAACACUUUCCCACAGUGCUUUUGAUCGUGGUGUUAUCACAACAAUGGAAACGAAGUAGCAGAGUGGGCCUCACCUAGGAGCAGGGUUACCCCUAAACACCUCUCUCCGAGAGGAGACUCUUGGAGUGUUGUCUGUGGCAUAACCUUGAAUGCAGUCCCUACUGGCUAGCCAUUUUCCGUUUUUGCUCCAUUUGCUUUCUCACAGUUCUGCCUGUGGUCCAUGAUUGACAGCCCCGUUCCUUGGUUGAAUAGUUCAUGUGAGUGUGAAAAUUCAUAGUGGCCUUAAGGGAGGACUGUAGAUGAUGCGGUCCACAGGCAGAGGACAGCUGUCACUGUCUUGUCUUUUUCCCAAACAAAAGCUGCUCUUGGGAGAAAUCAAAGAAGUGGGACUGUAGCCUGGUUGCUCCCAAUGUGUGGUUGGUGCUGACUUUCCUCCUUCCCCUUCUCCCUUUCAUUGGCACAACUUGCCGAGUGUAAUCCAAGAGCCCGGCUCUGUAGCACACACUGUGUCUAAUCAUAAUACAACCAAAGGCGCUACCACCAUUUUCUGCCCUUUAAACAGACAAGGCGAAUACCUUGGGGGCAAGAAAUCACCUGUUAAAGUCAUGUAGCAAGCAGGACUCUAUGCUGUGAUGGAGUUCAAUGAUGAACUAUAUGGUCCUACUGGAUUUUCAUCUAGAAGGUAGGCUCAGGUCACACCCACUGCAGUGAUGUAAGAGCCGUCUGUUUUGGGGUACUUUAUGCUCAGACUUCUGGGUUCUUUUUGGAUCACCUUCAGAAUAUGAUGGCUCUGUACCAGGCAGGGCUCAGGGCUCUAGAGUUCCUUUUGCUCUCGGCCAGUGUUCUAAAUGAGAUGGCUUUUGGAUAUCUGGAGGGAAGGUGAUGGGUUGCACAGUGGUUUUGAGGUUCUGGUGUGGACAGAAGGAGGAGAUCGAAGAGUGGCAUUUUUUCCAGCCUUGGCUAGGGAAAGUUCAAGCUGGCUGUUUUCUUAUUACAUUGAAACUGGAAACAUAUCAACAAGGCAAAAGUCUGCAGCUUGACUGUGUGUGUGUGUGUGUGUGUGUGUGUGUGUGUGUGUGUGUGUAUUUACUAGUGCAUAUACGUGUGGAGUCCAGAAGAGAAGGGUGUUGACUUUCUCUGUCGCCUCUUUCUUACCCUUGAGACAGUUCCUCACUGAAGUUGAAGUCGAGUCAUCUUUCAUGCUAGACUGAAUGGCAUGGAGUUCUCAAGAUUGCCCGCCCUGCUGCUUUUCUCUCAGUCUUGAGCAUUCAAAGUGGUCUUCAUGCAUUUGCAGCAUGCGUCCUUACCCACUGAGCCAUCCAGCUCCCUAGCUUCAUCUUUACGAUAACCUCCUAGGAGUUCCUGAUAACUUGGAAACCACAGUGGUUCUAGCGAUGAGUGCAGUUUCUCCUCUGCCUCGUUCUUGCAAAGAACAUGCCCUCAGGACUGGGGUUGCUGCUCUGGACCCCAGCCAGCGAAAGACCCUUGCCCUUUGCAUGGCCUCGAUCCCAAGUACAGAAUUCAAAUCUCCGGAGGAUAAAGCGCCAGGUGGAUGGUUGCUCCAUGACCUGCAGUUGCAGCAUGAGGCAUUUAUGUAGUAAUUAUCGCUUCACCGGUGCAUCUAGGGGAGAGAAAAAUUCCACAUGCAUGGUUCGCUUUGUCCUUUUGUUUUUUUUUUUUUUCUCCUCCAUCCUUUUCGCGAUGCAUUUUUAAGAGCGUAAUCAGCAAGAUGGGUCUCUGUCAUUUGUGUAGCCGGUUCCAAUUCCUUUAAGGCUGGGCAGCUUCCUGGUGUUUACUUUCACUGCAGAUGGACUUGGGGUUCUGUGUAGAUGGAAGCUGCAACAUCAGUACUCAGACAGACUCCUUUUUUAAAGAUUUAUUUAUUUAUUUAUUUAUUUAUUUAUUUAUUUAUUUAUUUUAUGUUUAUGAGUACACUGUCGUUGUCCUCAGACACAGAAGAGGGCAUCGGAUCCCAUUACAGAUGGUUGUGAGCCACCAUGUGGUUGCUGGGAAUUGAACUCAGGUCCUCUGGAAGAGCAGUCAGUGCCCAUAACCGCUGAGCCAUCUCUCCAGCCCCAGACAGACUCUUAAUCCAGGUUUAAGAAUGACAGCAGAUGCCCUUAUGAAAUCUGGUAAUGAUUAAAACCCCCAAAACAAAGCCCGCUAAUUCUUUGUGUGGUUUGGGAGUGGUUUGCCCAAAUCUAGAAGCAGGGGCUUGUCAUUCCUGGCUGUAACGCAGUUUGGAAAAAUUAAAAGCAGGAAGUGAACCUUGCUGCUGGCUGCGGGAGCCUGAGAUUUAGAAUGGGUGGGUUCAAUUUUGUUUUGCAUUUAUAUUUACUGGCCAGGGCCCCUUUCCUGUGGGCUGGUGGACAUUUAGCUAAUGAAUGCCUUCUGAGAAGACCUGGCUGGCAGGAGAGGGAGGGUCUGGCUGGCUUUCCUAUCUGUAGGUCCAGAGGCCUCUGUACGCUUGCGGCUUGCUCUGGCAGGGCUGCCUGUUGGGUUGUUUCUGGGCCUCUCAUUCUGCUGCACUGUUAGUUUACAAACAUCAAAGCACUGAGGCAGAAACCCAAGCUCCCACCCUCAGUUAUUGGCCGGGCACCCCAGCCAUCUUUCUCAGCCACAUCCUGUGACCCUACACUGGGGCACGUGGCCUCUCCGCCUUGGGUCCAUCCUCCUUCCAAUUUGUAAAGGCAUCAUUCGGUUGAGUUCUGGCUGCUGAUUUUAUUUCUCCUGUGUACUCCUUUGCUUCCCUCACGGGAGGAGCUUUCCCAGUUCACCCCUCAGCCUGGGCUCAGGUCACAGAAAUCUGAUGUGGUUUGGGGGGAUAUCUCUGGGUCCCCCUGACAUUCUGGAAAUAAAUUGAAGAGCAAGCAUGUACCGGCCACCAUCUUCUGAAGGGAGGGCUACACUAUGCUCAAACAAAUAUGCCAUGUCCUCACACACACACACACACACACACACACACACACACACAGACACACACACAGACACACACACAGACACACACACACAGACACACACACAGACACACACACAUACACACACACACACAGACAGACAGACAGACACACACACAUACACACACACACACACACACACAGACAGACAGACAGACACACACACACACACAACGGAAGGCAACUUAUCACCCAUUGCCUGGAGAAAGCCACAGCAUUGAGGAUGGAUGGCCUUGCCAUUUUGGGGGUUCUCCUAGAAUCCACAACUUAAUUUGAAAAUAAUAAGACUUUUGGUUGUGACUUCUAGUUAUACUUUUUGUAGUGGAAAUUCUAAUGUGUAAAAUCUGUGUGUUAGAAAAGAAGAGUGAAUUGGACUUGUGAGAUGGCUCAGGGUUAAAGCACUUACCACCAUGCUUGAGGACCUCAGUUCUAUUCCCAGAAGAGAGAAGCGACUCCUACAAGUUGUCCUGUGACCUCCAUCGGUCAUGGAGUGUGCAUCCCCACACACAUUCACAUGUAUGCACACAAAAUUAAUAAAUAAAAGUAUAAUUAAAAACCUGGGAAGGAGAAUAAUUGAGAAGCUGCGGCAGGAGAAUCAGUUCAAGGACAGACCAUAUAACAAGAAUCUAUCUCAGAGGAAAGUAAUAAUAAUUCUUGGUAUGGGAUCAUAGCUCUGUAGUAGUAUAUGUAAAGCUUGGAUUCCAUCUCUACCCAACCCCCCUAAAAAUAAAAGUAAAAACACAACCCUGUUUUUAAUUAAGAAGAAGACACGUUUUCCUCCAUGAAACUAUUCUAAGGAACAAAGCUGUAAAAAUAGAGGAUUAUUUCCAAAGAAGUUGCCUUACAAAAACCACCUGACCAGUUCCAUUGGUCGGGUGUAAGUUACCUUGGCAGUGAGCCACCUCAAACAACCAUCACAGGGAAGUGAGAGGCUUUUCACACCACCCGGACACUGUCUAAUUGUGACACGUAAUGGCAAAGGGGAUAAACAAGAGCUGGAGACAAGCCUCUGGGUGGAAGGAUCUAGACGCAGACUCGAUACAUUAGUAACGUGUCUUGUAGCAAAGUAGCCAACAAGGAAGGAAGGCUUCGCUGUGCCUCACAGGUUGAAGGGGUGUCCACCAUGGCAGGAAGAUGUGUCAGCUAAAAAGUAAGGCCGCUGGUCACAUGUUUCCAUCAUCAGGAAACAGAUGCAUGCUACCACUCUGUUCAAAGUUUCCCUUUUUCUAGCCCGGGUCCCCAGCCUGUGGGAUGAUGUUGAGCUUCCAGUGAGUCUGCCCACCUCAGUUAAGAUAAUACCAUAGUUCCUCCAGCCAUAAUGCCGUAGUUCCUCCAGCCAUGCCCAGGGUGCGUCUCCUAGGUGAUUCUAGAUCUUGUCAAGUUGACCAUCAACACCGAUCAGCACACCAGUCUGGUCCUCACCCUGAUCUAGUAAGGGAGCAAAGAGUGUAUUCGGUGAUCUGAACCCUAACCGGAGUGUCUGUUGACUUUUUUAAAAAAGUUGUAUCAUAAUAGUGUGUUGUUAGUUUUUAAAGUUCCUCUCUCACGUGUUUCUGAAUGGCUGUGGCAGGUUCACUUCAGACUGUAGAAGGAGACCAGGUGUGUUUUGGGAAGCAGGAUUAGCGUGAGUUUAUCAUGUGAGACAGGUCAUGAGGUCAUGGCUUGGGCUUCUCUGUGCUGUCUCAUAAUGCAUGUUAGACGUUUUCUGUAGUUGAAAAUUAAAAGAGGAGGGCAAUUUGGCAAGGUGUCGUCGGCAGCAAAGCCUCUAUUGCUUUUGUACUAUAAAACCACAUAUGUCCUUUGUAAUAAAUACAGGUAAAGUAAAUGCUUCGAAUGUCUUACUAACUGUGUGUGAGCGUGCACAUUCACAUCACCCUGCUUUUAAAAUGGAAGUGAAUUCUCCUUUAAGCCUGUGUCAUCUGCCUGUUAUUGCAUUGAUCUCUUUCCUCUGAGAGCUGUCGCAGGCCAUUAAAUACUCUUCUGAAACCGUUAGAAUCGACUUUAGAGGAAUGUUGAUUUAAUGCUUGUGCCCCGAUUUUGCUUAGCUCUUUCCUUAUUGUUAAGUAAAUGGUGCUUACGAUUUUGGAUGUGAUAAUGAGUUCGGUGAUGAAAUCUUUCUAACUAAAUCUCAAGUCAUAUCCUUCUUUCCUUAAAAAUAAAUUCCUUGGAAGUGUUAAGUUGCUAUUUAUACAGUGCUUCAGACGGCAUUUGCUCAUGCUUCACUUAGAAGCCACACUUACCUCGUGCGUAAGGAUUCCAUUUCCUUCUUGAAUAAGCCUGUCUGCUUGUGCAUGUGAAUGCAGGUGCGUGUGGCCUCCAGAAGAGGGUGUGGGAGCCAUCGGAACUGGAGUUGGAGGUCAUGGGCUACUGAUGUAGACACAGGGAGUCAAGCCACCAUGUCUGGAAGAGCACUAUACACUCUUAACUUCCGAGCUAAUGCUCUAGCUCCUAUUUCUGGCUGUUUCGUAUUCUUCCAAAAACUGUCCGGAUGCUCACAAAUAUUCAUAAAAUUGUCUUUGAUGCCUGCAAUCUUCAAGGGAGUAUUCUUAGGAGAAAUGGGCAGCGAAGAUCCAGCCAUUCCUGAGUAUGCCUGUGUAGCGUAUUUAAGCUACCUCUGUAAGCUAAGGUGGACAUUGAUCACACUAAAAACGAGUCCUGAUGCUUUGCCAUUUGUCAGGGAGAAGAUGAAGUUUUGUUUGUAAACCUGGACUGCUAUAGACAGACUGGCAGGAGACGCCUAUGUAGUGCAGUUUAUGCAAAUUUAGAGAAAUGGCUGUGCAUGCCAUGAGUUUUUACAAGAGCUCGUCUGUCCAUGUAAAGUGUGCGGAGCCCCGUGCUGUGUUUGGAGGUCAUAGGACCACUUCCGGUGUCGUUCUUCAGGGUUCCUCCACCCUUUGUUUUGAGACAAGCUCUGUCAUUGGCUGGAACUUAACCACGUAGGCAGCUAAGCCAUUGAGCUUUCAGGGAUCCGCCUUCCUCCCAUCUUUCCAUGUCUGGGAUUAUAGGUGUUUGCACAGCACCUCACUUUUUACCUGGAUUCUGGGGAUCUGAGCAUGGGAGGCUAGCUCUUAGGCCAUUUUCCCAGGCCAUGAACAAAUCUAAUAGGAGUCAUUACCACCGUCUAAUGCUUUGGUUGAUUUGGGCAGCUUGAGUGUAGCCAGCUGUGGUGUAGUUUAGAUCUGUCACCGGAAUAUGUUUUGUGUUGAACACACAGGGCAGUUCUGUUUUCUCUCGUCGUUCCCUUCCAGCCUCGAGACGAUCCCAUCCUUGAAAUAUAGACAUCGUAUGUCAUUGCUUCGGGUUUCUGUGUGCUCCAGAGUCAGGUUCCCCGUGUGGAUAAGGGAUGCUUGUUAGAAGUCAAGCUUCUCAAAUCUGAAAAUCGGGAAGCUGAAACUUUCUGAGCUGGCUUGACACUGGGGAGUGGAAAAUUCCACACCUGUCCCCUUAUGCCGAUCACAGCUGAGGUGCAGGUGCACAGAGAGGACUGAAGGAAAUGAAGUAGUGUGUGACCUGUGCUGAAACACCGUUCAAGUUUAGACUUGGCUCCUUUCCCACACACAUCCCAUUAUGCAUAUACAAAUGUUUCAUGAUCCGAAAAGGACCCAAAUCAGAAGCUCUUCUCGCCCAGCCCUUUCAGAUAAGGGUUACCCAGCCAGUGCCAACACAGAGGGAUGUUUGUUUGGAAAGCAGGUAGCUGGGGGUGGGGGGGUUGCACUUUAAGACCUGUUCGAGAGCUUUAAUGUGAAAACGAGAGCCAGAUGAUGUGGAGACAAAGUAACUUGUCUAAAACCUCAACAGUGAACAGUGAAAGCAAGAGGUUCGCCAGGUCUGGCCAAACGGGCUGAGCAUUUAGGGCCGUCAAUCUUGUGGAAGCCUGUCCACGGGGAGGAGUUCCUUUAAAAUGUUAUGUAUGUGUGUGUCUCUUUGUGGGCACAUGCCCACUAGUGCAGCUGCCUGUGGAGACACUGGACUCUCCUGUAGCUGGAUUUACAGGUGGUUGUGGGAACUGAGUUCAGGGUCUCUGUAAGAGCAGCAAGCACUCCUAGUGCUGAGCCAUCUUUCCAGCCCUCCGUGUGGGUCUUGCAUGAGUCCUUGGAGGAAAGAAGUUAACAGGCCCAUGGUGGUGUGCUCAAGGGCAAUGGCAGCAGUGUAGAGAGAACUCAGUUUAUGUCCUGUCUGGGCCUCAUGAAACGUGUAGGCAAAUUACAUGAGCCUGGGUGUCUUAGUCAGGGUUUUAUUGCUGUGAACAGACGCCAUGACCAAGGCAUAAGGACAACAUUUAAUUGGGGCCGGCUUGUGGGUUCAGAAGGUCAGUCCAGUAUCAUCAAGGCAGGGGCAUGGCAGCAACCAGGAAGGCAUGGUGCAGGAGCGGCUGGGAGUUCUACAUCUUCAUCUGAAGGUUGCCAGGAGGCUGGCAGCUAGGACAAGGGUCUUAAAGCCCAAGCCCACAGUGACACACCUCACCCAACAAGGCCAUGUCGCCUAAUAGCGUUACUCCCUGGGCUAGGCUUAGUCAAACCACCACCCUGGGUUUCUUCCUUUGUGAGUUAUUAGUAACAGUAGGGAUCCACCUUAAAGAGAGGAUAGUUACCUUAAAUGAAGCAAUAAAGUAAUACACGUAUACUUGUUUAGAAUGACGAGAAGCUCAGAUGAUAUAUGUUAUCAUCUUUAUAAACAGUGAUUCUUGAUAUACUAGCUUUUUAAAUUUUUUAAAUUUGGUGAUGGGGCAGGGAGGGCGGGUAUAGCCUAGGGCUUUUACAUCUACUGCCAAGUAUAACUCCAGUCUUUGGAUUGUACGGAAUCUUGGCUGGUCUUGAACUCAACUUCCCCUAACCUUAGCUCCCUAUUGACCAACCACAGUGGCCCGCUGGCAUCCAACACAAUGGUCGUAUGUAGCCGAAAGCCAACAAAGUCUUCGAAUGCUUAGAUGGACGUAUACUAUGAUAUCUAACUUGAAUCUAAGUCUUGCAACUGUUGGGUUUAACCCCUCCCCCCAUGUGACCCUUUGUCGUUUUCAGGCUGGAACCAGAUGAGCUUUCCAGUCUACCCCCCUCCAGACUCUGGAAACAAAUUCAUUAUUUAUACAGCACCUACCCUGACAGAGACGAUGAUCGUAAUCACAUUGAAAUUACUCAGUGCACCUCAGAGAGUUUCAGCAGAUGUGUGAAUAUUAAGUUAUUAAUAACUAAUUGGGUGCUAAUUAUGUGCCCUGUAGUUCUUGGAGCUGAUAAAGAGGUGUCACCUGCUGUGUCAGGCCUCUGUCUUGUCAGGUCUGAAAAAAAUCAUUUUUGGCAGACGUGCCGAAGUUAACUUUAGGUUUUGAAUUUCGUUUCCUUCAAGUUUGGGUUUUAUUUCCUUCAUGCAUCUAGAAAUCUUCCUAUGAAAUUGUUGUGACCUUCAUAUGGGAGAUCCCACUUCCCAUAAGCCAAGGGUGUGUGAUGCUUUGUGACAGUCUUGUUUCUUGGAGGGGGUGGGGCAGGAACCUCGUGAAGGGUAGUAACCCAGGGAGAACCUGAGGCAGCCAAGCAGAAGUGAAGAGUAAGGGCAGGAGAGCAGGGUCAGAGCGAGAGAACAUUCACCCUGCAGUCUCAAGGAGCAGAGUUCAGAUGACCAGCACCCAGGUGUAAUGCUGACGUUGGGGUUGGAGAAAAGGGUCGGCAGUGAAGGACACUCACUGCUUUUGUUCAGGGUCCUGGGUUGGUUCCCAGCAUUCAGACGUCGGCUUAAGACUACCUAUGACCCUAUGAUUCCAGCUCCAGGGGAUCUGAGGCCCUCAUCUGGUCUCUUUAUGUUCCUGCAUAUAAAUUCUCUCUCUUUCUCUCUCUCUCUCUCUCUCUCUCUCUCUCUCUCUCUCACACACACACACACACACACACACACACACACACACACAUACACACAAAAUAAAAGCCUAGUGCAACUGUGCAUAGACAGUGCAGUAGGAUGGACACAAGGUAGCUGUUGGGUUCACUUGGUACCAGCCCAGUGCAAGGUUUAGUGAUAGAUCUUGUCUCAAUGAAAUGAGGCAGAGUGACUGAGCGCUCUUCUCUGGCCUUUGAUUCAACACACACACACACACACACACACACACACACACACACACACACACACACACCAGUGUAAUUUUUAUGUAUUUUUCAAGGCACUUAUGAGGUGCCUUGGACUUGGAUCUUCUGUGACUCAGCUCCAUUCUGUUGUCUAAUGAUGUGUGUCUUUCAUUCGUCUCCUCCCUCCAAUCAGUUCUGUGUCUGUCUCAAUUGGAAACGUGUUGGUGGCUGUUAUCUGGAAUACAUCUAUGAGCCAGAAGUUUUCAGCUUGUGUCAGGGUGCAGUACCCCCAGGAGACAGAGAAUUCUAUAGAACUUGAGAGAGAUGUUAAGAAUGAGAGAAUCUCUACAGUAAUUGAAAUCUACCCCACCUCCUCAUCUCUAGUUACUCAUAAGCUUCAGAUAGGUGGAACUUUGGUCAGGCAAGACAUUUGAGUUAGCCCUAGGAGCAGGAAGGUGUGACUUUAUAGUCAACAAAAUCCAUUUUCUUACAGAAAGGUCCUAGCAUAUUAGGGUGGCUUGGCUGCAUCUUUCUUUUAAAAUUGACUUUAUCAUAAUCACAUACAAUUAAAAAGGCUCUGAUUGGCUACCAUGUUACCUCCUAGCAAACUAAGAGUAUUAGAAAGGAAUCUAAGCCCUUUCAGCCCAGGGAUAAAUAUAUAGUAUAGAAGGUAAGAAAGAGAACUAAAAGAUGAUUGUACGGAAAUAGAAAUGUGGGCCUAGCAAAUAUUGACAAAGAUUAAUACCUUUAACCAGACAGAUUAGGCGGGAGCUUGGUGUUAGAGUAUGGACAGCAAUGUCCAGCUCAUUUGCAUUGUGCUUGUUGGGUCUGACUACAGUCUCUGUGUCUUUUGCCUCUCUGCUGUCAGAGACCCUCUUCUGCAUUCGUCCUUGCCUGCUUUGAGUCUUGGCAAAUGUGGUAGAAUAUAUGCCGUUUAGAUUUUCAGCCUCCCUUGCAGCUAAGUCUUGGGCCAUAUGACUAGCUCUCCACCAGUCACAUGCAUCUGCCCCAGUUUUGGAAUGGGUGGUAAGUUCUACUAAGAGAGGAAAGGCAUUUUUGGCAGUGGCUGCUCCUUAUUGAGAAGAGCAGGAGCUCUUCUCUGGUAUUUGAUCUUGGUUAGCCAGCCCCAGGGCUGUGAAGUAUUUCUGCCCAGGGACUGGCAGGAAAUACUUUGGUGUAGGAUAAGCGGUCUCUGCUGGAUCCACUCACCCCAGCUAUACUGGGUGGAAGCACUCACACUUCAUGGAAACUAAUGAGCAUUGCCGAGUUCCAGCAGAACUUUAUUGAUGGACAGACAGUGCGUUCCAUUAGGCUCUAGUUUUGUCAGUUCAUAAUCUUGCUUGGGCCUUAAUCCUGGGAGCUGAGCCACCUGCUACUUUAGGAAAGACAUAGUUUACUUGCCUUGUGGCUAGAAUGCCAGUUCCAGACUUGCUAAACCCUCAGUGACUUUGGGAAGAGCUGUGAGCUCCUUUCUGCUUUAUACAAGUAAAAACCUGUGUGGAGGAGUCAAUUCAUGAAGUAUAGCUGUAGCCAUGGCAAUUCUUGCAUUAAAAUAUUUUAUUAUUAAUAUGCUGUCUGUCUGUCUGUCGUCUGUCUGUCUUCUAAGGCAGGGUCAUACUGUAUAGCUUUGACUGUCCUGGAACUCAGUUUGUCAGCUAGACUGACUUUGCCUUCCAAGUGCUGGAAUUAAAGAUGAGUGCCACCAUGCCUGACUCAUUUUAUUGUUUAAAAAGUGGCUCAUUGGGGCUGGGGAUUUAGCUCAGUGGUAGAGCGCUUGCCUAGGAAGCGCAAGGCCCUGGGUUCAGUCCCCAGCUCCGAAAAAAAGAACCAAAAAAAAAAAAAAAAAAAAAGAGGCUCAUUUCCUUUUUUGUGUGUGUGGGCGUUUUGCCGGCAUGUAUCUCUCUCUGUAGCAUGUGCAGGUCGUGCCCGUGGAGGUCAGGAAAGGGCAUUGGAUCCUUUGAAACUGGAGGUACAGAUGAUUACUAUCUGCCAUGUUGGGAUUGGGAACUGAAGCUGGAUCUUCUGCUGGAGGGACACAUGCUGUUAAUGGUUGAACUUUUAGUUUAGGAGAGUGUUUUCUUACAUGUACACCUGCACCGUUUGUGUGCCUGGUGCUCAUGGAGACUAGAAGAGGACAUGAGAUUCCUGGGACUGGAGUUACAGACUGUUGUGAGCAGACGUGUGGGUGCUGGGAACCAAAGCUAGUUCCUCUGUGAGGGGAGCCAUUGUUCUUAACCACUGAGCCAUCCUCUACCCCGAGUCUGAUUCUUUAUUGAAUUGCCCCUAUUUCUCCAAAAACUCUUGGAGGAAUUGCACAUCCAGAAAUACUCAAGUUGGAAUACACAUCCCCAGAGAAGGUUGGGUUAUGUGCUGGAAGUCCCAUAUUCCUGACCCAGCCUCUCACUGACGUCAUUCCAAUGUAAUAUCGGAACCUGGAAAUCAGCAGUGUUGGAUUCACAGACUCCAUUAGGGUUUCAUUAGUUUACCAUGCACACACAUGUGUACAUGUUGUUGAUAUGCAGAUAUGGUUUUUGGAUGCAUACAUCCUCCACCACAGUCAAGAUGAAUUACAGAGACCCCCAUAUGCUCCUUUACAGCCCCAUCUCUCCCCGUUCUAAUUUCUGUCAUUAGCUAAGUGGCUGUCAUCUCAAGAUUUAUUUAAGUGUAACCACACAGUAUUUAACCUUCGGGGAUUGGCUUUCUUCACUCAUCAUGAGUCCUUUAACCCGUGCGAGUCACUUACUCCUUUUUAUCGUUUACUAAUACUCUAAACUAUGGUUGUAACAUGGUUUUUUUAACCAUUCAACUCUUGAUGGACAUUAGUUUUUUUUAAUCUGUUUGGGGUGCUUACAAAGCUACUAGGAACAUCAGUUUACAGGCUUUAGAGUAAAUUUCAGUUUCCAUUUAUCUGAGAUGAGUACUCUUGAGUGUAAUUGCUAGAUCAUAUGGUAAGUAUAUAGGAAGCUGCCGUUCCCAAGGCAUAUGACCACUGAAUUGGCAGCUUAUGAACAGGUCUUCUUGUCUUUCAUUUUGUCUCUCUUACUGCUUUGUCUGGAUUAAUUUUCUCAAAACAGUAAUUGUAGCUUUCAAACCCGCUUGGCUUUGUACUCAACACCUUGUGCAUACCGUCUAAUUUCUUAACGACUCCCCAGUGAAGGGCUGAUGUUGUUAUUUCUCUAGAGAAGGAAAUGGAUUCACAGGGCAUAUAAUUAACCAGUUUAGAUACAUUCAGCUCAGUAAGGGGCAAAGUUAGACGCUCCAGCCCUGAUGCCUACAGAGCUAGCUCGUGUCAUUACAUCGGUAAGGCAGCCCUUAAUGUUGGCUCUACUCAAUGCCUGGAGAUGUUUCCCUGGUAAAGUGACCCUGACUAUGACCUUGUGGGGCCAGUAGAGUCUGCUGACUUAUUUUUACUUUCUUGGAAUCAUCCAUGACCUUUCUGCUGUCUGUCCUCUUGCCUGUAUCAUGCCCGAAUUCCUAGAAUAUUUCACAACUUCAAAAAUGGGACUCAGUAUUUGUAUAAUGACACCCUGUGCACGCUAACCUGGGAAUAUCAUAACAAAGGAACUAUUGUAAGACUAAUGGACUCUGCUAGGGAAGACAUUAAUGUUAACUGUGGAUGCUUUACUCUUGUUAUCUGGUUCCACUCACAGGAUCUCAGAACUGAGUUGCAGGGGGAACUCCUAGUUUCUAGAAGUUCUGGGUCCCUGUUCCUUCCUCGAAUUCCCUCAUGUGCUGAGAUUCAAUCCCAGUUUCCAAGGACCAAUAUCCAUUACCAUUAACAAUGAAAACCAGCAAGGAAGUGACAGAGCCUAUUGCUGAAUGAUACCCCUUCGAACUGCUCAAUUCAUCCACCUUGAUCCACAAACACUUGUUAACACCACUAAGGGAAGGGUGUUGGGGGGGAAGUAGCUCCCUGGCUAAUGCACUCAGGGAGGGCCUGCUCCUGUGUGCCUCUCAGCCUCAGAACACUCAUUCCCUAACCAUCCCUUUGAGUGUCUUCCCUGAGACCCCCAAGGAGUGGGGCAGAGCAUUAUGUUCACCCACAAGAGUGUCUGCCCUGUUCCUAGUGUAUUUAAGCAUCCUAACAGGAAGAGAAAGGAUGCUGACAGGCACUGGUUAGUAUGGCUCCAAUGUGGAUUGCUAAUCUGUGACGAUGCAAUUUCUUUCUUUUUUUUUUUUUUUUUUUUCCGGAGCUGGGGACCGAACCCAGGGCCUUGCGCUUCCUAGGCAAGCGCUCUACCACUGAGCUAAAUCCCCAACCCCGACGAUGCAAUUUCUUACAUGAAAAAGCAAAAAGGGAAUGGCUUUUCCUUAGCCUGCCUUCACAGAUCUAAAAAUUAAAUAUUGCCAGGCAUGGUGUGUGUGUGUGUGUGUGUGUGUGUGUGUGUGUGCCUAUUAUGAUCUCAUCACUCAGUAGAUAAAGCAGGAAGAUUGAGUUUGGGACUGGCCCAGGCUAUAUAGUGAUUUUGAGACUAGCUUAGUCAACAUAGGGAGACUCUAUCUAAAAUACCAUAAGCAAAGCAACUAUAAUAAUGUGUGCAUUUUAAUAGUUGAUUAGACUACCAAUGUUAAGAAAAACCAAGGGGCUUUGUUUCUGCCGCUUUAAGAGAAUACCUGUUAGGACUAAAAUUUAAAUAGAAAUGUGUUUCUCCAAGGUCAACUUGUCAGAAGCUGGUUAUUUUGGGGAAAGCUGUUCCCUGCUUUAACGUGGGACUGCUUUGCUUCAUCCUGCCUUUCAUGGCAGAGGUCAGAGGGCAGAUGAGCUCAAGUUUGUGUUGGGAGGUCCAUGUUCAGAUGCCAGGAAAGGAAGAGGGUCUGGGAGGUUGAAGAGAUUGCGAGGAGACUUGGACAAAUAAGACCUACUGUAUUCAUUCCCGGCUGGUAGGCACCAACGCACAUGCAGCCACACAGAAGGGCACAGGUUACAUGGUAUACACAAGCAGGAUGGCAAAGGCAAAGGGCUCUGACCUCAAGGCCAUAUUUAUUCAGAACCCUCACAAAGGUGUCGUUCUGCCAGGUAUGGUUACAUAACAGGUUUCAUCAGGGUUUACUCUUGGGGUUCGAUGGAUAUCGGGUGUCUGUUGUUGUAAAAUUAUACAAAAUAAAAAUACUGUCUUUAAUCCCCCACUAGGUCCACCGCCGCAGUGCCCCAAGAUAUCUGCUGGACAUCUUAAUUCUCAGUCAGCAAAGCCUCUCACCCGCUCCGCUCCAUCCCAUAUCACACUGCUGAAGGCCUCUCUCUGAGCCUGGCAGCAAUCUCUCUGCCUAUCUAGUUCCCAAGGCAGGUUUCCAUGCCAGAAACACACAUCCCAACUCGGUGGCGGCCCAGACCAGCCGCCUCACACUUUCUUACACUUAAAUUGCUACAUGAAGGAACACACAACACAAUAACCUUAGAUCCAAUUGAUAAGAUAUAAUUGCCCACCUAAACACACAAAACCUAGUACACAUCCAUCCCUUAAGAAUAUUAAUAACAACCUGUAAAUACACACAGCGGAAUCUUAACGCCAGCUUCCAUUUUGUCUCCACCAUGACUGCCCUCUCCAUCCCUCCUGUCUCUCCUCUUCCUUCAAACUUUUCUCCCGCCCAUCCUUCCUUCUCACCCAAUGACAGGCCUCAUUCUAUCUUGUACCUGCCUCACCUGUGACAUCAUCCCACAGGUGUCAGCCAUUUUGUGCUGACUCACAGCCCCUCCCCACGUCCAUUGUCAGCCGAGUUCUAGUUGGCUUACACUAGAUAGCUAUACCAGCAACAUGUCUAAAUGUAAAAUGGCUGCUAGUACCUUCCGGUCUCAGUUGCUUUUGUGAAAGCUAUGAUACCAUUCUGGAGAUAGUGACCUUUGAGGCCAAAUUACCACCCAUGAAUCCAACCUGCUCUCAUAUUGGAGGCACCUGGAUCUUGGGAGGAGUUCUGCAGAAUUUCCUGUGUUAGGUAGGGCAGAGUGCUUUGUGUAUACCAAUGGCUGCCUUAGAAGCCAAUUAUCAUAUUGUGUGGAUGACCAGAAAGUUUCUGUUGUUUGUCUAAGAUGCUGUGAGUGAUGAGAGGGUGUGGGGCUGGUAGAGCCUAAGUCUGGAGUUUGGAGCUCCUUUUGCAUCCUGAGGUCCAUUAUAGCAACCAUGUUCUGGUUGGCUUUUCAAGGUCAGGCAGUGGAGAGCUCCUUUUAUCCUGGGUCCAGCCUAGCCCUUGGGAAAUGGAGGCAGAGGUCUGAAAGCAGGUUCAAGAUGAACCUGGGUUACAGAGUGAAACCACAUCUCAAUAGACAACACAACUUUCACAGAUGGCGGCUGGAAAAUCCCAGUGUGCACAUUGCGAGCUGCUACUGAACAAUGUGGAACUCCUCUGGCAUCUCACUUCUGUUAUUAAUCUUUCCCUCGUCUUCCCAAAAGGAAAAGGAACAUGGAGAACUCUGCUUUAAUUUGGUUUGUCCCUGUAUGAGCAGAGAAUGAAAGGAUGGGGGCCACAGCCAGGCGUGCUUGUGAGAAACUUAUCUUUCAAUGCACAGAGAUUACAAAACGGAGUCAAGGAAGCCAACUGAGGGCGGGUGCUCCGUGUCCCGCAAUCCCGAAAAUUUCAGGUGCAUGCUGGGUACUACUGAAUCCACACUUACCACACAGGGAUCAGUGCUGGAAGUAUGUAAUACAAGACUUCUGUGUUCAAAAGGCAGGGUAGAGAGUUCUCUGUUCUAAACUGUGGAGAUGCAUCCAGAAAAGAAAGAAACAACAGCAGCAGCAACAACAACAACAACAACACAACAGCAACAAACACCCCAAAACCCAAACCCUCCUGAUUGAACCCUGGCCAGAAGGGAAAUUUGUCACCUGGCUUUAUUAGCAUGCACUCAUGACCCAACCACUGGAUACAUCGGUGGCUUUCAUGAGGAUGUCUGCAGGAUCUUGGGUGGUGACUGUGGGAGGAAGACAUUUGUGUUUGAGCCCAUGUGCCUCUCACUAGCGACUCUCUUUUUCCCCCAUGAAGUAAAUGGUUUCCAACACUAGUGUGAACAUUUAAUCAAAUUAAAUUAACAUUUUUAUCAUCAAGCACAGCCAAGUUUGAUGUUAAAAUUGAUUAACGCCAUCAUUUCUAGAUGCUUGUGUUGUUGUAACUCUUCUCAGCAGGAUGCAUGCAGUUGGAAGGGUCUUUCCCCAUGGUUUGGCUUUACAGCUGGCUUUUCUUGUUUACUUUAUAUUGUAAACUAAUUUUAACUACCCAUAAAAGUUUUAGGAAUCCCAUUUACAUCUGAACAAUGAUUCAGCAAUUUGAACCUAUAUUUUUUGCCAUGGAGUUGUCUAGUAAAAAGUUUAUAUGAUGCUGCUGAUUCUAAUGGCUCAGAUAAAUUAUGCCUUCAUCUCUCUGUGUGCUUAUAUUUCUUUCCUCUCUGCCUACGCUUUCAGAGCCCUGUUUAUCAACCUCAAUUAUAUGGGUGGAUUUGGAUACAUUCUCUCUCUUUCUCUCCUUUCCUCUCUUUCUCUCCUCUCAGGAAAAACAUAAUUUCUAUAUGCUACCAGAUGGGUGUGUUGGCUGUAAGCUAAAAAAGAAAAAAAAAAAAAACUUCCCAGGCCAUCUGGUGUCUUGGUGGGGUCUAGUUGACUAACUUCUUAGUAUUGGCUUUUACUCCCAGCAGAAGAAAUCAAACCCCCUCUGGCUUGAAGCUCACUAAAAUUUGUCAUUUAUUUUUGUGUUCCACUGUCAAUAAUAUACACUCCUGUGCUGGCUGUCAGCAUGCUGUUGUGAACAAACCUGAUCUCUGCACAUGGUGGAGCUGUGUCCAGGCAAGGUUAAUGGGUCAGUUGGGAACUGACCUUCCCUGGGUUUGUUGGCUCUGAGGUUGAACUUGAGCACUUUCUACAUAUCAAGGUGUUGAAAAUAUUUUGAGUGUAUGUACGUGUAAUAGUUUCCUCCAAGCUUGAAACAUUCAUUCCAUCCUGCCCUGAGAUGCCUUAAGCAGGGAAGGUAAAUAGUCCAAAAUAGCUUCAGGAAGUUCCUGAAACUGAUCAGAUCCACCAGGCCCCUUCCUGCUAGACUAAGCAGUAAAAGCUGCAAAAGAAGAUUCUCAGAGAGCCAAGCUGCAAAGACCAACACUUGAGGUGGAACCAUCUGCAUGGAAGAAACAGAAAACAGCCAAGCUAAUGAGGUUUAGAACAACAAAGUCACUUGGGAAGACGACUCUCCCAUCUGUUGAGCUGCCUUGAUGCUGUGCAGUGUGCUUCAGCUGUCACCCAUGCUGGUGUCCCUGAGUCAUUUCUGCUUAUGUAAGUCUUUACCCGUACUCCUAUAAGUAACCCUAAUAAAACUCAUACUUUGGUCUGUCAUGGACUCCCUGUCUGGGGUGGGUAGACAUGUGUGUUCUGUCUCUGAAGGGAAAGUUUUGUCACCCACCAGCACUGCAUACAGCAGUCUCUCCAUACUGUUCUUCCUGUGGUGCAAGUGGCUUCUAGUUGAGAAGAGCUCCAGAAGUAUUCAUCUCUCAUUUGUCAGUGUAGGGACGGCUGUUGUAUAAGGGAAGUUUCCAACAUGAUCACUGGAUAUCGUGGGGGCGGGGGUAAAAGGUAUGCUAGCCAACAUAUUCACUAUUGAGCAGUUUAUUAGAAGAUGUAGGCCUUGGAAUCUGUUGGGCAUUGCUCCAGAAAGCCCUUACUGAGGUGUUUACAGAUACCUGAUAAACAUCCUUCUGUAUACCAUAGAUUACCACAUCAGUCUAGAGAAAUAGUUAUUCCUUAUUGUUUAAUAAAUAGUGACAAGGAGAAAAGUCUCCAUAUUUGUUACAGGCACAGCUUUCUGACUUUACUAAGUUAUUUUCCAUCUCUGGCUGGGUGGAUCUGAGGAAGUGAAAUCUGUGGGCAGGGAAGGCCAACUGUGUAUAAAAGAUAGGCAAGGUAGCUUUGAGGAAGACUGACUCAAAGAGACGGGUGUUCUAAGACCACCUCAUAGUACAGAGGUGUGCUUGACCCGCAUUUUGUUGUAUGUGCUUGUAACAUAUGUAUUGAAGUGAUCUGUAUCUACUAAGACCAGGUAUUCUGUGUCACAUCCACAAUGCCUACACUGUGCAUUUUAAAUUCAUGUUGACAUUUCCCUACUCUUUUACAAAAUUUAUUAUUAUUAUUAUUAUUAUUAUUAUUAUUAUUAUUAUUAUUAUUCCGGCUUUUCCUCCUAUCUUCCUAUCCUCUCCUUCCCUCCCAUUCCUUCCCCUCUUUACUCCCCUAACCCUUUCUUUUCCUUUGAGACAGGGUUUCUAACACUGUCCUGGAACUCAGUAUGUGGACUACGCCAGCCUUAAACUCUCAGAGAUCUACAACACCUAUCCUUGUUUUUUUAUUUUUAUUUUUAAAUUAUUUUUAAUUGUGUGUGUGCAUAUGUGCACAUGAAUGUAGGUGUUCUUGGAGGCCCAAGGAGUUGGGCCUUCCCGAAGAUGGUUCUGAGCUGCCUGCCUAACCUGAAUGUUGGGAACUGAAUUUGCUUCCUUUGGGAAAAGUUUGCAUGUUUUCACCUGAGAACAGUUUGUAUUCUUAAACUGGGAGCUAUCUCUUCAAGUGCUUCCUUCCUCCAAUAUUUGUUUUUAAUCAUGCACUUAUUUUGCAUAAACUUGUGGGAGUCAGUUCUUUCCAUCAUGUGGGUCUCAGGGUUCAACUUUAAGUUGCAGGCUUAGCAAUUACUGGGUUUUUUUGCAGGUAAAAAAACCCAACCAUCUUGCCAACCCUGAUUUCCCCACUUCUUUAAGGCUCUUUUCUGAUCGCACCCGUCCCCUUCCUCAUCACCGCUCACGGUUGUACAGACAAUCUUCAAUUAUUGCACUGACAUCAAUUUUCCUAUCAGCGUGCGGAUGGACAUUUACUGUUUCUAGACUUUAUAAACGAUACCUUGAUUGACACCAUAUGACGUUUGGGUACCCAGGUGGGAAAAGGCGCUAGAACCCCAUGGCUCGAGCUAUAUCUUUAGAGCCGCCAUUGUUUUAUUGAGUUUCAUUUUGGCCUGCUCUUUGCUUCUGUAUGCUGCCUUCUGGCCGUCUAACUUUUCCUCGCUCACCUGGGAAAACUCUUCGGUAUAGAAGCCAACUCCGGUUUGUUUGCAUGAGAGAUUACAGUUAACCUUGGCUCAGAGUGCUUUCAGUUUCAGUGAAAUCAGCAGGAGCCGGAGCCUGCUGGAAGGAAGCAGUGUAUCUGUGCCUGGUUACCCUGAAGAACUGUGAAGGAACAAGUGUGGCAGUGAGGAAGAGAAGCUGUUCAGUGGGGUGUAGUGGGUGUGCCUUUCUCGUCCUGUUGGCCUUGGAUCUCCCCAUGGAAGUCCAGUGUAGGACAUGGGAUGUGGGCAUCACGCUAUGGAGUGGGGAUACCCUUUAUGACUUUUUAUGGUGUUUGCGGAAUACCCAAUACCUGACAUAUGUCUUCAAGGUUUUUGUUUUGGUUUGUUUUUUAAAGCUCUGACUGUCUGGAACUUGUUGUGUAGUCUAGGCUAACCCUGAACUCAUAGAGUUCUUCCUGCCUCUGCCUCCUAAGUGCUGGGGUUAAAGGUGUGAGGCACCAAGCUUUUGUUUAUGUGUUUGGUGCUCUGUUCUGAGGUGGGUUGGUCUUUAUACCACCUUCCGGGUCACUGCUCUACUUUGGGUUCUUGUCUGCAGCUAUGGUUUUAUAGAUUCAGCUUUCUGCUGGUGACAGUGGACAAUCACUUAAUUGGGUUUGGGUCAGAAGGGGUCCUGGUCAGCUGUAGGAAUUAAUGCUGGAUCCUUGAUUUCUGUAUCACAACUCUGUCUGACAGGGCCUCGGUGCUGUCUCUCUCACAUUUCUCCUUGGUUUGAAACUGAUCAUUACCUCCCCAGCAGUUCGGAAGCUGGACUCUUCAUUUCUUCACUGACCUGUUUGUGAUCUGCUCUACUCUGUGGGUUAAGGUAAAGUCAUAGGCUCUGUACCAGCCUUGUUCAUUUGUGUGCCAUCUGGUCCUAGAAGAGUGCCAAGCAACACCACUGGUGUUUGAAAAGAUGGAUUAGAUGAAUAUUGUCUCAGAAAUUUCUUGCACAAGAGGGUUGGCCAGGUGCCUUCCUGAGGAAGGACUUAAUUCCACUGAGUAUGCUCAUUAGUGGCUACCCAUUUUGGCCAUGUCACCAUGAGGCUAGAUGUCGCUUCUCUUUUGAGUUUGUGUUUGAGCGUUUCUUAUCUGAAACAAAUGUCCAGGUGAUGGGCCAUGGCUUUGAUCUCAGGUUACCAAGUAGUGUUAAAAUCUGCCGAGAGUCCCACAUUCGAGUGGUGAAAUCGAGAAUCACUGGGAAUAUAGUGCACAGACUAAUAUAGGAUUGGUAGGUCUGAGGAUAGCAGGAACGCACCAUCUGAGGUACGGGUGGCAAUUAUAUGGGGCCAGUGGCUUUCAUUUUGGGGAUACUAUUUUACAAAUUCUCUUCCACGGAUUUCUUCUCCAGUGUAUCCAGCUUUCCAACAGUCCACUUACCUGCCUGUGUUUUCUGGCUUGUUAGGACUCAGAACCAUUAGUAGUUGUGAAUGCCAGUUUUAGUUUUUUAAUUGGAUCUGGGUCCCCUGGGUCAUUUCCAGCAUCCCUGAGCACUGACCUGGUUUCACUUUCUUUCCCUCAUUUCCUGGUCUCAUAUCUUUAUUGUCUUGAUGUGUCAUGUGCUGCAAAAAUGUUUUUAUUGAUUUUCAGGACAUGUAGACCAGACUAAACUUGAACUCUGCCUCCCAAGUGCUGGGAGUAGUGCCCAGACUAAUGGAGUCCCUUUUCUUUCCUUGGGAUUGGUUGUGCCUUGUUUCCUCCAUGGUCUGUCCAUCAACUACUUUUGCUCAAGAUCUCCUUCAGUGAUUAAAAGUGAAAUUAAUAAGUUUCGUAGCAGUUCUUUCCAACUGACUGGUUGGGGCAAUGGUGGCUGCAUUUACCCUCCGGGUUACGAUGCUGCUCACCUGGACACCCACCGUGGAGAAACCCAGCUCUGUUGGGACAGAUCUCCAGAAACUCCAGGCCUUAGCCUGAGAUAGAGAAAGAACUUACUGUGUUUGUGGUGGAUGUUUUUUUAUGCCCUGAGUUCAGAAUAUCUCUUCUGAAACAUUCUUGGGCCUUUGUUAAUAUUAGUCUCAGAAGCUGUCACAAACAGGGGGAACUGGAAUGUUUUGUCCUGGGUUGAGCAGGUGACAAUGCUUAGAUGAGCCCAGAUGUCAGUGGCAAAUGAGUUUCCUAGGACAGGAUCCAGCUAAGGUCUGGGGACCAGGUAGAAGGUGAGAGGAGGCUUCGUGCCACCAUCAUCAGGACCUCUGUGUGACUUUGGCAGGAUUAGACAGUAGUUUGAGCUUGGGUCUCUACCUUGGAAACAGGAUCUAAUGUGUGUGUUUACCUCCUUGGUUUCUACUAUGCCCACUUCACUUCCAUCACACUUGUCUUCUCACACUUUGUGUGCUUGUAUUUAAACCACACUUCUCUGAGUUACAUGUUUGUCAUGUUUCUUACGCCCCUAUCUGGGAUGCACAUCCUCUGAUACAGAAGGAUUUGGUACCUGUGUGCACCUAGCAUCCCCUAGAUGACAUCUGUAGAACAAAGUGAUGAAUUUGCUGCUGGAUCAUGGCCAUGACCUUGUCUUCUGUUUCCUCUGUCUUUUGGUCACAUCCAGGAAGAGAUCAUCAUCCAAUGACAAGUUGGGUGUCCCACAUCCAAAGUGCUUGGAAUCAAAAUUGUUUCGGUUGUUUCUAGAUUAUAUAAUAUCCGAGCAUAUAUAAUGGGGCUUCUUGGGGAUGAGACUUAAGUCUAAAUGUGAAAGUUUAUGUAUGUUUUGUGACCACCUUAGGUCUAUAGAUGAAAAUAAUUCAAUAUGGUAGUUUACCUGUCAUUGUGCAUGAAACAAAAUGUCAACAGGAUGUCAGAUGCGGAGUUUCCCAUUAGUGUCAGCUUGUUAGGUUUUAGUUUUGAAUUUUGGAGUAGUUUGGAUUUCAGUGUUUGGUUUGGGACUAGUCACCCUGUAUAUGGUGUAAGAGCUUUAGACGUUGUAAGAUUCUGCUGGCUCAAUUGAGCUUGUUUUCAGACCACACAGUUUUCUUAGGAUGUCUGGGAAUUGUUGACAGUCUUCAGCUUAGGAGGGUGAGCCCUGUUGUGCUUUCUCCUGUCUCUUCCCUGUUUACCUUCUCAGAACGUGUCCCGGGCCCCCACAGCCACCUCUGAGAUCCUCUAAUCUGAAAUCCCUGCUGAGCCCUGCUUCUGAACAUCCUGAGUCCUGGCCUGGUCACACAGGCUUCUGAUUGUUUUAUUCCUGUAGCUACAGAGCUGUCAGAGACUUAGCAUAUAAGAGUGGGUUUUCCUCAUUGGCAAAGGCUGUGAUUGCACAAGUCCAAGCAUUGCCCCCAGCUGAGCGUUUUCUUAUUCAGUUCCCUUGGCUGUGCCCCUGUUCACUGGAGAGGAAGACGCUUGGGUGAUGUUUGUGUGCUUCUUCAAAUGAAGACAUUGCGUUGAGCAUCAGUCCAGGUAGUAGUGUGUAGUAGGAUGGUGGGUUACAAUCCAGGCUCCAGAGAUUGAUUGGUUCUUUGAGGAACCGAGAUCUUAGCAUUUGUCUUUAAACCUUCAAGUUGGAAUUUCUUCUUUUUCCAAGAGUAGACAGUAGACUUCAUUUUGAAUGUUACUCAUGAUUAAGAGGUAUAUAUGUCUUAGAACUCCAUGUUGAUAUGACUCUAAACUUCUGUCAUAUCUAGACCCUGUAGGAUAGUGCCAAGGUCAGCUUAGUGGGAUUUAAUUAGUCUUUUACCUAAAUUCAGUGUUUCUAGUCCUUUAUUCAUGUACGUGUUGCAAAGUUCCGUUAAAAUAAACUCAUUUGUAAGUCAAUGAUUUCAAUAAUUGUAAACCGGAGAGAGAAGGCAUGAGUCUGUAACAUAAAUGACAACUAUUAUGUGAGAAAGAUUGGGGUUCUUGAGGGAGAUGAACACCAAGCAGCCUGGGAGCAAUGAUUUGGGGGUUUUGAUGUAGGUAACAGCUUGUGUUCUCUAAAGGUAGCAGAGUGGUAACAUGCCGAUAAGCUUCCUGACCUGGAGGCUGGAUAAACUGAGUGCCCCUAACUAGUCUUUGGAAAGCUUUCAUGUAAAGCAUGGGAACAGUGGUAUAGGAUAGUGCAUUGGUUGGUAGGGGUUCCGCUUGUCUAUGCACAUAUAUCCGGUCAGUGGAUGCAAGAGUUAAUUUCUCAUUGCUAUGAUAAAAUACCUGACAGAAGUAGCUAUUGGCCAGCACAGUCCACCCUGGCAGGGGAGAGGCUUGGCAGCAGUAACUUGAGGGAGCUGGUCACAUUGCACCUGCUGUCAAGAAGCAGAGACACAUGUGCAUGCUAGUGGGCAGAAUCUUCUCAUUCAGUCUAGGAUCCCAAUGCAUGGAAUGGUGCCACCCACAUUUAUAGUGGAUCAUUCUGUGUCAAGUCUGCUCUAUGAUUGCUGUCACACACACACAUACAGACACACACACACACACACACAGAGAGAGAGAGAGAGAGAGAGAGAGAGAGAGAGAGAGAGAGAGAGAGAGAGGUUUGUCUCCUAGGAGACUCUACAUUUGGUCAGCAGGUUUGACAGUAUUAAUCAUCACUUAGCAAAAUAAUUUAACAUCAACAAUAGGAGCAAUGACAACACCUCCUUCAUGGUGUUGGUACAAGGUUUAAAGGAACUGAUUCAGAAAGGGCAUCCAGGGUAAAAUAAUGGGUCCAUGUAAAAUAAUGUGCACAUAUAGGGGUACUGUGUGUGAAGCAGAAGGUAACCCAUUGAAUGAAUUGGAACAUUUUUCUUCUGGUUUUGGCUUAAAGGGGGCUGGAUCUCAGGCUUCAUGCAUGGCGAACAUCCAUACUUACUAUUGAAUUAUAUCCUAUUUUCUUCCUUCCUUCCUUCCUUCCUUCCUUCCUUCCUUCCUUCCUUCCUUCCUUCCUUCCUGUACGUGUAUGUGUCUGUGUCUGUCUGUGUCUGUGUGCAUGUGUGCUCAUGUGCUUGUAUGCACAGGGCAAAGGACAGCCUUGAAUAUCAUUCCCUAACCUUGUUUAACUUUAUUUUAUUAUUAUAAUUAUUAUUAUAAUUAAUUUUAUUGUUGCUGUUUUGCAAUGUGGUUUCUUACUAGCCAGGGACUCCCUGAGAGGCUCAGCUGGCUGGCCAGCAAGUCUGAGAGACUUCUCUCUCUGUCUCCUCUACACUCUUAUGCUUGCACCAAGAAACAUUUUACUGCUUAACAUUCCCCGCCCAUCACCCCACCACCCUGAAAAGGAGAAAAAUUGGCAUCGAGACUGAAGGCUUGUUAGUUUUUAUCAUCUUUUGAGGGGGAGGUUCUUUCUGGGUAGCAGGCCCAGACUCAUGACUUGACUUGUUUCCGUCUGGGCUCCCUCUCGUGCUACGGAUGCCUUGUUUAUCUGGCAGCCAGAGGCAGUUUAGAAUAUAUGAGCAUUUAUGCAGCGGAGUAUCUCGCACAAUGACAGCAUCCUCGGGGAGUAGCUCUUUUUAGGCCAGGGCAUUUCAUCUUGCUGGAAAGAUAGGACCGCUGGAAACUGAAGAACAAGGAGAUCCCAUUUUGUCUAAACCUCCUAUCUUCUUUUGAUGUGAUACGUUGUUCUUUUGAUGUCCUCUUUUCCCUCCUUUUCACUUUCCUACUGUGGGAUAGACAUCCUCUGUGUAGACAGCAGUAUUUCCGAAUGAAGAAUGCAGCCCUGCAUGCCUUGGACCCCAGAAUCUGUACGCUUGUUUUGAAAUGAGACGAUGGCAGAAAUCAUGAUACGGGAUUUCUCCAUUUCAAAGCACCCUCCAGGUCCUGAAAUGGGGACAUUUUGAGCAUCGACAUGACACUCGAGAAGUGUUAGAUGUUGGAACAUCUCAGAUUUCAGAGGCUCAGAUUAGAGAUAUUUAUCUGAAGCCUAUGCAAAUACCUCAAAGCCCUAAGCCCUCAAAUCAGAAUGCUCCCAGCCAUUUUCCAUACUGGUACUCAACAUGAAAAGGUUGUGAUUUAGAAAUAUUGAGUCAAGAAAGCCCCAAACAACAACAGCGAAAGCUAGACUCAAGCCCUUGGCCCUUUGUGAGUAUUGAUAGCAUUUGGUUUGAAGACCAGACUUAAUGUUUCAGUCAGCACAACUGCUCUUUCUCUUCACCCUUUGGUCAGUGGACCCAACUGUGGAAACAGGUCUCGCCCUGAGGCUCUCCAUCCCAGAAGGAUUCAGACUCAGGGUCAGACUCAGUUUGGGUCUGUUGUAUGCUGUUGGGCUGUAGUCAAGGUGAGGUUGUAAGGAACAAAGUCUUGUGUAACAUUCGGGAGUCCACUGCUCAUGGCUGCCCCUUGCUACCAUUCAGAGUAGAGAACAGGCUGAGUUAAGCAAUAAUUGUUCGGGUUGGGGAUUUAGCUCAGUGGUAGAGCGCUUGCCUAGGAAGCACAAGGCCCUGGGUUCGGUCCCCAGCUCUGAAAAAAAGAACCAAAAAAAAAAAAAAAAAAAAAAAAGAAAUAAUUGUUGUGCCUUCUGUUUUCCCUGCCUCUUUAAUAGAAAUACAGUUUUACCAUCAUUUCGGAGUCAGACAGAUUUGUCUGGGCUAGUAUUUUUGUAUAUAGAUGCAGUCAUAUUUUUAUAGGGAAUUUGGAGCUAGCUAAAAAUUCCAGAGCAAAAAAGAUUGUGAUUUUAAUAAAUAAAUAUAUUAUUUAACUCAUUAGAAGAGUUUCCUUUCAUGAAAGUAAAAUGCUUAAGAGACGUUGUAUGCUUAUGAAAAUGCCCUUGUGUAACCCUGUACCACAUACAAUGAAUAUACACUAAUGAAAAUUUCAAAAUACGUUUAAAAAAAAAAUGAGAGCGUGAAGGUGAAGAUCAUCGCAGUUGGAAUUUACAUAUGUAAAUUUGAGAGGCCCACACGUGGAAACAAAAGAUUUGCUGUCUAAAUGAGAUGGCUGGUCUUAUUCGGAUCCCGAAACAGCAGCUCCGUAAGUGAAAAAUGAUGUUAACCUUUCUUGAGUGCUGGUGGCUAUCAAGUUUGGGGCGGAAAAAUCCUAUAAAGGAAGGAGCUGCAGACUGUAAUAAACUGCCAGGCGUUUGAUAAAACCCCUCUUCCUCUUAGCUGGCCGGCCAAGUUCAAGGGCGUCUCGGAAGGCUCCUUACUGGUGCGAAGGUGAUGAGAUUUCUCUUCUCCCGCUAGCUGUCUGAAUUACUUCUGAGCUUGACAGAGAUGCAGACUUCCACUCGAUAGCAAGUCAGAGGCUUGGGAUAUCUCAUUUCUCUUAAGUUAAACCUACCAGUCUUCAUUUAACCAGUAAUUUCCCCCUCUGGGCUCUGUGUGUGGUAAACAUGACAGGCCUGUGCCCAGUUCCCUGCUUCUUUCUUAUCUCAGGCCUCGUCUUGGAGUGUGUGGCCCAGUUUCUGGGAAAAUUGUGUUUUGUGGUGUUGCUAUGCAGGUCAGUUGAGAUGUAAACACAAAGUAGCUCUCAGGGCUUCCUGGCUACUGCAUUUCUGGGUGUCCAAGACAGUCUCUCAAUUGCAAUCCAAAUGCCACGUUUGAUAUUUUGGGGUUGGUGAUUCUGGGUGCUGGGCUUGUCCUGACCAUUAAAGGGGGAAAAGAUUUUAUUUUUAUUUUUUAAUGUAUGAAUGCUUUGGUUAUAUAUCUAUUCAUGUACGUAGUGCUCACAGAGGCCUGAAGACAGCAUUGUAUCCUCUGGGAGUGGAGUUAGAGAUAGUCGUGAGUCUCCAUAUUGGUAUUGGUAAUUGAACCCAGGUUUUCUGAAAGAACAGCCAGUGCCCUUAACCACUGAGCUACCUCCCUAGGGCCGUCCUGAGCAUCUUAGACCGUUGAGUAAUACCUCUGACCUAUGUCUUAGAUUCUACUGCUACACUCUUUGUUUUGUUUUGUUUUGUUUUGUUUUGUUUUUCUUGUCUACUGGUAAAAAAUGUACUCAAGAAAAAUAUGUUGGGUUUUUCUUCAUUUUUAAAAAAUAUUUUGUUUUAUUUAUGAAUAUGCAUGAGUGCCCCCAGACGCCAGAACAGAGCGUCAGGCGUGUCAUUUGUUAGCUGUUGAUGUGGUUGCUUGGGCUUGACUUCUGUUUCUCUAGAGGAGGAGUGUGCACACUUAAACAGUGAGCCCCUUCCUCAGCCCAGGCAUUUCUUUCAUUUAGAGAUUGUGGAGAGAGGCUGGGAAUAACCCUCAGUUGGUAGGAUGCUUGUCUAGGAAACACCAAGUUCUAGUUUUGAUCCCCACCGCUGAAUAAAUAAAUGACCAUGGUACUGUGUGCUCCUAAUCCUUGGAAGUGGACAUAGGAAGUCAUUCUUGGCUGUAGCGUGAGUUCAAGGCCAUCAGAGGAUAUAUAAGACCUAGUCUCAAAAUUAAUUAAAGUGUCAUAGAACAAAACCUAGAAUGGAUAGAUAGAUGACUUCAAUUUAAUAAUACCUUUUAUAAUUAAUGAAAUUCCAUACAAAUGCCUCUUGCUGAAGCUCUGGCCCCUGAAUUUGAUUAAUUUAAAAGAGCUUUGACUAUAUUGGCCCAGCUCUCUGCUUCUUUCUACUGCCUAAAACCAUCCUUACUCUUUCUUGGAUGGCUUUGAAAUAUACGUGGAAACGGUCUCUCAGCCUCCAUCAUAGCAAAGAACUCAGGUUUUAAAGAAGCCACAAGUAACCCACGAGGAAGCUCUGAAGUACAACAUGCCUCCAGCAAGUUAAACUGUGUAUUGUUUAUCUGCAAUUAGAUGUUCCAACUUCUAUAAACUUCUUGUAAAUUUCCUGCUUUGAAGAUUUAUAGACCUUGACAUAGGGCUGGAGAGGAAGGAUCUUCCUAAAUCUCAUUACAAAAAUCUAGCACCUUCGCUGUAACCAAAACCAGUAGCAAAAGUGUUUACUUGAGCUGCAUCUUGGGUAUUGUCUUAUAGUCAGGGUUACUGUUCCUGUGAUGAAGCACUGUGCCAAAAGCAAGCUCAGGAGGAAAUAGUUUAUUUUUAUUUAUUUCCACGGCACUGUUCACCAUCCAAAGAACUCAGGACAGGGACCUGGAGGUAGGAGCUGAUGAUGCACACAUAGUCCAUGGAGAGGGGUGCUGCUACCUGGCUUGUUCCUUAUGACUUGCUUAGCCUGCUUGUUUAUAAAACCCAGAUCACUAGUCCAGGUGUGGCACCUCCCAUAGUGGGCUGGGCAUCCCCGUGGCACCUCCCACAGUGGGCUGGGCAUCCCCAUGGCACCUACCACAGUGGGCUGGGCAUACCCCCAUGGCACCUCCCACAGUGGGCUGGGCAUCCCCGUGGCACCUCCCACAGUGGGCUGGGCAUCCCCAUGGCACCUCCCACAGCGGGCUGGGCAUCCUAUGGCACCUCCCACGGUGGCCUGGGCAUCCCCAUGGCACCUCCCACAGUGGGCUGGGCAUCCUAUGGCACCUCCCACAGUGGGCUGGGCAUCCCCAUGGCACCUCCCACAGCGGGCUGGGCAUCCUAUGGCACCUCCCACAGCGGGCUGGGCAUCCCCAUGGCACCUCCCACAGCGGGCUGGACAUCCUAUGGCACCUCCCACAGCGGGCUGGGCAUCCUAUGGCACCUACCACAGUGGGCUGGGCAUCCCCAUGGCACCUACCACAGUGGGCUGGGCAUCCCCGUGGCACCUCCCACAGUGGGCUGGGCAUCCCCAUGGGACCUACCACAGUGGGCUGGGCAUCCCCAUGGCACCUACCACAGUGGGCUGGGCAUCCCCAUGGGACCUACCACAGUGGGCUGGGCAUCCCCAUGGCACCUACCACAGUGGGCUGGGCAUCCCCAUGGCACCUACCACAAUGGGCCGGGCAUCCCCCCAUGGCACCUCCCACAGUGGGCUGGGCAUCUCCCGUGGCACCUCCCACAGUGGGCUGGGCAUCCCCGUGGCAUCUCCCACAGUGGGCUGGGCGUUUCCUUGGCACCUCCCACAGUGGGCUGGGCAUUUCUAUGGCACCUCCCACAGUGGGCUGGGAAUCCCCAUGGCACCUCCCACAGCGGGCUGGGCAUCCUAUGGCACCUCCCACGGUGGGCUGGGCAUCUCUCAUCAAUCAUUAAGAAAAUGCCAUGCAAUGCUUGCUUGUUUACGGCAAGAUCUUAGGAAGGCAUUUUUCUCAUUUGGGUUUCCCUCCUCAGGCGACUUUAGUGUAUAUAUAGUUGACAAAGAACUGACCAGCACGCAUAAUCUAAGGCAUUUCAAAAACGGUGUGCUUGUAGAAAACGGACACACAGUGUAUGGCAGCUAUCCUCCUGUCUCUUUGUGAUUAUUUUCACCAUUUGAGUAUGCUUGUACGUCUCUAUUCAUAUGUCCACAUGUGUGGCUACAGAGGUCGGAAGAUGAUAUCCUAUCCUUUGGGACUGGAGUUAUAGGCAUUUGUGAGCCAUCUGGUGUGGAUGCUUGGAUCUGAACUCUGGUCCUCACCACAGAAUAGCAAGUGCUCUUCAGUACCAAGCCAUCUCUCCAGUCUUCCACUCCCGUUUUAAUCCUCUUACUUCCCAGAGCAGGCCGGUGGGAGAGCUCUUUUUUUUUUUUUUUUUUCUUUUUUUCGGAGCUGGGGACCGAACCCAGGGCCUUGCGCUUCCUAGGCAAGCGCUCUACCACUGAGCUAAAUCCCCAACCCCGGGAGAGCUCUUUAAGGUCACCUUCUCCCCUUGUGCCACACAGGGCAUGGCACCUCAGGCCUGUACACUUGGUACUAGGGAAAUAAGGCAGGAAUGUAAUCCACCCUGCACCCAAGUCAAAGGCAGUUGAUCUUCCAGGGGUCAGUAGUCUUUAUUUUUUAAAAAGUAGCCAAUCAGGAAAGACUAUGCAGUUGGACACUAGCUAACAGGGAAAAGACACAGUAACCAACAGUCACAGAAUUCAAACCCAAGUACUCUGUGUUCUGGUGUGCCUGCUGGCGUGGUUUGGUUCCUUUUUGUCAAGACUUCCCUUGAUGCUCUUUUUAUUCUAUGUGUGCAUUUGUGCACCUCUAGGAUUAGUCUUUAUUUCUAACACGAAGAUCACACACAGGUUUGUGGCUAUGAUGAUCUGCAGUGAAGCUGUGUGUGUGUAUGUGUGUGUGUAUGUGUGUGUGUGUGCAGAGUGGGUAAAAAUAGAGGCAGGGCGUCCUUUCUAGUGAGUGCUAUCCAGUAGUAGUCUGCAUCUUGGCUGUUAAGUUGAUCCUAUUGAUCCUAUGGUGAUUUGAUACUUCGAACCGUGUCUCAUAGACAGUGAAUGCUAUUGGUGCUGGUAAACAAGGGUGCUUUGGAAAUUUGUAACUCCUUUGGUGACUUGUUAUCUUAUCAUGUACUGUAGCGUUUUAAAUUAAUUUUUUAUAUACAUUUUGAUCAGACUCUCCCCACCCCACUCCACCCCAUUCCACCCUACCCUGCCCCAACUCCUCCCAGAUCCUUGCGAUGGUAGGUUUUUAGUACUUGACACGAAGAACACAGUGACUUACCAGCCCUUAAAUAUUUACUCCUCUGGGACUCUGUGUACGGAACAUACAAGAAUAUCCUCAUCUAUAUGUAUAGUCUAGGAAAAUAGGACAUUUCAACAAACCACAAUUCCACAAACUUUCAAAUACGGCUUAGUUAAAAUUCAUCUUAUAUUUUUGAGGGUCUAUGUAUAUGCUGCUAUUCUCAGAGUUCUGGGCAAUAUUACCGUAUUCAUAGAGCAUGUGUUUCCCUUAAGGCAUUCCCAACAGUCUGCUGAGAAGAGAGAAGUUAAAUACAAAGUUGAAGAUAUAAAAACUAGGGUGCAGGUGACCCAAACAAGUUGGUGACACUUGGCAGCGAAUGUGCACUGACGGUGUUUUGGAGACAAAGUAAGAGUGCACGGCAUUCCUCUGUGGUAGGAGGUUUUCACUCCAUGUAGAGUUUGAAAGCAGCCCCUUCACGGUUUCUAUGUCCCUCGUUAUUUUUCUGUACACAUUCCAGAAUAGAACCUGUAGUAAGGGUGGGUCUAUAGAAAACCUACUGGGAUUUCUGGGUCCUUGCAAUAGCAUUCCCAAAAUGGGGAGGGGGGAGAUCAAGACACGAAUUUUCUCUGGCCAAAUCAGAAAUUAUGCAAAUCCUAUAAAACAUCACUAGAAGUAAUAUGUGAGACUUUAGCUGGCUUUAUGGCUGUUUUCAAAGGUGAUUUUACGAACACUACUCUCUGCCAAACAUGGCUGCCCAUCCCUGGAGUUCUAAUGAGAUCUUAGAGCUGAAUCUCCACUUAGGUGAUUCUCUGAGAAACGGUCUUCAGCUGAAGCCCAUGUCGCACUGGCAUACCGGUGCUGUCCUGUACUGGGAAGCUUCACUCUGCCACAGUCUUCUGACAACAUGAAGCUGUCUGCUCACCCCUAAGGCACAGAAUACGUAUUUAGUAUAUGACGAAUCAGUGGUGGCCUAGAUUUUUUUUUUUAGUUCAUUCAUUAUGCUGAACUUUAGUUAAUAUAGAAAUAACUUCUAAUUACUGUUCUGCCCCUGGUGGAUGGGUAGUAUGCAUUAUGUUUCCAGCCUUAGCCAUUUACUUCCAGGCCUUUCUACAAGCGAAGAAUGCUGAUUGCUUUCCAAGACUGGCAAUUCUGAAGUCUUGACUUUGGCUUUAGAGCCAGCGGGACUUGCCUCCAUCAGAACAGAAAAAGGGAGCCCAAGGCUUCUUCCAGUCCUGAGCUCUCUCUUGUUUAUGGAGAGCGAGAAGCAGAAGGACUUAUUCCAAACAGGCAAGCACAGGUCUGCGCAUGUCAUAGUGUUAAAGCACUUGGUUAGCAUGUGGGAGUCCUUGGGUUAAAACCCCGUAAAACUGGAAAAGGAAGAAAGGGGAAGAUAUUUGUUGUGUGGGGGAAUGGCAGUGGCUUUGGGGAGCUCAGUGUAUGCUUGUCAUGUGUAAAGUCACGACUGUGGCCCAUAGACAUCCCCACAGUGGUUUGCUUCAGUGCUGGAAUAUGAACUAGGAGGCUUGAAGGGACACUGGCAUACAGCACUAUGUCUGCAGCCUGCCCCUUGUUCCUGGCAUGAGUAACGUCAUCCAUUCUCACUCCUCACUUCUUGCUUUAGACCUUAUCUCUGCCAUAAAUUAUAAUUCUAUCCAGAGCUUACUCAAUUGCAUGCAUUAUUGUAUGAGUGAAUGUUUGAUUUUUCUUCUUCUAAGCAAGGGAUUUCCUGCUUGGAAGCACACUGGGCUGGCUUAUCAAAACAUUCUCUUAGGUAUAUGUCACUUCUGAGGUAGGCAGUGCCUGUGGAAUGGAUGCAAAAGCCUGUUGUCCCUAAGAUGGUUGGGCAUGGACUCAGAAGAUACUCUGACACACUUUGGUUGGGGCUGAUGUAACGACAGAUUGUCUGUGAGGUCUCAAACACCAACGUGUGGACUGUCUGACUGCAGAUGAUUUUUGAGUAUAGCCUUUAGGAGUAAGAGGCAGUUUACCAAGGUGGCUAAGAGUUUCUGGUUCAAACCCAUGCGCGGUGACACACACCUGUAAUCCUAGCACUCAGGAUAUAGAGGCAGGAGGAUGACCUAGGAGUUUGAGGCCAGCUUGGUGUAUGCAGUGAAAUACAGGGAAAUAAGACAAAACCCUGCUCUCAAAUUAUUCCUAGGACAUUUUCAACCCCGACAUGGUGGUGCAGUUCUAUAAGACUAGAAUUUGAGAGGCAGGAGGAUUCUUAAGUUCAAGGUCAGCCUGCUCUACAUCUUUGAGUAUGAGUUGUAUUUGGGCCGCCACAUAGUGAAACUCAGACUCAAAAGAAAACAAAGAGGGCUUUUGGGAGUCUUCACAGACCAAGGUUUCUGUCCUGGCAUACAAGCUGUUGGAUCUUCUACAACCAUUUACCUUCUUCCUUUUGAUGGUUGGAAUUAUCUACCUCAUACACAGUGUGUUAGAAAGAUGUCUAAUAGCCCAGUGAUGGGCCAGAAGGCAGUAGGGGAUAGGGGAUGGGCUUGUGCAGCCAGACUGGAAUGAAUUCAAUUGCAAAGGAACUCUGUCAUCAGUGACUAAUGUAUAAAUUUGGGAAGCCCAGAAGAUGUGCUUUCUCCUGAAAUCAGGUAUAUGUCACUUGAAAUCAGGUUCCAGUGGGCUGUCAUCUAAGGACAUCACAGAAUUAACUCGUCAGAAGCAUUAAAAUGUCCCUGUGACUUCAUGCUGAGUUGCUCCUAAGAGAACUUCUUAUGGAAGGAAUGCAUUUCUUUCUGUUUGUUUAAAUUAUGUUAGCAGUGUUCUGUAGACUUGUAAUCUGCUUUUGGUGUAGGAUCUCCCGCCUCUCAUAUCGACCAAUGUCACAUCUUUCCCUUGCUUAUCUCACUUUCCCAUAUGGCUGCUCUCCAACGGUAGUCCUCCAGGAGACCCACCAGCUCAUUAACCUCUGACAGGAGUCCAGACCUUCCGGUGCAGACUGGCUAAGGGAAGCAGCAUAUCUCUGCAAUCGCCUCCUCCCGCUGCCCUUGCAUUCUCUACCGGUGCUUGUAGGCAUUAGACCUGGUGCGUGUCAUUGCCAAAUGGUAGGACUUGUCAUAGGUGACUUUGUAUUGCCGUUUGAAAAUUCUUGCUGAGUUCUUUGAGAAAUCAUUGAGUAGGAUCGUUGAAAGCAGCCCAUGGUUUGUAGCUCUGACUUCCUCCUCCUGUUCUGUGUCGGUUUGACCUGCCUCAAGGGGUGAUGUAGACCAGAUGAAGUAUGCCUUUCAGGUCCCUCCGGAGGAGAGGGUGACACUAUUCGGUAAAAGACUCUUUGGCUUCCAUUACCGUUCAGGGAUGCAGGAGACAAGUAGAGACAAAAUUAAGAAAAAAUAUAUUUUUUCUGAGCCCGACUUGUUUUGAUGAAGGUUAUUGGGUGUUCCCCUGGAAUAGGGCAAACAUGUCACAGAGAAAACUGUUUCAAUGCGCCACUCAUAUUUUGGAGUCUUGAGAUGGUAUCAUGUUGUCCCUUCUUCACAGAAAACCAAGUUUUCUGAAAGACACGGGACAGCUCUGACAGCUUGCUGGAUCUUCUUUCUAAGACUCUGCAUUGGAGUUUCUGGUAAAUUACAAAGCCCCUGCCUGAGUGGUUCUUUGGGCUAAAAUAUCAGAUUGAGAAGCACAAAGUCAUGCUGCCAUUAGGGUCUGUUUCACGCCUGAGAAAUGGGGGGAAGUGGGGAUCCGGUUUGUGUACGGGGCGGAAGGGCCGGGGGGCGGUGCCAGCCUGCGGGAGCAAUGUGGCAUCUGGCACCUGUCGAUUAGGACCUGUCUUAGUCCUCCUUUUAGUUCUAGAACUCCGAACAGCCCUUGAUUGCUGAAGAGGGCUGAAGUAACGGCAAUGUCAAUUCUUUAUUCUAAGACCUGAUAGAGUCUGGAGCUAUAGCAUGCGGUUCAAGUUCAAUCCCAGCACCCUCUCCCAUGACCCCCAGUACAAGACCGUAAUAGAAGAGAGGCAGAGGAUGUGGCUUGGAAAAGAACCAGAUCCCUGUGCCGGAGAAAACCAUACUGACUCAUACGGACACAUAAAUUAAUUUUGGCUUGCAUGGAGAGAUCAGGAUGCCGGUUUCCUCUCUCCCCUCCCACUGUCAGAUUUUACUGUUUCGUAAUGCGUUUAAAACCAUAGUAGAACUCCAUGAAAGCUAAGUUUUUUAAAAAAAAAAAAGAAAGCUGGGAGGAGCAGAUUCCUUAGUACCCUACACUGUGAGAUUUGUCCCGCUUCUGGGCUCUGUAAAUUUUCAUCCUGCUCCCAUUAGUUAAAUCAGCAGAAAAUGAAUUUACUUAGAUGCUGACUUUCCCAUCUGAAACAUUUUCCUCACAUCAAGAGGUAGCUGGGAAAGCACUGGAACUCCUUUCUAACUCUGGGUGGGGGGGUUACUGUUUAGAACUUGUCAGCCGGCAUCUCCAGGUGAUGCUUCUCCUCUGUGUGAAUGUCAUGGUUACCGUGUGCUCCCCCCCCCCCCCCAAAGAACAAUUAUAUUCAAGAAUCUUCGAACUGCAUUUAAAAACAGCUGGGUGAAAGUCAUUUUAAACACCCAAAUCCAACACAUUAGUUCUUUUAUGCAUUUAAUUAAGCAGAAGUUAAAAUAAAUUAGAACAGAAGACAUCAGUGCCGAUUGUUGAAUCAACAAAGAGAGACACAGCCUAGCAUUAGCCUUCCACAGAUGUCUGUCACUCUACGCUGAUGCCCUGUAAAUUCACGUCAACCCUCUAGAAGCUUUUGAAUAAUGAUUUCCUUUCCAGUAAAGGCUGGUCUGUAGUGUAUAUGUAGCAAGUGGCAUAGUUUGCAAAAGCCAAACAUUGACAUUUCUCUGUGAGCAUGUGUGUAUGCACAUGCAUGUGUACACAUACCAGCUUUUCUUCGUCAUGAUGCCUGUAUGUUGCUGGCCUGGAAUACUUUCUCUCGGGGAUGGAGGAAGGGUUGGGUGGAAAUAGCAAAGUUCAGGAAAAUGAUCGAGAAAUAAAAUUUGUCAGUAAACCUGGGUUCCGUUAAUGAGGUGGUCGUUGAGAAUGUUUCAUUUCUAAUGCUUUUCUUUCCGGAUGUAUUUGAGCUUAGCUUACCCAUAUAAUACGAGCACUGUCUUGUCGGGGAAAGUAGUGCAAACCCAGACACACCAGCCAGGAACUCAGCCCUGUCUCCCACCACCCACUGUUGCCAUGGUUUGCAUUUGCCCACAGACACUUUCCUAGAGGGUGCCGCUUGGGUAUUUUAUCAAAGUAACAAGAUUGUGCUUUGUAGGCAGCCUUACUCCUCCAACAGAAUAUCCUGAUGGAUAGUGUUUGGCGUGACGGUAUGGUGUGAGUGGAGGGUGCCAUUCUAGCCCCAGAGAAGUACUCCUGAAGACCAGGAGUCCUCUUCCACACACUGAUAGCGAUAGGAGGGCUCAUGACACUUUCACACAGAUCCCGAAUUUAAUAAGAACAUCCUGGGCCACCAGAUCAUGGGCAUCUUCCCACACCUGUGCACACAUUUAUCAUUACUUACCAGACUCUUGUCAUCCCCCUGGUAGUUAGGACAUACAUAGUUCUCCAAUAAAGCCUUCUGUGUCAACACAUUAGUCCUUGUCUUUAAGGUUUUUUUUUUUAGACUGCUCUGUCCCCUGCUUUCCUGCCCCAGUGAAGACAGUUACUCAUGAGCUGGGCUUAUCUGACUAGAGGACACCAGCAUGUUGGGAUAGCAGAAGCUAUGGCAACAGGGUGAGACUGUGCCACAGCGAGAGGGGAUAGUCCAGAAAGCUGCCCUUUAGGAGAUGGAUGUACAGCAAACUCCCAAGUGAUAAUUGAUCUUGAUCCGGUGGUGACAAAGGUGUAGCCUAUUGGAGAGAUGACUCAGUGGUUAAGAGCACUGACUGCUCUUCCAGAGGUCUUGAGUUCAAUUCCCAGCUCACAACCAUCUGUAAUGGGAUCUGAUGGAAUGCCCUCUUCUGGUGUGUCUGAAGAUAGCAACAGUGUACUUACAUAUAUAUAUAUAUAUAUAUAUAUAUAUAUAUAUAUAUAUAUAUAUAUGUGUAUAUAUAUGUAUAAAAAUAAAUAAAUAAAUCUUUUUUUAAAAAAAGGUGUGUGUAGCCUGUCAUCCGGUUUUCAAACUAAUGGUCACUACACCGAGGUGGAACGCAUGUGAGGGUUUGAGUGCGCUGCUCCGUUUCUAAGGCCUUGCGUCACCGUUCUUUGAAAUGACCCAGAAACACUGCAUUCUUACCAGGCAGCAGGCCUAUGAGCAAUGCAGUGAUCCCAGUCAGUGCACCUAGUGUCUACCAUGGCUCAUGGCUUAGGUCUCCUCAUUAGUUUACAGCUGACAGAACCUCACCCGAUUGUGCUUCCUGGGAUUUAAUGGAGUUUAAUGGGGAUCCCGGAGAAUGGAAACCUGUGACACCUUGCUCCUAUCACCGUGUCCCACUUUUCUUGAACUGCCCCACUCCCAGAACAGUCUCAGAAUUUUGAUAGUUGCCUUAAGCAAUUUACUAAUUAGACAUUAACACCGUAUCCUCUCAGUCCCAGUGCACAAUGAAGGAAGUCUCACAAUCUGAGCUAGAAAAGAACAAAGAUGUAGCUGGCCCAGGCUCGGAGCCACGGCUCCACCCAACGCUGGCUUUUCCUGAUUUGCUAUUGACAGGGCUCCCUUCACUGUUGGAAGUGUCCUGGUCUAGGGGCUGGGGAGUUGGCUCCGUGGGGGAAAGCAACCAGGAGGAUCUGUGUUUGAAUCCCAGAAACUACUUAGCCUGGUUUGGUAGUACAUCUCUGUAGUCCCAGUUCUCUUACAGUGAAGUGGGAGGUAGAGAUGGAGAACUCUCCAGAAGCACGUGGAUCAGCUCCUUUUGGUUAGAGAGGAGCAAACACUCUAUUUCAGAAUCGGAGCUGAGGACUGUUAUUCAAGGUUAUCCCCUGACUUCCACAAACUGCUCCUGUGCUUAUAACGCACGCACGCACGCACGCACGCACGCACGCACGCACGCACGCACGCACGCACGCACGCGCGCACCCUUUGAUGAGAUUUUAGUUGGAAUGAAUGGUGGUAGGGAAGAAUUUGGAAGGCAGCGAUCUCAUUUUAGGGAGCAGCCCAUACCCUGCUCUACCAGGCUAGCCAGGCCGAACAGAUACCACAGUCACUCCGAGUGUGUUUUAAGAGAGGUCAGAAAUCUGGGGAUUUAGGUGUGUGUCCUGAUAAAAACGAAAACACUGGCAGUUAUGUUCCUCUAUCACAAACACGGGCGAAAUGUUUCAUACGUCUGUUGUCUGCCUCUUAAAAUUCGCUUUGUUUUCAUUUUUUUAAAAAAAGGUUGUUCUAAUAUGACCCAGCUCUGCCUAAUGGUUGUCAUCCUCCUGCAUCAGCCUUCCAAGUGCUGUAUUACAGACAGGCACCACAACACCUCGCUUGGUGGCCCCCUUUUGGGGGCCCCUUCUGAGGGAAGAUUUUCCGUCUUCGAUGCUUGAUUGCCUUGGGCCACUACUCCUUGCUGCUGUUUUUGUUGGGGCGCAGUAAAAGGCAAAGCCAUGGGCACUGAAACAAAGGAGGGCGUGGCAUGAGUGGCCUGCCCUCUUGGACUAAGAGCUCAUGCAGCUGGGCCCUCUUCAUGUAGCUGUUUAUAGCCGUCAGGAUUGCCUGCGGGUACAGAGGUACACAAGGAGUCCGGGGAUAUACAAACAAGGCUGGUGCAGAAGCCUUCAUUCCAAGAGUGGCACGAAUGUUUGCUCCCUUUCCACAGUCCGCUUGGAUGAACGGGCUUUGGUUUUCAGUCAAGUUGAGUUCAUCUUAUAUCUUUAUGUUGUUUAAAAAAAAAAAGGAAUAAUGUCCUCACUCGCCUGGAGCCAUUUCUGUCUCCGUGAAAUCGGCGAUUUAAGGUCCGUCCCAUCCUGAAAGCUUUUAGCUUGUGAAAAACUCCCUUUUUAGCUUUUAAAACCUUCACUUUGUGUUUAGAAUAAAUGGCAUUCCUGGAUCUGUUAAGCAGGCAGUUAAUAAUGCGGGGGAAGCUGCCCACUGCAGGCCCAACCAUAAAACCUGCUCAGAGGGCAGCCCAGGCAAAUAGGAUAUUCCGCAGUGAUCCAUGCUGAGAGCUUCCAAUCAGCUAGGAUCCUGCAGUCGGUGCUCCUAAGUCCCGCCUUCAUUUAUAGUGGCGUAUUGAUCUGCCCUAGUUUGUCCUAAAGGUUGGCCGCCUCCCAGUCAUCUCUUUGUCACACUGCCCGUGAAGGCUAGCCGGAUUCCCCAGUAGAGGAAGCAGUGUCACAAGGAGAAGGCAUUGAGCAUGCGUGAUUCACCUUGAUAGCGUUUGUGACAUAGAUCUGGUUCUCUGGGGGCAGUUUCUCCUUGCUUGUUUUUUAAAAUGUGCACCCUAAGGACUUGAGGCCUGUGGAGUCUUUCUGGGAAUCCAAUGAGGGAGAUGUUUGUGUAGCCCAAACUGACUUCAGACCCUUCACCCUCCGAGAUUCCUAUUCCCAAGUGCUGCUGUGACAAGUGCCUGUUACCUUGCCCGGGCCACCACUGUCUUGGUUUUUAAAAUAUACCACGUGCCUUUAAUUUCAGUACUUGGGGGGUAAAAUCAGGGGCAUCUCUGGUUGAGGCCAGCCUGGUCUGCAAAUGAAAUACCAAGAUAGCUAGGGCUACACGAAGAUACUGUGUCUGGAAAAAAACCAAUCCAACCAACGACAACAAAAAAGCCACCUCGUCAUGAAAACACAUGUCUUAACCCUUCUGGGAGGAUCCCUGCAAGUUACAUAGUCUUGUGCCCAUGUUCAGUCAUUUGAGUUGGAUUGGCAGGAUUGUGGAGGAGAGAGUGCUGGCUUUAGGAAAUACACUCAAAUACUUGAGGUCUAAGGUUGGUGAAGUCCACAGCGGACUAUCUAUCCUGUGGUACAUGGUUAUUAUCAAACGUGCUUCCAGAUAUAAUGAACGGGGCUUUAAAUUUCAAUGUCAGAUGAGUACAGUGGGCUGGCGACUUGAUGUGCUCAUGAUGGCUUUAGCUCUUUCAGAAAUCUGCAUGGAAAGGUGACCCUGUUCUACCCGGUCCCCUCAGCGGACUGGCCUCUCUUCCGGGUAUAGCUGUUGGAAAGGACAGCCUGCUCGCCCAGCACGCGGAGUGCUCCUGCGGUGCUCUUUCCCAUUCCCAUCCCUCGUCAUAAUCCUGCGUUCAUGACAUUAUAAUCAUCACCACAAGUGGCUAAUUGUGAUGUCACAAAUGGGGAUUAUGACUCGAAAUGGGGGAAUAAACAGCAGGGGCGGAUUAAUUCCUAAGCAACGGAAGAAGAUUCUGUUUUGGUGCAAAUGCCCCAGGGUAAUAAAAUUUAAAACGGAAAAUGGCAGGAGAAGACAAAGGGAACAUAUGUGAACUAUUAGCCAAAUUGUCUUUAGGCAGGCCGUUCCCCCUUUAAUUUUCCACUUGGUGUGAAAAGCUCCUCUAUGGGAGAUAAGUGGAUUUGGUUUUAAGCCUAACAAAACUCAAGGUGUCUUACUGACCGGUUGUGGAGGGACAGAGGACUGGGUCAUUAAAGGUGUUUUUAUUUUCCAUAAAGCGGAAUUGCUCUUUGCAGCUCUAUUGCAGAAGUCAGGCUAUAAAGAUCAGUAUGAUGGCCAAAGACAGCUGGGCUGGAAAUUGACAGCAAUCCCAACCUGGGAGCCCUGGCAAAGCCAUCAGAGCCUGACUAGCAGCCUUGAUCUCUCAGGACAGCUUUCUGAAUGGGUUGCAUGUCACUGAAAGCGCUGGUUAACAGCUGUUGCUCUGGAUUGGCCUAGAAUUAGCAGACAAUUCUCUGUGGAAGUGGGAUUUUCAAUUCCAGAUGAAGGAUGUACUUUUCCCCCUCCGGGACAUGAGUGGUUCCCACGUGAUUUGGUUAAGCGCCCCUCCCAAGUCUCUGCUUCAAAGGACACUCAACAACUCCUUUAUCCUCAGGGGUUCUUUGGUUCUCUCUCUCUCUCUCUCCCUCUCCCAGUGGCUGUUGAAUUUGUGACCUUUUUUCCCUCAAGCCCCACAGCCAAACUAAACUGGAAAUCUCAUCGAUUGUUCUCAUCUGCCCAGGACAAAUUGUUCUGUUCUUCCGUGCAUUGUGUUUUGUCCUUUCUUGUGUUCCCUCAACUUGCAUGUUGGAAACCUUGAAAAAGAUCCAUCAGAGACUCAGGGCUGCCUCUCAGGUUUCAGAGGCAUGGUAAAUUUAGUUAUAAAAGAGACUUCUUAUUUGACUCUAGGCGCUUAAUGAUAGCCCUUUCUGCACAAAGUAGAAAUUAUGUGAUUACUGUCUUGGGACUGAGAUUAGAAGGUGUGGUUCUAUCCAUAGCCUCAUCUUUGGCGUAGACGGAGCAUCUGGGUGGUAACAGGAGGCGCUUAAACACGUGCUUUGAGAUGGACACAGGCCCACCAGUCCUGGGAAAGUUGUGGUUCCCUGGUGGCAAUUUCCUCUUGAUUCCUGAAACCAGCAGCGGUGGUUCCUGUGUUUGUGAGAGGCUCUCAGGACCAGGUGUUGCCUCUUAAGCUAUCGAGCAGCCCCAGCCUGGUUUGUUAACCAUGUGCAUGCACACGUGAGUUGAAGGUGGCUUUCUGGUCUUUAUUUCCUUACUGCCAGCUCUUCUCCUCCAUUGCUGCACCUUUAUACCAUGUGCAACCCCUUCAGGGGUUUUUGGCUCUCUUAAGCCAUGUGUGCUGUUUUGUGGGAGCAUUUAUGACUCUUCUUCCCUUUUUAUUUCGUGCAUCCGUUUUGGUGUGGAUUCGUCCCAGCCAGGUGUUUGCCACACUGCAGUAAUAUUGGGAGAAGUGAAGUGUGCACAUGUCCACGCUGGGAAGAAUUCCCUUUCGCCGUGUGACAGGAACUCCCAAACCCUCUGUGGGUGUGAGUGGGAAGGAAGACCAUGCCCCAGUGCUGUGGGAAAUGUAAAGUUCUUAAAGCUGGGGCUUGUCUCUUGGUGCGUUUAUAGCUCUGUGUGGAAGCCAGACCCGGACCUGGUGAAACAGCUUAGGGCAGUUUCAGAACCAGCACUCAGCAUUGGAUUAAUGGAGAUUAAAACCUUCCUUUCAAGUUCUGCGGUACUGGCAGAUCUGAGUUAUGUAAUUUACUAGGGAAAGCUGGAUUUGUUGAACUUGGGGAUGAAGUUUGAAAAACACCAAGAGGGUGCUGAAAUGACAGUGGCCUUUGUCCUCCGACUCUUAGGAGGUAAAUGCCUUCUCUGCCUCUGCCUUAGGAUACAAUUAACCCAGGUCUGGUCUCCUGAAGGCCGCUCACUUUCUGACUUCCAGCCUCACCCAUAUGCUCUCUCUUUUUAUAUUGUCAGGUGGUCCCGAGGGUUGACUGAAACAACACAUGUGAAGAAUGGUGUGCGUGUGCGUCCUAAGAGAGGCCAGCAGAGAGUAUCAGUGUCCUUUCCUAUCAGGCUCAGUGUUAACUUCCAUGAACUCUCCCUGAACCUGGAGAUAGCCUUUGCUACACUGUUUGGCCAGCAAGCCCCAGUGGUCCGGCUGUUUUUUUGUUUUUUUGUUUUUCUUUUUUCUUACAUCCCUGACCUCCCAGCACUGAGGACCAUGUGUGGACCACGCCCUGCUUUUGCCAUGGGUGCUGGGAAUCUGAACUCAUGUUCUCGUGCUUACACAGUGGGCACUCACUCUUACCCACUGGGCCAUCUCCCCCUGUAUGCUCUAAACUGGGAAUUAUAAUUAUAACCAGAGUAGGAGACCUGCAAGGCUUUCAGAGUGCUGUGUGAACAAGCUGAACUGAAUGGGGAGGGUUGCACCAGGGUUCUUUGUGGAGUACGUGAUAGCCAGGCUACGGUUGGGCUUGUAGCUCCAUGGUCUACCAUGAACCUAUGUGAUAAGGUCCUGGGCUAAUCCCCAGGUUCAUAUAACACCCCUAAUUUAAAAAAAAAAAGAGAGCAAGGUGGGAGGGGGUGGGGGAUGAAUGAAUGAAUGAAUGAAUGAAUGUUGAGUUGGAAAGGUCUGGCCAAGAAGGUUCUUAUUAAAAUAGGAAAAAAGGUGAAAAAUUUUUUUUGUUUGUUUUGUUUUUAAUUAAAAUAAAGGGUGCUGUGCAUGGUCCCCACAGAGAGCAAUCUGCUUGUCUCUGUCAUUGUGUCAGUUCAAGGAGCAGACACCGUGGUGCAAGAGCAUUUUGGUGGUUAAUAAUUGGGGCGGAAAAGGUGGGAGGCAGGACUAGGCAGGACCUCAGGACACCGUGAGGAUCUCAUGCGGUUGCAGCCGUGUCUCCAGGAUCCCCACGUGUGAAUUCCUUGGCAUGGACGAGCUUCCCUUGACUCAAAAGCUGGUUGGAUUUUAAACGUAAGCCAAGUAUCAAGUUCCUUCUAGAAGGGAGCUGGCAGUGGUGCCUCCACAGGGCUACGCCACUGUUGAAGGCAGGGUUUUUACUGUAUCUUAUUUCUGUCACACCUCCCCCUGUUUAUUUCCUUCAUAGCCUUGGAUCAGCAGCUGUAACAACAAGUUGGUACAGUUAAUCUCUCUCCCCAAGGUGCAGCCUCAGUUACUCUAAUUGACUUCUGGCUCACUGAGGCACACUGCGGGGGUACCGGAAGGGGCACUCCUUGGCAGGGUGGCAUGUGAAAUGUCUGGCCUCUUGCUGAGGUGAUCUCUCAUCAGGCCUUGGAAGGAUGAAUGACCACUGUACAGGGCUGUGCAUGGGGAUGCAGUUAUGUAAAACGAUUGCUAAGCUUUCUACUGGACUCUGGUUAGCUUGUGGUUGUUUACUCCUAAAGGAGGAAGGGGCUGGUGGGGAGGGAGACGCUUUUUAUAUAUUUAGUGGGGGGUAUAUACAUGCCUGUCCAUCUGAUCCGUGAGGAAAGUGAGGUGUGGAGAACUUCCUAGGGUUUGCCCAAGCCACUCACCUGAGGGAUGGGUAGAUGGGGACCUUGGCUCUGUUUCUGCAUUCCAGGUCUGACAACUUGUAUUGUGGUGAUGUCAGGCAGUAAACAUUAGGGCUAGGAAUGGCUGGACAGAGACUGACCUACACUGCACUCUGGCCUGCACUGGAGUGAAUGACCUCUUAGAACCUUUGUCAUAACCAAAUGGCAAAGCUGUGGGGAAAUGAGUCCUCUUCAAGGACUGUAGCUUGGCACAGUUUCCGUGGUGGGACUUGGGCUGUGCCCAUCACGAUUCCACAGGCACCAUCCCUUUGAUCUGGCACCUCUGUCUGCCAGAUGCUUGUUCUGCAGAUGUACCUGUCCUCUAGUGCAAAAUGACACGUGUCAAGGUUGUACGUACAUCAAAGGAGCAUUUGGAUUUGGAAAAAAAAAUGGAGGUAACCUGACAGCCCAUUAAUUGGAGUAGCUUUAAUAAAUUAUACUCUCCCAAGUAAUGGCAUAUGGGCAGCUGUUACAAUUAGCUAAGCAACUCUCUCCGAACAGAUACAUAUGUUUAUCCGUAUCUAUAUCUGGAUUGCCCUAGAUUGCACAGUGAAAUCUAGAUAAAGUCACGUUUUUUUGUUUGUAGAGGUCACAGGACAGCCUCAGGUGUGCUCUCAAACACUGUUUGGUUUUCCCCCUUUCUCCAGACUCUCUUACUGGCCUGGCACUUACCAUGUAAACAAGGCCACCAUCACACCCAGGAGACAUCUGGUCUUAGCCUCCCCAGUGCUAGGAUUACAAGUGUGGGCCACCAUACACAGUUUUAGUUUUUGUAAACAAAAACAAAAACAAAAACACAGGUUCUGGGGACCAAACUUAAUUGUCCAUGCCAUUGCCCAACUCAAGAUGAUGUUUUUUGGGGUAUACAAAAGGCGUCACUGGAAAGAUGGGAUGAGGUGAGGGAAGAGGUGAGGAUUUCACCGUCCCACCUUUUCUAUCUUUGACUUUAUUGUAUCUGUAAGCAGUAACUCAGAAAAAUGAGUUGAGUAAAGGAACUCCCCAAACCAGCCACGCUAAAGGGAGGUAGACAUUAGACCAGGAAGAAGAGAUCCAGUAGAGCAGACCACCUACUAGUCCUGAAAUGAAGCAAAGAGCCUCCUUGUUUCUAGUUGAAAGGACACCUAGGAACUUUACUGAGUUGGGAAUGGCUUGACUUGAAGAUCUUCUCUGGAGUUUGCUUAAAGUCUUUCUCCCUUACCAUUCACCGUUACCUACAGACCCACAUCUAUAGGGACAGAUUCUUGUGCUAUGUCUCCUUGUCCUUUUACCUCAGGAUUAUUGAAUAUUUAUUUCUCUGAGCAUUUGCGAUGGUUAUUCUGGAUUGUCAACUUGGUGGGAUUUAGAAUCACCAUGGAAACGUGCGGGUACGCCCACUCGUGAUUAUGUAGACUAGGUUGAGAGGUGAGACGGCUCACCUAAAUGUGCUCAGCACAGGUCUGUGGGAUGGAGCUGUGGACUGAGUGGAAAAGAGGAAGCGAUGGCAAACCCUCUCUGCUUCCAGGGUAUGGAGGGAGUGUGCCCACAGGCUUCCGGCCGGUCCCACUGCCAUUACACCCCUCCAUGAUGGCCAGGACCAUCCAAUGGUGAGUUCAAAUAUCUCCUUCCUCCUUCAGUUGAGUUUUUUUUCCCUCCCAGAUAUUUUGUCACAGUAAUGAUGAGACCCUAAGCAGAACAGCUGGGUGCCCACCUUCAAGAUGGAUUUGGGAAAGCCUCCCACCUAACCAAGUCACUUGGCCUCAUCUCUGUAAAUGCGGCCUACACUAAGAAUCGUGUAGACAUUACUGCUAAAAAGGAAAGUCAAAUCUGCAUGCUUGAUAUUUAUACAAAACUAUAGGAGUGCCCAGGAGGUUAGGGAAUAAUGAAUUUCUUUUAUGUAGGACUUUGUAGCUUUGCUGGACAAAGAAAUCUUUUCAUUAACACAUUAGAGAAAAAUUUUGAGGCCAAUUUGCAUUCAGUCUGAGAAGCAUGUGUGGGGGUGGUGUCGAAAUGUACAGCAAUGCCUGCUCCUUUUCGGGAAAUCAAUUUGUUAAAUAGCCCUCAGAAUAUGACAGCUUUAUGGGAGGAUUAUGACUUUUUUUUUUGUUUUUGUGUCUGCUAAAGAGCUAGAGAAUAAGACAGUUUAAUCACAUGCCAUUCUGUGGAUAGGACCGUGGGAAGUUAAGUUGCCUCCAGAAGAGGAAGCCCGGGGACCCAGUGAGUUGCGUCUUUAGCAGAUGCUCCUAAUUACAUGGUUUGGAGACAGGCCAUUCGGUCCCCUUUUUUUUUUGAGGGUGUCUUGCUUUCCUGGAUUGUGGCUGAUGUUACUUUCUCAGUCUCCAGUUUCCAAAGAUGGUUGGUGGUCAGGGAAGGUGUGUAGCUUCAGGUAGGGAGAAAAGGGAGCUAGAGAUGGCAAAGGAAAGAAGGCUAGAGCGCCAUCCCUUGGGGCGAUCUUUAAUUUGAGCCACACUUAUAUCAUUAUUUACAGGGAUUAGGCAAGCAUCAGGAUUUACACAGGUGUUACUGCAAGGCAGAAGAGGGCUUCAUUUCACUGCCUGAGGAAGGAGAGUCCCUAGAGGCAGCCUUAGCUGUGUCCAGGCAUCUGUCUUCCCGCUGGGGACUUUGUGGAAUCUGAGCGCCACAAAGCCAGAGCUCAUCAAGUCCCCUUUUUGAGACUCCGAGGCCACCAGCUGUGGCAGCAGGUCUCAGCUUUGUCAGUGAUUAGCCGCCUGGCAGGGAAGGCUCUUCUAGCUCUCUCUUUUCUUGAGUCUUUGGUGGAUUGGCCGGGUCUAAUCUGGCCUCUCACUGAGCAGGACACUUGCAACUGCGAGCAGAAGACAGCUCCUCCCGUGAGCCCCACCCCCACCCCCACCCCUGUGCUUUCCCUAGCAAAGGGCUUAACAUUUGUGUUUGCAGAACUCACUUUUCUGUAGCUUCUGUCAGCUGCUACUUUAAGUUGUGUGCCUUCUCUUUUUUUGGGUCACUGCCUAGGAGAGAGCAAACUCUGCUGCUGUCCCUCCACCACCAACCCCCGCCCCCCGAGGUUUUUUCUUUGGAUUUUUUUUUUUUUUUGGUAUGAGUUCUCAGGUUUGAUGAACUAACCCCACUUGGCUGUAUCCUUAGUACAACAGAGGAAGUACGCAAACGCACCUGGCAAAGAUGCCAGGGGUUGAGGAACUUUGGACCUGUAGUUGGUUAAAAAGCCAAAAUUAAUGAAUCAGACUGUCCCUAGCCCUCGCACCCUGUCUCCUGUUUGAUAAUGACCGUUUAUUCUUACAGAAAUUCAUCACUCAGCCUGGCGGUGACUGUGCAAGCUUUUACCCCAGAGGCAGGAGGAUCUAUCUCUCUGAGUUCAAGGCCACAGGGUUCUGAUCUACAGAGUCAGUUUCAGGACAGUCAAGACUGAGCAAAGAAACCCUGUCUUGGGAGACCAAACCAAUCAACCAACCAACCAAACGAACAAACAAACAAACGAACAAAAAACCAUUGUGCACAUUAUGUUCUUGGAAUGAAAGUUUUGUUAGCUUAUGAGAAUUAUUGUGUGGGGUUUAUGUGCACAUAUAUGCACAUAGAGGCCAGAGGUCAACUUUGUCGUCCUUCUUUAGAACUGUCCACCUUAUUUUUAGAGGCAGGAUCUCUCACUAGGACUUGGAGCUCAUUGGCUAGACAAGGUUGACUGGCCAGCAAUACCCAGUGACUGGUCUUUCUCUGCCUUUCCCAGAAGGGGACUACAUGUAUACACCACCAUGCACAGAUUUAUUUAUUUAUUUAUUUAUUUAUUUAUUUAUUUAUUUAUUUAUUUAAAAUUUGGGCGCUAAGGCUCAAACUCAGUUUCUUGUGCUUGCAAGAUAAGCACUUCACCAAUUUGAGUUAUUUCACUGCCCAAGAAAAAUAUUGUCACUAUUUAUAGUCUGUGCUGCCCUAACAAGGAGUCCCAGUGCCCUCCCCACCUGUCGUAAGGAUUGCAAUGACUUCUUUGGGGGAGUGAUUUUUGUAAUUAUCUUUUUCGUCAUCUAUGGUAGGUACCAUUGAGGUGGGAUAUAGUCACACCCAUGAACUAAUUGCUUUAUUUGCUCUUGAUAAAAUCUACAGGGAAUGUUAUUGGCAUUGGGUGUGUAUUUUCCAUAGUCUGAGGUAGAAUGUCGACUGUGGCUUGUGUGAAAUUUACUUUGUGGGCGCCUUGGAUUAUCCUUCAAGUAACUAGGCAGUCCACUCUCUUUCUAGGGUGGCUACACUGAGACAGACAGAGGCCAGUGGGGUUACCUACAUGGGAUCUAAUCUCUGGCCUAGGAUGUUAAUGACCACGGUGGUUUUAGAAAUUCAGAUACAGCUGCUCAAGUGUCAGUGGUAAAUAUGGAUUGUGGAGGCAGAGUUCCAGAUAUGUGUCUCUCUAGCUGCACUUCUGUGCGACCCAGUAGCUUGGAGAAGCCAAGUGUUUGUUUUGACUCUUAGGGAAUCACACCCUCCCACCCCCAAAGAAAAAUUAGUAUGUUUAUCACCAUGAGAGCAUGUUUGUCUCCGUCUUUGAAAGUAGUUGACCGGAGAAAUCGCGAAGCUCCACUCGGCUUCUGGGGAAUGUCUGCUUGUAUUCUGACAGUGUUCUGGCUAUGUAACCAUCAAAUAAUAGCCCUCUCAAUUGCAUAGGAAUGAAAGCCUCUGGCAGGAACAGCAAGCAAGGGCCCACCUUCUAUCCACUGCCCUUGUCAUGUCUGCAUCCUCUACUGAUUUAAUCUUUUCUUCCUCUGGGCUCUGCCCACGUCUUCCCUGGAUUAGGUGAGCAGUGGAGCUUUGCCAGACCCCAUUCUGGCAUUAGUUCCAGCAAGGCAAUGGCCUUCGCCUGUUGUGACAAUGUCACUGACUCUCAUUUUAAGCAGCAGAUGGCUCAGAGCACAUGGGCAGUGCUUCCUGCGGUGGCCAUCACUCUCUGGAUGGAAGGGCGGAGCUUCUUCUUCAGGAAUUCCAUUAACAUUAAAAAGAGAGGACCAGAUUGCUGGCACUCCCUAGGGCCAUGUGCUGUUGCUCUCAUUUUGUGCCAGAAUACCCAACCUGAACCGGAGGGAAGAGUUAAGUUGGCUCACAGUUCCAAAGAGUCCAAUCAUUAGGGCAGGGCAUCAUGGAACUGGGGGUGUGGGGUGGAGGAGAGCUGUUCAUGUCAUACAGGAACAGAGAACAAGUGACCAGGGAGAAUGAACUCAGACCCAAACCCAGUGCUCCGCUUCCUCCAGCCACAAGAGCUCUCCCAAAGAGGCAGGAGGUAGCCACCAAGUAUUUAGUAUAGGAGCAUGCAUGCCUGCCACCCCCCCCCCCCGUCUCUCUGUCUGUCUCUCUGUCUCUGUCUCUGUCUCUGUUUCUGUCUCUCUCUCUGUCUCUCUCUCUCUCUCUGUGUGUGUGUGUGUGUGUGUGUGUGUGUGUGUGUGUGUUGGCAGGAGUGUAUUCUGCACUUACCACUUUCUGUUCCUUGCUGUUACUCUCGAGCACAGAGUGCUUCAUUGUCCUUGAACUAGAUGUGGGCCUGGGUGCAUUAGGAGCAGCAGCUCCUCAGGGUCCUUUCUUGAAGCAAAGUGAAGUGAACCUGGGAAAACAGAGGGAGCUUGAACUGAUGAAGCUUAGGUACCUGGCACACUCGGGGUGAUUCUGCCUGAGAGUUCAUAAAGGGAUAAGUUGAUCCUUAUUCUGCACUCAGGUUAGCAUUAUACCAUUUAUAGACUCCACAUCCUAAGAGAGGACCAGUUACCCCUGUGGUUCCUCAAAUCGGCUCCCAUUCUCCGUUAAAACCACGUAUUUGGCUAGACAGAGGCAAAGCUAUUUGAAAGCAUGCUGGCUUUUGAGUUCUGGUUAGUCUUUUGCUAGAGAAUGAGUCUCCCCUCCUGCCCCCCAAGGAAAUUAAUAGAUGAUAGGCCAAAUGGAAGACUGUUAGCUCUCAGAAUGGUCUUCUUUGAAGGUGUGUUGCUUCUUGAUAUUUUUCAGAUGAUAGAAGAUAAUGCUUAGAAGAUGACUAUUUUUGAGGUGCACUAUGUGAAUAAAAAUGAACAAAUGGCCAAUCCUAGACAUGGGUUGAGGAGAAGGCUUAUUAUAAAUAUGAGGAAGAACACAGUCAGAGGCAACUGGAAGGGUCCGAGAUGAAGUGGGCCAUAGGAGAGAGGUGGUAGAUGGGAGAGAGAGAGAAGAAGAGAGGAGCCAGGAGUAAGAGGCCAAGAGGGAGCCAGGAGACCUAGACACCACAUAGCCAAAAUGGCUGAGGUGAGUUUGUGUAGGAAUCAAAGAUCUGGGUGAAGGAAAGGGAAUUGAAGCUCAGGUAGGAGCUUCAGGGUAGGGGUCAAGGUGAGAAGGGCUCAGAGGAGCCAGGACUCUGGAAAAUGUAUUGUUGAUGCUGAUCGGCAGCCAUUGUUCUCUUCAUUGUGUUAAAUAGGUACCUCAGUUAGCCGUUUGAGUUUCAGACCUAACUGUGCUUUCACACAGUCAAAAUAAAACCAGUACAGUUUCUGCUAAUGCAGGACUGGCUGAAUAAAAUAUGGCACCCCUGAAAUGUGGAAUAUUAGGUAGCUGUAAACAUCGUGAGUCAGUUCACUAACGGUGAACGUGGUUAGCAUGAAUAUGAGGGGAAAGAGCUGUCUCAGAAUGCUAUGCAGAGGGCAGUAGGAUCCCGUUUGCAGCUUUGUAAAUGCUUGUCAGAGCCAGCCUAAUCGUGUGCUUGUCUGUGUGUUUGUGCACUUUCACUGAAAACAGACUGCAAGCUGUGCACGAAAGCAUGCAUUGGUAACAUGGGACAGCCUUGGACAGAGGCGGGGGCUGCUAAGCUACGUUCAAACCCACGUGUUCCCCUAGUUUUGUAGAAGGGGAAUGCGUUUUCGUGUUGUUGAUGCGUUCUGGAAAAAUCUCUCAGCAUGGUUAGUAUGCACGUGAUCGGUUCUUACUAGGUGACAGUGUCAGGCCUGUCUGUGAACAGGUCACUCUAUUGUAAACACAUUAGCCUUUCCUGAGGCCUGGCAGGGAUAGCAGUGAGUCCAUAAGGCACUCACUGGCUGAAGGAUGUGCAUGUGGCAUGAAGACCAUGUGGCCUGAGGGAAGGCAGGAGAAUCACCAGGGCUGGCUUGUUUGCUGGUAAGCUUCCCGCUCAGUGAGAUGGCCUCUGUAAGGGAAUAAUGAGGGAAAUGAUAAAGGGGGUACCCGAUGCCUUGCUCUGACUUUUGUACAUGUGCUCACACACUGGCGUACGCUUCAUGUUCACUCCUGACCUCACAUACAUGCACUCCUCACCCCCCACACAUAUGCAUGGCAACACCCCCAAUACUCUUACAUCUAAACACACUCUAGUUAGUCCAUGUCUACAACAGUACUAAACACUGUAUCCGAUGAUUAGUACUGGGUUUUCUGCUACUAUGCCUCGCUUCCUUAAAAAGACUCAUAGGUGUUUUGCCAGGUAAUGAAGAGAUGAGAAUUGGAUAUUACACAUUAGGUUGCACAUACCAUUCCUUUUAUUUACAUGUUUCCUCCUCAACCCCAAGUGGACAAAUCACCAUUCAAGUGUCCCUUGUACCAAACCCCAUACUGUGAAUGCAUUAGAUGAAAUAGCCCUCAAGACUAUUCAGGGACAGUUGGGAGUAUGUGCUGUUGGAUGGAUACAGGCUGCUAUUGUCCUGCAUGGAAAUGAGGAGAAAUGAAAGAUUUAUGGUGAAAAGUUAGUCCCCCCCUUUAAAAGCAUGUAUCUAAACUCUUUUGUAUCCUGCACAUUUUCUUUGUCUUCCCAGUCCAACCUAUUAUGGUUGCUCUUAAAGCAAUUGGACAUGAUUUGAGACUAAGAAUUUUUAUUAAUUGGUUGCUAUUCCUUGGAAUAAAAAAAAUGAAGAAAAGAUUAACAGGGGAAGGAUAUUAAAAGUGCAAUUUGCUCAUUCCUUACAUGAACGGUUUCGGUUUUAUGGAGGAGUAGGCAUCAUAUUAAGGGCAAACUAUUUAGCAAGAUGUAGGAAUGAUUAAUAUAUGAGAAACGGUGAAUUUAAUACCCGUCCAAAACUUGUUAGAAUAAAUGAUUUUUAUGUUUCCAUUAGGUUUUGUGAUGGGAAAUAAUAUAUUUUAUGUAAGAGAAAAUCUACAUGCUUUCACUUCCUACACUUGGCACUAGGUUCUUCUCUCAUAUUCUGAACUCCAUCUUUCGCUGCCUAGGUAAUGUGUUGUAAUUGAAUAUAUGCUCACAUCAAUAGCUUCUGUUAGGCAGUGUCCCAUGGAUUCUGUCCAUUAGGUGCCUGGGCACAGUAAUAAUGAAUUUGCAUAGAGGGCUGGGACAUCCUCGCCCUAGAAGGUCUGACAGGGUUGGGUUGCAUGUCAAGGGUAGAAUACUGGCUUAAGACAUCAGAGACGGGGUUGGGGAUUUAGCUCAGUGGUAGAGCGCUUGCCUACGGAGCACAAGGCCCUGGGUUCGGUCCCCAGCUCCAGAAAAAAAAAAAAAAAAGACAUCAGAGAAUCAGAGACACUGGAUUUCCGCUCAGCCAGUCAGAUAAGAAGGUAAGAUAGAUAUGCAGUAGUAAGAAAAGGAAAAUCAAAUAUUCCAGGGAGUCCAGAAGACAGUCUCGUCCAAAAGAAGGAAGGUUUACCUAGAGUGGGGUGGGGAAGAGGAAGAGGAGGAGAGAAUGUGCUCUAAGAGACCUGGGAUCACAGUUCCAGGUAAUUCUUAAUUCCUUAGGAAAUAGCCAAGAUUAUGGUGCAAAAAAAUCUAGGGCAAUGGAGACGGGAGGCUAGCUCAUGGAGAGCCUUUUAAGAGCUCCCCUGGUGUGUGUGUGUGUGUGUGUGUGUGUGUGUGUGUGUGUGUGUGUGUCUGUAAGUAAAUUAAAUCACAACCGAAGUGAGAUAACAUUAUUUUUUGUCACAUUGAUCGGCAGAGAUAAACACAGUUGAUAAAGUACCACAUCUGUGAGCAGUGCUAUUAAAGCACUGUAUCAGCUCAGGGCUCCUAUCUGCCAUCGCGUCAUUGGAAAUAGGUUUUGAGUACUGUUCGGGAAGCAGUUGGUCAGUUUCCAGAAGCGAUCGGAAAUAGCCCAUCUUUCCUCUCGCCGACCCUACUUUCAGGGAAUUUAUCUUGAGGAAGAACCCCCCCCACCCCCCAUGCCUCACUGAGGUUCAUGUCUGGAAAGCUUCCCUAGGCUGCUGUGAGACUUGAAAUGACCUCAGUACCCAUCCCUAGGAGAUUUUAAAGGAGACCUCUUUGUGUGGUGGGGGGCACUACACAGACAUUUAAUGGACAAAGAGCAAGCCGGGAUUCUAAUCUGUAAGACUCUCAGUCCGUGUGUCCAAUGGAAAUUCUCUGUGUCUGGAGUGGUCUAGAAGGACUGUUCGCAUGGAUAGGUAGCUUGGGAAACAGUGCCAGGGUAGAGUCUUUGCAUUUUCUUUUGCUACAGAUUCUUUUUCUCUCGCAGCCUUGGCUCGGGCUCUCUGGUGUCUUGGUGUUGAAAUGUGUGAGCCACGGGAGUUUGAAAGGCUCAGCACUUACUUUGGUAGUUUUGUGAUCUCAGAAUUUUUUUAAGGUGACGGCAGGUUUGCUGGGACUAAAAGGAUCUUUCUGUUCUUUGCCAUCUAGGGCGUUCAGUCUGUUCUAGUCAUUGAAGUAUUUAUUGGCUUUGGCUUCUCUUUACUUUUCCUUUUGGGGGGCGGGGUAGGUGGGUGCACUGGAAUUGAACCUAGGGCCUUGUACUUGUUAGACAAACAUGCUACCAUUGAACUUCGUGCUGUCCAGCCCUGUGCUGUAAGGUGUGUCUUUAAAGUCACACGUGUUUUUCUUGAGAGGUGACCAUUUCUGUAGCUUGCUACAAGUUGUAGUAGCAUAGCCCAGAAGGUACUUUUCUGUUCAUUGAAUUCUAGUUUUAUUGUUUUUGCCAGGGGGACAUAUUUAUAUUUAAAGAUACGAUUGGUAAUAUGAUGUGUAAGGUCUGUCUACAAAGCACUACUGUGUUAAAUGCAUAAUAUUUUUAAUGAAUGCCUGAAGACUGAGGGAGUGAGUGUGUGCUGGCAGAGAUAGAGAGAGAGUGUGAUUUAAGACACUAUUUUAGGAACGCUUGAUGCCACACUGAGUGUGGGUGUGAGCCAAGUGGAUAUACUUGUUCUUGUGUGUAUGCGUGUGCACAUACAUGCGUGGGUGCCUUUGCACAUGGAUGUGAGGGGUCAACCUAAGAUAUUGCUCUUCAGUCACUACCGUAUUUUUGAGACGGAAUCUCUCACUGGCUUCAGGCUUGGGUCCUAGGCUAGGUUGGCCCACCCUGGAGGGCAGGGACAUGCCUGUCAUCCUGGUGGUGCUACACUUUCAACUGCAGGCCACUUUAGCUUUUUGACAUCGGUUCAGAGCAUUGAACUUGGGUCCCCAGGCUUGAAAGCCCAUCACUUGAUUGACUUGGACAGUCUCUCCACCCUGUGGAAUCUGUCUUGGCUUUGCCAAUGUUGCCCAGAGAGCAAACCCGUUCACAUCGUUCCCUGUAUUGAAGGCCUCUAACUCCUCCUCAUCCUUAGGUGGUCACAACCUACGUGAGACUGCAGAUGGACAUCCUAAGUACACAUCCAUUAAAAUCCCAAGCAUACGCUCAUUCCUAAUGGGAGUCUAAGCUCCCUUGCAGAAUGCCUUCUCACCAAGGGCUCCUUUUGUAUCCACCAUCCUAUGCUUUGUGGUGUUAGGUGCACAAGAAGGAGUGACAGCUACACCUGACAAGAAGCCUGCCAAAUGCCUGACCUGCUGUGCUCCUUCAGUGGAGAAACUCUCCCUUUGUAGCUCCUUCCCGCCCUUAGUGGCUGUAAGAGGCUUUUGUGAAAGAUGAGGCUUGCCUCCUUUUCAUGUGUGAAUGGGGUCCUGGUUGAUCUCACCUUUUCUCUAUUUGAAACAGUCUUGGGGCCUGAAAGCACCAAACUUAUGAGCUUUAAAUGUUUUCUCCAGGGUUGGGGAUUUAGCUCAAGGCCCUGGGUUCGGUCCCCAGCUCCGAAAAAAAGAAAAAAAAUGUUUUCUCCAGAUGGUGAAGAGGAGGGUGGUGUCUCACUGGGCUGGUAUGUGGGAGGGAUUGGUUUUGUUGGGGGUCAGAACAGAACUGUCUCCAAAUCUGAUCCUGGGGUACAUAAGACAGCAUCAUGAAGGGGAAGGUCACUCCAGGUUCUCUCACCCUGUCCCCGCAGCAGGAGGGCAGACCUGGGAAGACGCCUCUUGAGCAUCUCAUAACUGUGGAGUUUGGUUGGAUCCACCCCACCUGUGUCUGGAGUUUUCCCCAGGUUUACCUGUGUGCUCCAUGAUUUCUUGUCUUCUUAAAAAAUGCAAAAACAAAAAGUGAACCCUUACUUUGAGCCGCCAUGCACUCAUGGUUUAGGGGUUAUCCAUUGGAGCAUGCUUGACUUACCAGGUACCACACCCUUAAAACCCCUCACCCACGGCCACCCAUGUCAGUAGCCCUUUACUUACAGGUGGAUCUUAGGUUAUAAUAUUGACUCUUUGAUCUUGUGUCUUCUGUCUCAGCUGCUGUGAGUACCUGAGUGUGUCAGUCCUGUCCUGAAGACACGGGUCUUGUUCCUGUCCUCCCUUACCUCUGAUUCUUAAAAACAACACUCUUUUUUUUUUUAAGAUUUAUUCAUUUAUUUAUAUAAGUAUACUGUAGUUGUCUUCAGACACACCAGAAGAGGGCAUCGGAUCUCUUUACAGAUGGUUGUGAGCCACCAUGUGGUUGCUGGGAAUUGAACUCAUGACCUCUGGAAGAGCAGUUGGGUGCUCUUAACCGCUGAGCCAUCUCUCCAGCCCAAAACAACACUCUUUUACUACCUCCAUUUUCCAUGGUUCCUGAGCCUUGAAUCGUGCAUGUAUGCAUUUUCUGAUUUGUGGCUAAACACUCUACUGACACUCUGUGUACUAUCGCUAGUUAUGGGGGAAAGGGCUCUGUUUAGUCUGUCAAGUGGCCAUGGUCCAUCAUGGAGGAUGAACAGCUAGAAUUCUUCCUACUGUAGUUUUUUACAGGUAACACUUUCUGUGUCAGAACUACUCAGCUUUGCCCUGAGAGUCCUACAGACAGUAUCUGAAUGACUGGACAUUCUGUGUGCCAAUGAGACUUUGUUUACGUGAACACACACAAUGGAUUUGGUUUGUUGGUAGCCUGUUCAUCCUGACCCAUGGGCUGACUUGUGUCUUUCAUACCCUUUAAUCUCAGAUCUCCUUUGUACUUGUAAAUAUUAGUGAGGAGGGAGCCCCCCAACUUCUGUUUAUAUAGAUUAUGUCUUGAUAUUUUACCAUUUUAAAAAUAGAUACUGUCUUAGGGUUUUACUGCUGUGGACAGAUACCAUGACCAAGGCAACUCUUAGGAAGGACAACAUUUACUUGGGGCUGGCUUACAGGUUCAGAGGUUCAGUCCAUUAUCAUCAAAGUGGGAGCAUGGCAGUGUCCAGGCAGGCAUGGUGCAGGAGGAGCUGAGAGUUCUACACCUUCAUCUGAAGGCUGCUAGGAGAAGAUUGCUUUCCAGGCAGCUGGGGUGAGGGUCUUAAAGCCCACACCCACAACACACCUACUCCAACAAGGCCACACCUCCUAAUAGUGCCACUCCCUGGCCCAAGCAUAUAACCAACCAUCACAGACACUGAGAAAAAUUUAAACUGUCAAUUCAUUUCAGACAUUAUUAAAGCCACAGCAAGUGGGGCUGGAGGGAUGGCUCAGUGGUUAGGGUCACUGGCUGCUCGUCCAAAGAACCUGGGAUCAAUCCCCAGCACCCACAUGGCAGCUCACACAUAUCUGUAGCUGCAAUUCCUUGGGAUUCCACUCUUCACAUGGACAUGCAUGGAGGCAGAACACCAGUGCACAUAAAAAUAAACAAAUAAUAAAUAAAAUAGCAUGUUCACAUAAAAGGUAUAUUUUGAGAAAUAUUUUCCAAGCCAAGAAUUAUUAAUCGGGAGUGUGGUUGUGCUUCUCCUUUUUAACCAGGCUCUAACAUCCAGUUCAGCACACUGAUGCGGUUUGCACUUGCUCUGUGCUGGCGUUAAAAGUCAGGCAGUCUUUGGAACCUGCCUCCCUGUGGCUCUGAAACAAUCUUGCAGACUCCCUGGGCUUCUGUAGGGACCACCCUUUGCUAAUCUCCACUCUCUAAAUGUCAUUAAUGGAAAUUAAUUUGCCUGGGAAAUGCCAUCUAUGUUAACCCCCUAUUUUAGAGUUCCUUUGUCAUUUCUUUCUGAGCAUGCAGAGAGCGUGUAGUCAGGUGGUCGGAGCCUUGAAAGCCGGCUUGCUGUAUUUUCUGAGACAUCACCUUAAGCUGAAAUUGGCUCUGGAUGGGUCACAAUAGCGUUUUCCUUACCAUAGAGAAACAGCAGCCAGGAGAUAGUCUGAGUUCAUUGUCGUCAGCCGGGAAAGAGAAGAAGGCUACCUCUGUACAGGAGAGUGCUGUUGAGGACAAAGACACUGGAAAGAAUGAUUUGCAUCCAACUGGGGAGGCUGAAACUCUCCCAGAAAACUGGGUUAAACUUGAAAGGAGGCUGAGCCUCAGAGUGGCUGCUUUCCAGGUCACUUCAGAUUUUUGAGAGCUGGGGGGUCUCAUAGAGGGCUUUUAAGGGCCUUGAAGUUAGAUGGUCGAAGAGGUUUGGAAGUCUGAAGUUUUGGGGGUGGGGCAUGUUAAUUUCUCUCACACUUGAUCCUAACUUAGUGAGGAGAGGAGGGGCAUCCCCAUCCUUUUCCUCUCUCUCUCUGUCUCCCACCUCUCUGGAUUUCCUUAUGCUCCCUUGAGUUGACUCUCCAAACAAGAAGUCAGUCAGCUCACAGGUCCCCAAGGCCAUGCUGCUAACCCUUUUCUCACAAAGAAGAGCAGUAUCUUUUAAAGGCUGGGUCUGUUUUGUACUCGGAAUACACGGGUGGAGGAGGGUGAAGUUGCAGAUGGCUUGAGCACGUUCAGUGGUGAGAUCUGCAUAGGUGUGACUAGACCGAAUAAAUACUAAAGUCAUUCAGCCUGGUGCUGGAGGCUUGAACCUAAUUGCCUCUCUUUAUAUUUAGCUCAACUUUAAAGGAAAUUUAUAACUACAUUGGGCUCAGUGAAUUCCCUGGAUGCCCUACCCUUAUUACCCAUUAUAACAUAUUUCUGUUUAAUUUACUACUUGGAGCCGUGAUCCUUCAGUGCACUUGGAGGAUGGGGAAGUGAAUUUGAGUGUUUUUGGAGGUUCAACUCUGGCUGGGUAAAGGGAGAGAGUGACUUUUACCUUAUUCUAGAAUGUUCACGUGUUUGUGAAUUUAGGAGACAUACCCUGUCUUUUUUUCCCCUUACCCCCAGACUCAUGCUCAGCUGCGUCGUUUUCCUUCUGCGUGUAUGCCCCUCCCCCCACUUAUGACAUCUGUUACUCUUAUGCUCCCCAGGAAAUAUAUGCGAACCCGCCUAACCACUUUGAUUAGAAACAAAUGCUCAUCCCUAUCAUUAAAGCUACAGCUGUAGGCUCUGCUUCCACACAGGGCAAACUGCUCUGCCUUGUAUGGAAUCCCAGCAAUUAGCAAAGAAGUGCGAGUGGCUGAGUGAGACUGGGUUUCUGGAAACACAGGCAGGAGGGGAUUUAGUAGUGGUGAUACCCAGUCCCCCCUCACUUGCCCCUUUGUUCUGUUUACUGCUAGCUACAUAUUUCUUCCUGUGUGUUCCCUAGCGUUCUUCCAUCACGCCAUAUGGGCCUUUUCUCUGGUGAUUAAUCAGGCUGCAUGCUGGGCUCUCUGAUUCACCAGGGACUGUGUUUCCUCAUGGUCUUGUCGGAACAUGCAGAAGAGCAGCAUGACGCUUCUCACGUUUGCACCCGCUGCUAACAAGGCAUCUGAAAACUGCUAGGCUGCAUUUGAGGAGGGCCAGAUCACAUUGUCUUGGUGUUCUUGGGCCUCUAAUUUUGCACUAAAAUGAUGAUGGUAAUAACGAUGUGUUUUGUUUUGUUCCCCCCCUCCCCCAAAAAAGUGGGAGCAGUAAGGAGAGCAGAGCCCACAUUCACUGGCCACUUCAUACCUCUUACAAUGGGUUAGUGAAAAGGAGUUGAGACCUGUUAUUGAGAUUUAGUAUCAUUGGAAGGAUGGCAAAGGAAACUAUAGCAGCUUGUGUACUUUCAAAAGCCCCCAACACCACAGAGUUACAAAUCUAAUUGGCUUUUAUUUACAGUGUAUGAACCCGGGCUGUCACCUUUGCUGUCCUACGGAACAGACAGCACUCCCACUGGGCAGGAACAAGAAAACAGAACAACAGUUUUCAAAAGCUGAGUGUUUCUUACCAGGUUACUUUGGAAGACCCUUCCUUGGUCAGGAUUCAAGCACCGAGUUCUCUCUCAUUGCUCCAACUCGGGCAUGGUGGGUCGUUUAGAUUUCAAGACUUUGGGUCCGAAUGCUCCCUCAGUGGUUUCAUUCAUUGAGUGGCAUUUAACACGAUCAACCCCAUUUUUGUUUGGUUCGUUCUGGCACUCAAAAUCAUGGCCUCACAUUACUUUGGUUCACUAAUGCUUUGGGGUAUUGUGGUAAGACUUCAUCUGCCCUUGGUCUGGAGAGAUGGUUCAGUAGGUAAAGUGCCUGCUCCACAAGCACAAGGACCGGGUUUGGAUGUUCAGAGUCCAGGGAGGGCUGAAUAUGGCAGUGUGUAUCUGUAAUUACCGUGGAUCUAAGGUGAGGUGGAAGGAGGAGGCAGGGCAGUUCUGGAAGCCUACAGGCCAGUCAAGCUGAUUAAUUAGAGAUCAACAAGUGACCCUGUCUCGGUCAAGGUGGAAGGUGAAGUAUGACUUCGACACGAGUGUUCUAGUGUGUAUUGGCUGCCUCUGACACACACCCCCUCAACAUUCGCAUGCACAUAUGCUUCCACACAAGUAUUUUUCAAAGGACUUUUAUCCCUUCUUAAACCAUGCCAUGCUUAAUUUAUUUACUCUAAUGUGAUGAAGGUUGGGACUGCGAAUGCCUUCAUUUUAGAAGAGAGUUAUUAACAAUAGACAUGGGGAAACCAAAUUGUUUCAAGUUGGUAGAAGCAGAAAGCAUUCUUUUUUAAAAAAUACGCUUGCACAAUUUAGUUGUUUCCGUAAUUAUGAUUGCUAUUGAAUUAAAAUGCACACACCUUCUAUUCUGUCUGUCUGUCUGUCUGUCUGUCUCUCUCUCUCUCUCUCUCUCUCUCUUUCUCUGUAUAAAGUGCACAGAUCUUUAUUUUAUAACUAGUUACCUUUGUGCAGGUGUAACUAUUGUCACCCGAGUGACAGUCAUCCAGAGUGACACAGGGGACAUUCCCAGCAUCCUAGCCGCAGUCACUGUUUCCACAUACCUUACCAAGUGACCACUGACCAGGGAUCAUUGUGCCCAAAGAACACCAGUAUAGAUAUAUCUGUGCUGUAUUUCCUCUUUGGUGUUUGGUGGUCCCUGCAAGCUCUACUGAUGGAAGGGAAACAAACCAGGAGACGUAAGAAGGAACUUUGGUUCAGCAUGACUUAGUUCACCCGACUGGUUCAACAUUCUGGAAUCUGACCCCAGGUAGUUUAUUUUUGACAUAUUUAAACAUAGUACAACUUGGAGAAAAGAUUCCCUCUUGACAAUUACCACAACAAAGCUUAAAACAUGACAACACUGAAACACGUUUGCAAAGCACACGUCUUUUGCAAAGCCCCUGUGAUCUCUUUUCUAAGAGUGAGUUCUUUUGAGUAUGCGCAGGAUAAGGGUCUAAGGAGGAAUGGUUCGUAAUAAACAUAGUAUUAAACUCCUUUUCGAAGUGCAUGGAGCCGUCUUCGUAAGGAUGGACUCUGUUAACCGAGAAACAGUGCUCAAUGCUCAGAAGUCUGGGGCAACUGGGUAAAGCCUGGCUUGACAGAAUAGCAAUGAUAACAAGCUAUAAACAACACCCACCCCAGGCUUCUGGAUGGAACAGGUGUAAAUCCCUUCUGUUGGAGAGAAAAGUCUGCAUGUUGAACAUUUGUGGUUUCUCUAGUACUGUCUGUGAGCACGAAGACUUGGUUGGUGUCCUACAGGUGUUUUGCAUCUUCUGCUCAUACAAUGUAUGUUUAAGUCACUCACCAAGUAAUGUGGGCUAUGUGGAUUUCAGUGCACACUGAUAAUGUCAGUGUAUGGAAAUUUACCAAUUGCUUAUUGCUAAGCCUGAGUCCUUCUAGCUUAGAGCUUCAAGGGUACGCUUGUCAAGAACAUCCUGGCAGUGCCUGUUGGAGCCUGUCUGUAGGCAGCGCUUACCAAAGUAACAGAAAGAUGGGUUCAUGGUUCACACUUGAACCUGGACUCUUUGCUGGAACUCUGGUCGCUAUUACUGGCAGUGACAGAAUUUCAUUUUCCUCUCAUGUGGAGACUUUGUGACUUUAUGUCAAAGUUCAGUGGGCUGGCCCUUUGAGGUGUUUCUUUGAAAUCAGUCUUGCCCCUGUCACCUGGGUACUAGGCCAUUAAACUUGCAAUCAUUUUCAGAACGAUGCUUUUAGUAUCACAAAUCCUGGACUGUAGGAAAUGUCCAAUCAGUUUAGAGCUUACAAGGCUUUGGAGAGUUCUGGUUACAAUGAUAGAAAUUUCUAUGAGAUGGAUAUUGAGAGAGAUUUGUGCUUACUUCUGUUUUUUUGUUAUAUUAUUAUUAUUAUUAUUAUUAUUAUUAUUAUUAUUUGUUUGAUGUCCUUUAACAGUCUUGCUGUUAAUGGCUUAGUCAAUGGAGUUCAGAAGCCAGAGGUAGAACUUCUAAGACAUCACAGUUUUGGGGGCAGGGAUACCCUUUCUAUGCCCUCUUUGUGCUGUUUUGUGUGAGUCUUUGUGAAGCCACUUAGUCUCUUCUGCUUAUCUGGGCUGGGGUAGAAUUGCACCAGGUCCUUCCCUUCCCUUGAUAAGCUGAAGGGUGACUUAAUUUAGGAAUGUUUGUAAGAAAUAUAUUUAAUAGGUUUCUGUGAGUUUAUUCAUACACUUUGUUUAGGAUUCCUUAGUUAUUAAGAGAUAUUUGCAAUUCUACUAUUAAACAAAAGCUCACCUCUGUCCUUGGAAGGAAAAGCCUUUCCCUUCAUCCAGUUGUUCCUAUCAUGGAAGAGACUGUGAGGCGAGGUAAACAGAGGUGAAGUGCUUGCCUGGGACACUGAUGAGGUGUGAGGCCUGCUCACAGAUAUGACUUUAUAGAUCAGACAGAGCAUCCGUGGUUCCUCUGUAAAUCACAGCCUCUUUGAGCAGCCUUGUGUAGGGACUGUAGAGCUAAUGAGACAUAUUCUAGCAUAUUUCAACUCUACUGUCUUCGAACAUACUGUGAGGGGUUGGAUUGGAUUUGGUGAUCAGUGGAGAGGAGAAACCAAAAUUUGUCCCCUGGGAGGCCAGUUAAUUAAUCGGUGAAAAUCGUGGGUUCUGAAGGUAGACAGUCAGGUUUGUCUCUCUAGUCUGCAUGGUCUAAUGUUAAAAAACUUUCUUUUUGGAUCUGCCAAUUUCUGAAAGGGAAUAUUGGAGAAUGUUGUAGUAUUACAGUCUGGGUUUCAGAUUAUUGAUAUGGAGGGCUGUCCUGGGCAUUGGGUGAUAUUGAGGACAUUGACUUCUACCCCAUAGAUUCCAUCAACGUGACAUGGAACUGUAUCUCCAUUGUGGUCAAAUGUCCUCAUUGGGCUGUGAGGCCCUUUGGUUUCAUGUUAGAUUAUUUGAUACUCUGUUCUGUUAAAUUUAUUGGUCAAAUAGCCUUUUACCUUUAAGAAAAAAAAAUUCUUGGGAGUAAGCCAGAGUUCUCUUUGAUUGCUUAACAGAAACAAAGAAUCCACAACACACAGGUAGCAAUGUCAGUCUGUCCCCAUUCUCUGUGCAUUUGUACUCUUGGUAUCUUUUUUUCAGUGAGGUAGGACGAAUGCAUGCUCAGCCCUGCUCGAUGGAUGGUGACUUCUGUAUACCUUCUGCUCCUGGCCAUUGCAGGCAACAGUCUUGUCACCUGCCCAUUUUCAGUUCGGCCCCCUGGGUUCGUGCAAACAGGCUCUUGUUCUUGUGGUCCAUUUUCACAGUAGGGUUGUUAAAGGCAGUUCUAGCCAGGCGGCCCUGCAGAGAGCGUGAGCAUGAGCCUGAUAGAAGUGUGGGCACAGGUGUCAGGCAGUGGGCGAGCUCAGUUGAGGUGAUGAAGGCCUUGGAAGGAAGUUCGGCGGCUGAGCCCCAGGUAUGGGCUUAUCACCCAUUAGUGGUUGCACACCCAGACUUAAGGAGUGGUGCUUGGCGCACCUAAGGCGUGAAGUUAAGUUAGUGAAGAUGCCUGGGAUGGGUGUGACGAAUAGAUGGAAAUAACACUUCAGAAAAGGCGGGGGGGAAGUAGGGAGCCAAACUCUGGCGUCUGUCUGGGCUUUGAUUGUUUUUUGCAAGGAGGUGGAUGCUGGAAAUGUGGGCUGGUAAACAGAUUAUUUUCUCUUUCUUUGUCAAUAACACUAUUUUCUUACCGAUUUGGGCUUUGGAUCUCAUAGGGGAAGCUAAAGGACAACUGAAUGGCUGCUGUGAAGUAGCUUCCCUAUUCCUGUUUGUCCAGCGAGAAUGUCUGUAUGUUCUGAUAUAAGGUUACAUGUAGCCCUAACUUAAUCUAACUUGCUCUAUAGUUGUGGGUGAUCUUGAACUUUCAUUUUUCUUUCUUUUCUGUCUCUCCUGCUGGAAUUAUCCAAGGACCUCUCUGUGUAGGCUUUGAUAAGAUUAUUGGAAACCCAAUGAAAGAUGCCAUUUGAUUUCAUUGUUAUUAUUUAAAGGAUAUUUUUGUCACGGACAUUAAAGUGGAUAGCUCAAAUUGUGACUAUGUGAUAAAGUAGAGCCCUGUAAAAGGAAGGCACUAGACAGCAUGCUGACUCAUUUUCUGUUUUGUCUCUAGGGGCCCCUGUGGCCUUCUUCCUCUGCACCUGGUAGAGGUGCAUCCUGGGAAUCCCUGGUGAUUUUAUACAUUGGCUGGGAUAACAACUCUGGCCUGAGCGGGAGCCAUGUCUUACCCCUCAUACUUGAGGAGCUCUGGUUGAUGCUACUCCUUCUCCUUCUCUUUCACUCUUCUCUCCAUCGUUUGUCUUGGAACCUUUUUGCAUGGCACAGCAGAGUGUAACAACACUCAGGUUCAUGUCCAUUUCCUCAUGUCUUCUCCAGAGCAUUCUUCUCCCCUAUCACAGUGAUAUCCCCCAUUUUCCCCAGUCCAAGCCCAGAGAAGGAUGCCUGCAGAUUGAGCAUGGGACAUGUGAUUCUUGCCAGCAUAGACAAAAUGCAGUGCAUGCAGCCUAUUGACAGCCUGUCAUGCCUUGGGCACUCAGAAUGAGAACACUUCACUGUAGAAUUGGGCUAUCUGAUCUUAAAAAAAAAAAAGCCGUUUAAAACCAUAAGAGAAUGUAAGAUUCAGCCGGGAAUUGUUUCAGUGAUGUACCAGGUAUGAGCUGCAUCUUUAGUGUAAACCAAGGCUCUGACCUAAUUUUCAUACUACUCACUGGAAAAUAUAUAAUGACACAGUCUCUAUAAAGCUCUUAGACAAGGGAGAGCCUAAUAUUGUGCUUUGCAGUAUAUGUACAAAACCCACAUUACUUCCGUUUCUCUUUGUGAUUUUUCCUUCUGUGCCAGCAUAUUAAUAUUUUAUUUAUUCAAAUUAAAGAAGCAACAAAUUGAUAUUGUUGUUUGAAAACUUCUCAAAAUAACCUCCUUCCAAAUACCAAGACUCUCUCAGAAGUAAGUGAAUCUUGUAUACCUGUAGUGCAGUUCCCCAUGGAGGGUUAGCUCAUUUCCAGGGAACACAAUGUUGUAUUCAUAUUGACUGGUAUGUUUCUGUCUUAGGGUCUCUCUGAAAUCUUUGUGAGUCAUUCUUCAACUGGUGGUGACAUCAUUGUUAGUACACUCCAUUCUGCAAGGUAAUAUUCCAUAGUAACACAGUAGCCAAUUGUUUCUAGUUAUACACUGAAGCAAUAAAACGUAUACAAUAUAUAUGUAUAGGCAUAUAUCCUGUUUAUACCUACAUAUAUCCAAGAUGAUAUGCUACUUUGUACUGUUGCCUCUGAACUAUAAAGGCUAUCUUUCUUAAAUAGAUUCCAGCCAACUAGUAAUGUAAACACAAGAAAAUUCAGCAGAUACCAAGUGCUGGUACUUUUAUUUUUAAAGCAUACUUUUCAUUUGUGCUCAACCCCCACCCCCCAAGAUGUCAUGCUACGUUGAACUGUUGCCUCUGAAUUAUAAAGGCUAUCUUUCUUAAACAGAUCCCAGCCAACUUAAUGUAAAUUUCAGAAAACAUCCCUGUAGUAGAUAUAUUGUCAUCUUUAGAUUCAUUAUGUAUCAACUUAAUAUAGAUCAAUAUAUGAUCAAGUUGUAAUACGUCUACUGAAGUAUAGUCAGUCUCCUAUGCAAAUGAAGGAAGCAUGGUGGCUUAAUGCCCUCCCUUUAAGUGGCUUGCCUCCAAGACUUGCUGUGGAGGCCAUGGGACACUGGGUGCCAUUCAUACCCUGCUGGGUGCAUCAUUAGCUCACACUGCUUUGUCUCCAUGUGGAUCAUUCCUAAUGAGCUUGCAUUCUGCUUAUCUUCAAUUGGCUGUGCAUAGAAUCUUCAUUCUGAAUGGGACCCAGUUGCAGAAUGUUUUAGAAACAACCCCAAAAAAAUUAUCUAGUACAAAUAAUUCAACUCUCCCUCUUUCCCUCCUGCACCAAAUGUAUUGUAAAGUCCUAGGCUCCAUAUUAGUCCCUGGUGACAACAGUGUGACCGAGCAUGUGUACCGUCUCGCUGUGGUGUAUGUCAGCCCUGGCUUUGUGUGGUGAGUCUGUGCAGGGCUGACUCCUUACAGCUUUGCAGAAUUUAAUGUCUGUUGUGUUAGUGAGGCCACAGAGGUAGCUAGAAGAGAAGUUGGACCAUGCCAACCCUGUGUCAGACUGGCUCAAAAAUUUGUGAAGAGGCUUCAGUCAGUAAGGUCAGCCAUCUGCUUUGUAGACACUCUCAGCGCUGAGGGGUGAGGCGUGCAUGUUUAUGUGUAUUUUUAUGGAUGUCAGAGAUUGCCAGCAGUGUCCUCCUCUAUCUCUCUCUACCUUAUUUCUUGACACAGGAUCUCUUCACCAAACUCGAAGAUCGUUGAUUAUGAUUAAGGUAGAUCACCUGGCCAACAAAGCUACAGAGAGGAGGGGAGGGGUAUUUGCUCCGCUCCCCCCACCCCCACCCCCAUUUGCCACCAAGACCCGCUUGAGAUCUGAACUCAGGUGCUAGUCCUUGCCCUUGAGCAAGAACACUGUCCAGUGAGCCAUUUCCACUGCCCAAUGCUUUUUACAUUUUUAAAUAGUUGCGUUCCUUAAAUAAUCACACGCCUUGAUUUUGUUUCUUGGCCAGUGAAGCCUACGGCGUUUUUUUCUUUCUAGUCUUUUACUCCAGCUUUUCCUGGGUUUGCUACUCCUUCGUUGCCUAAUGCUGUAUGGCAGUCUUUCCACCUACAUGGCUAGUGAGCCAGGCAUGGGCUCUCCAACUUCAGCAUGGGUCUGGUCAUCAGGCCCAGGGGACCUGGAGCCGAUACAGAUUCAUAGCCCUUCUGAGGUCUCUGGUGGUACCUGAGAGCCAACAUUUCCGACAGGUCCUCAGGUGUUGCUUCUGUUGCUGUCUGGGGACCUCACCAGGAGAAGCAUUAUGAGAGAGGCAUGAGCCUAAGGUAAGGCCAUUCCUAAGGAGUCCAGAGCUCCUCAUUCCAGGCUGUCACUGAAGCAGCCCCUUCUUGUUGGCUCAGAGUCCCUUACUAAGCAUAGCAAGGGAAGUUAGAAUAUGAUGCCCACAGUGCAGUGUAAACAGGGUAGCUGGCACUGAGAUGCUACAGUGCUCUCCUCCUACAGUGUUUCAUAGCCAUGUGGCUGAAUAUGCGUUUAAGCCUCUCUCUUACCGUGAGACCGGAUCUCUGUGUCUCCAUUGUAAAAGAAAGCAAGGCAAGGUUGAAGUCCCAUGAUUAGCAUGUGGCCCUUCAGGUCUUUGGUCCUAAGAGAACUUUCCCUUUCUGUCAUAGCAUCCCAUUAACAUGUCCUGUUAUCACUGUCCUGUGUGCUUAUGCUAAGUGAAUCCCAUCUGUCUCUAUAAAACUAGAGGCAUUUUAUUGGGGGAAAAUGGCUUCUAGAUAUAGUGUUAUUAAUGCUUUUAUAUUUGUAGACAAACCAUUUACUUCUGGUUUCACUGUCAUCUGUGUUUGUUGUGAUUUGAGUUAUGUUAGGAGUUUAAAUUGUGGGGGGAAAAAGAUUCACAUUGAACACAUGCAAAUAUUUUGUCACAAUUGUAGGUAAGAUUACUUUCUAACAGAGAAAAUACUAGAGAAUUACAUAGUCUCUAAACAGUCAUGGUGCUUCUUUCCAUAGCCAAAGUAGCGUCUUGGUUUCCUCUCCACUUAUAUAUGAAGCAAAAUGAGCAAAACUUAGAGGAAAUCUGGUGUACAGGAGCAGCCUAUGACAUUACAGUCAGUGAUGUAUUGACCGUUGAGUGAGCCGUUUGUGUAAAAUCAAGCUUUUUGGAUACUAGGAACUAGAUGAUUGGUUGUUGGUAAAGUAUGAGUUGGAUCACAUUUUAAAAAUAUAAGUUAGAAAAGAGAUUCUCAGUCUGACAUUGAACUUGCAGACCUCCUGUGUCAGCCUCACGGAUGCUGGGCUUGUAGAUGUGCAACAUCGCACCAGACUCCAGCAUCAAGACACUGCCUGGACUGCUCAUCCUUCUCCUCUUUCUUCAGUCAGUUCUUGUCUCUUCUCUCUUGAAGUGUGGUGGUUUGGUUAAGAAAUGCCCUCCACAAGCUCAGGUAUGGAAUACCUGCUUCCUAGCUGGUAACACCAUUGGAGGAAGGGUGAAACCUUGCUGGAGGAAGCCUGUGGCUGGAUGGGCUUUGAGAGUUGGUAGCCUCUCCCUGCUCCCUCUCUCUGCUUUGCGUAUGCAGUUGAAGACAUGAUCCUGCCAUGUUUGAGCUCUUGCAGGACUCCUGUGCUUCUGGUACCACGAGCUGCAAUAGACUCUUCAUUCUGUGCCUUGCCUGCUUGUUGUUAUCACAGGAAAAGAGAAGUUACCAACGCAUCUGGUGCCUUUCACAUUCCUAGAAUGCAUGCCUUUGAGAGCCAAGUUUAAGUUUAUAUCAGACUUAAGGCAGAUCCUUAGAGCCAAAAGUUGCUUUUCAGUCCCUGGGUGUGCAACACGACUUCCUGAUAGAGGAGAACAGAGUGUGUGAAGGGCUCCAUGGAGCCUGCCUGGGUUCAGUCAUUCUGCUUUUUUUUUUUCUUAAAUUUGGGUGUUGUGGAUUUUUCUUCUAAAAGGGUAAUGUCUGGAUCUAAAUGAACAGUCCGUUCAGAAGGGUUGUUACCCUCAUCCCUGGAUGUUACAGACAGUGUGUUCCAAGUUUUGGUUCAUCGAGGAUGGUCACCUUGUCUAUUACCCGGCAAUGAGGCAUCCACGGCUCUAUUAAAUGGCCCGCAAAAGUUAUGAACCCAUUUCUACUUGUUAUUAGACAUUGUGCUAAUUGCACGGAUGAUUUAAAUGUUAAAAAGGCAUUAAAGCAUUUGUUGUAAUAAUUAAGAAAGGAAUUGGUAGGUUACAAAUGAAUGAUAAUGUCUUAUUUCUAAAAUAUAGUAUUGCCUAUUUUUGUCAAGUGCUAUAGUUAUGAGACAUUAAUAUCCAAAUGGGAAAUUUGAUCUCUAAGAUCAUUUCAAGGAAGUCCUCUCUGGUUUUUGAAGUGUGAGUCCUGGAGCUAUUAACACACUUUGUGAGGCGUCAGCUCUGCCCAUUUGUGCACUCCUCAGGGGAAAGCCACAGCCUCCCACCUUUUGUCCUGGAUCAGAGUGUUAGCUGAACUUGGAGACUAGGCUAGAGGCUUUUUGCAUUCUAUCAUUAUUACUUUUAUUAUUAGUGAAAGGUCUGAUAAUUAAUUAAUGAAUGAAUUAAUUUGUAAACAGAGACUUGUGGACUAAAGACCAGCUUUUAGCUUUUCUGCUACGUGUGAUGUAAGUUCUGUCUCUCGGGCCGUAUGGCCAGUGUUUCCAGAGGUUUCCUUAAGGAAAGAGAGACAUAGCCUUUGUGUCCGUCUUGAUCUUGCUGACUGGAAUGUAGACAUGGGGCUAUAUCUUAAGUUCAUGAAGUUCGUGCUCUGUUUCAGAGCCACAAGAUAGGGGCAGCUGUGUGUCCUGUGGUUAUGCAUUUUUUAAGGGCAAAUAUUUUUCUUAAUUGUUUGGAAAUUUUCAUAUAAUUCAUGCUGAUCAUAUUUACUUACCAGCUCCUUCCAGCUCCUCUCCUGCCUACUCUACCCCCUCUCCUCCCACACCCACCCCUCCCCCACUUCCACCUCCCCUCCCCCACCCCUUCUACAACCUACCCACCCCCCCCCAAUAAAAAAAAAGAAGAGGGAGAAAGGGAAGAAAAAAACAAAUUCAACUUGUGUUGCCCAUGUACUCACUGGAGUAUGAUCAAAUGCUCAAAAUGCCCAGUGGCUAGCCCCAUAAGGAAAAUCCUUCGUCACCCCGACCCUGCCUGAAGCUCUCAACUGUGAAGAGCUACAGGGCAGCAUCUCUAUCACAAAUUUUACGCUUUCUCUUCAAUGGCUGCUGGUGACAAUUACUGCUCCCAGAAAGACUGUAAGAGUGAUAGGCCACGUUUCUAGCCAUGCUCCGCUCUCUGAGUUGUGUCCCUGGAGAACGGUUGUGCCUGUUGCUUCUGAGAGGGUCUCGUGCCCUUGCUCACCAGCUGUACAUUGAGGGACCCCGAUUGCCUCGAGGCCUACCCUUUGCUAAUUAAAUCAAGGAUGCCAGGUCCUUGAUACUGUGGUGUGCACUACCUGCUCUAGGCUUCACGGGGACGGAGAGAAGGAACAGGUGUUUUUUGGGAGCCUCUUAGGCCUUGGUGUUUGUUCCCUGGGAUUGGUCAGGCCACUGUCCUUAUCUUUGUGAGGGUUGGUUCGGGUUUCUGUGUUUGCAAGCAGUAAGCUCUGAGUGUGUGGAGUUUAAGCUAGAUGAAGUUUGCAGAUGGUUUUCAAGUGUUCGUGGAACACAGAGGUGAAAGAAAGAGUGUGUUGGUGUUGUAGAGCACCAGAAACUGGAGCUCAGCAGAGGGGCAUAGAUUUCCCAUUCAGAUGGGUGAGGUCUGCUCAACUGUGGCUCCCAGCACAGGGCAAUGAUCUCUCAAGAACAUCUCUGUCCUCCAAGGCCUCCUUUAUACGAAGCAGUGUUACCGAGGGCUUUGGGUCAGGCUACCCCCAUGUGCUCACCUGGAGGAGGCCCUUGACCUCCAGUUCCUAUGGGUGGUUCCCCUCAGAGACAACUGUUGAGGAGAGAACAUAGUUUACCAGUCAAAGCUACUGAUUGAGAGGAGGAAUAGCCGCCAGUCAACCAAAAGGAGAGAAAGAAAAGAAGUUACUAAUGAUGAUGGCACAUGUCCACAUCCCUGCCAGGAAGGGUUCUAGAGGGAUGUAAUGCUACCAUGAAUGGAGAGGGAUGAGUGUGGGGGCAGUGCUCACAGGGCGGGGUGGGCUUUGGAAUUGUCUGGUAGUUGCAACUCCCCUUUCCUCCUUAAAAAUGGCUGUUUUCCUUCUAAUCCUGGGAAUCAUGUGUCAGUUCCGAAGCUCUAACUUUACUGGAAACUUGAAGAAGACUUUGACUGCCUCCAGAGGGCUGUUUUUCAGGCCGUGUUAGAGUGUUUCUUUACAAAUAAUUUACCUGUGGAACCCAGUCUCUUUGCACAAGGGUGAAUUUGUGUGUGUAUCAAGGACGGCUAUAACCUGGAAGGGAGAUUGGCUUCUUAUACAAAGUGGAAGAAAAGAUUAUCUACCCUGUUACAAAUGGUCUAUUUCCAAAAAUGGCAUUUUGGAUUCUUCUUCUUCUCGUAUUGAGUUCAUAGGUUGUAUUUAAACAAACUAUCUCAGUCUUAUGAGGAACGUAGCUUGUUUAAGAGCUGUGCUUAAACAUGUGCUUAGGAACUGAGGCUGGAGAGCGGAGUGCCCACGAGCCCCAGUAGCUUAGAAUGAACAUGUGCUUUCUCUGUCUUAGAAAGUUUCCUGUUUUUGAGAAAGCUCCAGCAGCAUCGGUUCUAGAAACUAUUUUGACGACUGGCUUCUUUGUUUUAGGUUUUACGCUCUUACCGAAAAUCAUCUUGAUGAUGUUGCUGUUUUAAAAAAAAAAAAACCUAGAUUUUCUUCUGUUAAUUUUUAAAAUAAUGUUUUUGAGACAAAAAUCUUACUAUGUAUACCAGGCCAACUUCGAACUCAGCAACCUUGUAGCCUCAACCACCAGAGUAGCUGGAACAGUAGAUGUGCAUUGUGAGUGCUGAGAGAGAAAGGUGGGGGCAUCUAUGUGUUAGUGUUUGUGGACCCCGAGAGUCCCCUCUGUCACUCUCCACUUGAGCAAGUGCUUGAGUCAGGGUCUCUUGGUGAACUCAGCACACUGAUCUGGUUUGUUUGGCCAGCCAGCUUACUAUGUUAGGUACCUUCUAACUGCUGGAACUGAAACACGGCUCUUAUGGGGUUUGGGGGGUCUGAACUUUGGCCCUCACACCUGUAUACUAAGCACUGACCAUUAUGCCAUCUCCUCAGUCCUACAGAUUCUUCUUAAUGCAUUCUGAUAAACUUAUCCUAUAUUGAAAAAGAUCUUGUGAGUAGAAAAUGAAUAUUUCUCCUUUUAACAUAUCAAUCACCACAAUUAAUAGCCUAGCUUCCCAAGAUGACCUCCUAAGAAUGAUCCUGAGAAAGCUAUAGGUUCAAAUUCAGCCUCAGUUUCUCCUAGAUGCAUUGCAUGUUCACACUAUUGUAAAGGAAAACAAAAUGAUAAGUGGAACCACCAUAGGCCGGGGACCAUAUGUAAAAUGUUUCCCAUUCAUUGUAAUCACACAUUCACUGUAAACUCUUAAUCCCCAAACCCGCUGUCACCAGUUUGUCCAUUCCUUUGUGAUUAAUGUCUUACCGAGAGGGAAGAAUAGUGAGAUUGAUAGUAGCAGUUAUAGUUUCUGAUAGGCAAUGCACAGACUGCACGCAGCCUGAUGAAGCAUCACUGUAAAGUCCCCAGUCUACAAGUGUGCUAACUGACUAGUAAGGUUCAAGUUCUCAGGACCAAGACCAGCCUUUGCCUCGAGAGUGAGGUCACGGUAAGUGAGAAAUAACUCCUUUUCUUCUCACAUAGUAAUAUUGAAGGUAUAGUAACCUUUUACUUGAAGGGGGCUGCCAGGCAUUAACGGGAAAAGAUGGGUUGUGUCAGCUGUGGUCGUAGGUUGAUCGUCCCUUGGAUGCAGUGUGGACAGCAUGCGCAGAACGGCUCAGAUUACAGGUUAGGUUAGAGGCAUCUAUGAAAUUAGUUAAAUCCAUUCAAAUGCUUUAUGAUUUAAAGCCUUCACAUUCAGAAAUUCUUCUUGGCUCAAGCGCUGCAGAUAGAACGCAGUGCUGAGUUGGGGUUAGAAAGUAGUAAGUUCCUUUCGACUCAAACCGCAAUACUCCAAGCUCCAUUCCCUUCCUGCUGGCAAGUUGCACUCAGGUUAGAUCGGUGACAUCACUUCGUUCCAAAAUUGCUUCCGAAUUCGUAGCUACUGUACACUUCGGCCUGCUGUAAUGGGAUGUAGAAACAGACUGGAAAAUGCCAGUUGGGUUUACACCGUGUGAGAAGACACGGGUCCUCAUUUAGUGCCUUUCUGGGGGCUCUGGGGGUUUAUUCAAGUAGAUUAGAGGUGGCGAGUGGCAAGUCUGUUAUUUAGUUUUAAAAUCCAGGACUGUUUUAUACUGCCGCUUGCUGAGCGGGGAGAAAGCAGGGUGGAGAGUGGAGGUUUGGUCUGUGUCUCUGUUGCUAGGAAAUAAAAUGAGGAAUUCAGAGUGUCUGGAGAAGUUCCCUGUAUUCAGGAUUUUGUAGUGAGGGACACCGUGGCUUUUCUUAGGAGAUGUGAGCCCAGGGUCCUGGGAAAGGCAUUGCCAUGGCACAGGGACCACCAGGACACGUUGCUCAGUGGAGCUGGGUCGUAUUCCACUGGUCGUGUGUGGCUGUGUGUAUGAUUGGCUGGCCACCCACCUCGCCUUGGUCUGACCCUCUUUGUAACAGAAGGCUGACAUACAGUGCCACUGACUCCAAGUGGAUUUUAAAUCUGCUUCUUAAGCUGAAAGAGGAUAAAUAAUCAGAAUAGUAUCCAGUGGCUCCAUAAAUUGUCCUUGAUGAUCCAUCUCCGAUGAAGACCUUAGGCAUCAUCUGGCUUGAUAAAAUCAAUAGAAACCCCAAAGCCUGCCUGGUUGUUGCAAAGUUUCCUACUCCUGUUUUUCCAAAAAAAAAAAAAAUGUCACAGACAGGAAGAACUCCAUGUGUAAAGGCACCAUAUUCUAUUACCUGCUACAAACCAUGAUUAUUUACCUAUUUAUUUUUAUUUAUUUUUACAUUGGGGAAAAUGGCAAUUGAGUAUGAAAUUUUCAGGACUUUGCUUGAAAAUAGAAUUGAAUGAAGUUCUGGAGGUUAACGCUUUUACAAGAAUAAAAGAACUGAAAUGUUUAUCAGGCAUCUAUAAAAUUUGUGUGACCCUUGACUGGGAGUGGUGGGGUGGCUGGAAUGACCUUUCUCUUCUUCCUUUCUGUCCUUUGUAGAGCCUUUGGGUGUUCCUUGCCUCCUGUCAUGCUCUACACCACCCCUGUGGUAGGCCUCUGAUCUCUUCCGUGCCUCUGCGUCUUAUGACUUUCUCUAGGAUGCACUCUUGGUAGCCUCCAGCCUCUUCCAGGUCUCCAGUUCUCCUGGCUUCUGUCAUGGCCUAUCUGUGCUAGGUCCCCAGCAUCUUCUGGGUCUCUGUGUUUCCUGAUUCCUUGUGCUGCACCUGUGAUGGUCCCCUGGCCUCCUCCAUGCCUCUGUAUCUCCCAGCUUCCUUCAGGGUGCAUUGGGGAUGGUCUCUUGAGCAGCAGGUAUGCUGUGGCAGAGAGUGGGAAGAGGAGAAAGGCAGAGUAAAGCUAUGUGUCUCUCAGUGUUUCCCGUUUCGGCUUGUUGGCCUUCCCGUUUUGACUUCAUGAUAGGCACGUGUUAAUUGUGUAAGCUAAGAGAGUGGCCUCUGACUUAGCUUCUACCUGUAGGGACUGGACAGGCACGGCUAACACUUGCACUCAAUGUUUGACUGUCACUUUUAUGGGCCUUUUUUGACUGAGUCAGGACUAAUAGGCUGUUUUACUCAGUCUAACUAACGUCCAGGGUGGGGGUGGGGUGAGGCGUGCUGCUUUCCUAGCGCAGUGUUUACACUUAGCUAGCACAGUGUUGCUACCCCGGGGAUAUUUGGCAAUGCUUGGAAAUAAAGGAUGGCUAUCUCUAGGGGUAGGUUUUAUGGAUUGUUCAUAGUGUCUAGUGAGUGGGCAGAGGCCAGCAAUUUCUCUCAACAUACGGCUUGAAUGACCCUCGUUGGAGGACUGCUCUGCUUCAAGGAGUGCCGAGGGUGGAAAUCCUCAGAACCUUCUGUCUGGCAGGCCUCCACAGGAACAAGGCUGGUGGUACCUGCAUUUCUUGCUGGCUUACCUGUCCUAGGGAAAAAAAAAUAGUUUCCUGAAACUGUUUCAGUUUUUCUUUGAGUUUACACUGUACACUCGGUGUUAAUGCAAAGCCAACGUCGUCACCAUCUAAAAGGGCACAAGUUACAAGUUAGUGGAAUCCACGUAGAGCCCGAAUGCCUCCAUUCUGGGUAUACUAGCAUUUUACUGGCUAGUGCAAGGCAGUAGAGUCUUUUGAAGGUGCUGGGACUCUAUUGAGGAUUGGUGGUUGCCUGGGUCUCUCAUUUAGUAUCAUGAACUUGAUGUUAUUUUUCUCGUCUCCUUUGCAAAAACCUCUGUGUUGACUGGGUCUUGUUCUGGCUGUCACUUCCUCUGAAAAGUGAACAUACUGUAGGGGACAGCUUGCUGUGUGAGCACAGUCUGAACACAUGUCUGCCACCAGCACUCAGAUCAGGAACCAAACCACCAUCAGCCCCUUGGAGGGGUGGAGGGGGCGUCUCUCAUAGACCCCUGAACACCUCAGGUAGCUGGUCUCUAUUUAAGGUCAAUCCUAGUCUUUGUCAAAUGCAGUUAGAGACGUAGGAAGUAUUAUCCACUUGCAAGGCACCAGCUAUUAUAACUCACCCAAUUAGGUUUGUCACUCGUUUCUGCUGCGUUGUCCUUGGUUAUUUAAAUAUUUUACCUGUGAUCUCCUCUGGCGAACCUCCUUUGCUCAUAAUUUUAAUUUAUUGUCUGUUCUGUUUGCUAGACACUUAAUCAGACACCUCUCUGGCGAGAGUCUUGCAGGAUUAUUUGACUUCUUGCCUUUCAGUACAUUGUGAAUUUAACCAAGCAUAAUGCACUUGUGCCCCGUUUUACCCUACCAUCCGGUUUCUUUUUUAACAGAGAGCUGGGGCCAUUUGAGAGUUGCUUAUCGUUCACAUGGCUGCCAACAUUAGAAUCACAGUGUUGUUGCAGUGUAGUCUGUUACGAGUAAUAGACCGUCAUCCAAUAUGAUGAUAUUGUUAACUGCUGGAGAUCCCAUCAUGAAUUCCAGGAUACGGUGCCUUUACCAGUGUUAGGAUGUCUAGAAAAGUUAUGCCAUUUGACCCAUCUCUUUGUCUCUGUUGGGCUUCUAUCCUAGAAGUUGGCACAAGAGUGUUGAGAGGAACAGAAAUGCAAAACAAAUGAACGAAUGAACAAGCAAGCACCCAACAACUCCAACAGUUAACUGUGGAGCUUGAAGGUGUUCGGGUGAUAUUGCAUAAUUAUUAACCUCAAGAGGAGGAAAAUGUUGAAGGGCCUGUUUUGUAUUGCGUUUCAUGGUACCAGGUAAUGCUUAGCAAAAUAGCUUCUCCUAGAAGCUGCAGACAGAGACUCGUGACUAAGGCCAUCAUGAGCAAACUCUGUGCAUCACUUUGCACAUGCCCAGUGGCAAGUAAGAAAGGUGAACGUUGGAGCAAUGAGAGAACAAAGGAGUCAGGGGGAUGCUGGCAAUCCAGAGGCCAGACACUGCCAGAGAAGCAGGGUGCAGCCUGUUUUCACUGUCCUGCUCUGUGACCCAUGCGUUGGAUUUGAGCACAAGAUGGUUCUUGAUGGGGCAGAGAGCACCACCAUGAAAUCUUGAAUGUAGAGCUACUGAAAGCCAGGCCAAUGAAGUUAAGGAGCAUCCCUUGAAGCUUGUCUUGGUCUGUUUUGUGCUGUAAUUCUAGGCUAGAACAGACCGGGAGAAGUUUAACACAUAAGGAAACUGAGUUAAGUAUAAAUCUGGAGAAUGCAGGGCAGGGGCAGGGCAUAGUAUCUGCUGGCAGGAAGUAGCCUUUUGCUGGGUUGACUCAGGUUGGAAAGGCAAAGAAAAGAGAGUGGGUCUGGAACACACACAAAACAGCAGGGAGCAAAGGGUGGUGGUGAUCUUCCGAAAUGUAUUUAUUUUUGUUUAUUCAUUUGCAUUUUCACCUGUAUUUUAAUGUGUCACAUGUGUACCCAGUGCACGUGGAACAAGUGAGCUGUGUAGAAGGGGCAUCAGAUUCCCUGAACUAGAGUUAAAGAUGGUUGUGCACCACCUCAAUUCCCAGUGGGGUCUGAUCCAUCGCUCUAGCCCCAGUUUGUUUUAUAAAACUACUUCUAUACUAACUAACUGGUCACCAAGGCAGGGUGUCGUGUUAGUUUGUUCAGUAAUCCUCUCCCAACAUGUUUGGAUUGGACACUAGCUUCCAGUACGUUAACUCUGAGGGGCAUGUUCAAGUUGCCAAAGACAUACUGCCCAGUGGAGGAAGGACAAUCCCGAAACAGAGAGGAUUCUGGUCUGGAAGAGGAAGCAUGUAAAAUGUUGGUCAGGAAACUAGUAGAAAGAUGGGUAUCCAUUGAAUUUGCUAAUGGGGCUUUCGAGGGCUGGGGUUGGAUGACCUCACAGCCUUGACUAAAUUGCCAUCACGGCAUAAACCCUGGAAUCCUAGCAUUCUCGAACCGGAGGACGGAGGACCAGAAGUUCAAGUUCAUCUUUUCUACCUACUGAAUUCCAAGGCAGCCAGGCAGGGUAUACUAGAUCCGAUCUGAAAAGAAUUGGGUGCUGUAGGUCAGUCUAUGCCUGAGUCUCUCCUGCUAGAUCGACAUUCUAUUCAAUCUUCAGUUUUGCUUUCCUUUUGUUUCAUACUGCGAAGUGAAAUUUUUGUUUUGGUAGGCAGUCAAUAGCUGACGUUUCGGCGGUGUUUGCUUACGUUGAUUGAACAGUAAAUAGACUGCUGUUUCUCUUUUCCUAAGACUGGAAAAGCUGGCACAGGGCUGCUCAUUAUGUAGCUAUUUAAUCAUGAACGAGCAUUUCCCAUUCUUAUAACUGUGUGAAGGUGCUGGGCUAUCAUAGUGAGGAUGUGAGGGCAGUGCUUUACUGUGAGUGGUUUGCAAGGGCAUAUCCCCAAAAGAUGCUCCAACAUAUAACAAAGACACGUGCUCCACUAUGUUUAUAGCAGCCUCAUUUAUAAUAGCCAGAAGCUGGAAAGAACCCAGAUGUCCUUCUACAGAGGAAUGGAUACAGAAAAUGUGGUACAUCUAUACAAUGGAGUACUACUCAGCUAUUAAAAAUAAUGACUUCAUGAAGUUCAUAGACAAAUGGAUGGAACUAGAAAAUAUCAUCCUGAGUGAGGUAACCCAAUCACAAAAGAACACACAUGGUAUGCAUUCACUGAUAAGCGGAUAUUAGCCCCAAAUUCGGAAUAUCCAAGAUAUAAUUCACAGAGCACAUGAGGCUCAAGAAGAAGGAAGACCAAAGUGUGGAUGCUUCAAUCCUUCUUAGAAAGGGGGAAAAUACUCACAGGAGGAAAUACGAAGACAAAGAGUAGAGCAGAGACUGAAGGCAAGGCCAUCCAGAGACUGCCCAACCUGGGGAUCCAUCCCAUAUACAGUCACCAAACUCACACAAUAUUGUAGAUGCCAAGAAGUGCAUUCUGACAGGAAUCUGAUAGAGCUAUCUUCUGAGAGGCUCUGCCAGAGCCUGACAAAUACAGAGGCAGAUGCUUGCCAAUGGAGGAGCUAGGUAAGGGACUAAAGGAGUUUUAAGGGGUUUGCAGACCCACAGGAAGAGAAACAUCAACCAACCAGACCCCUCAGAGCUCCAAGGGACUAAACUACCAUCCAAAGAGUACACAUGGAGCAACCAAUGGCUCCAGCUGCAUAUGAAGCAGAGGAUGGGUCCAGUAUCAAUGGGAGGAGAAGCGGUUGGUCCUGUGAAGGCUUGCUGCUCCAGUGUAGGGGAAUGGCAGGGUCGGGAGGUGGGAGGGAGUAGGAGGGAGGCCAGAGGAAGUGGAUGGGAGGGUGGGAGUACCCUCAUCGAGGCAGAGGGAGGGGGGAUGGGAUAGGGGGUUUCUGGAGGGGAAACCGGGAAAGGGGAUAACAUUUGAAAUGUAUAUAAAAAUAUGAAUAUAAAAGAAGAGAAAAGAAAAAAAAACUAGGAAAAAGAAACAAAGACUUAAGGUCUGAGGAAUAGACCGGCGGGUGGGUGAAGAUUCUUAAUAUCAGGCCUUUGCUUUUGUUGCCCACUCACAACUCUGCUUGACAGUGAACCUUGGUUCACUAUCAGGACUCCCACCCUGCUUUUUUCUGAGUUAGCUGUUGUAGAGGUUACAUAAUUACCUCUUAUUCCAUACCAUGUUUGAAGGCCUGGCAAUGUGUGGUAACACACAGCUGAUUCCUUCCCAGUAUUUUAUCAGAGCAUCUACAGAAAAUGAUGUUUUUACAAAGGUGGUGGAUUUUCUACCUUUCUUUUUCUCCUGUCACAACAUCAUCAAUUUCAUGAGCUGAUUAUCUGUGGAAAUACCUUGGCCGGAAGUGGCUGAGGUUUGAGCUCUCCUACCCUCCUCAUGCUCUCUCUGCCUUUGGCUUUUAUGUGAGAUAGAAGCGUGUCAGCUCCGGUGGGAUGAGUGAUGGGCAAACCCCCACGAUUUCCCUGUCUUACAUUUUCACCUUUGUGCUUAUGAUAUCCCGGUUGCCAUAUGGAAUUCAUAGUAAGAGUUGGGGAGAGAGCAAAAGUGGAGCUGGGGAGAGGAUGGCUCUGUAGUUAAGAGCCUGGUAGAGCCUCUGUAGAUAAUCAUUGCACCCACAUCUGUGGACUCAAAACGACCUGUAACUCAGCUCCAGGAAAUUCUAUGCCUAUUCUGGCUUCAAGGGGUCCGCACACAUGUGGCGUAUAUCCUCACACAUGCAGUCACAUAAAAUAAAGGGAAAGAAAGCAAAAUUAGUGAUUACUGGAGCUUCUGGUAGAAGGCAUAUCUUUAGUUUUAGACACUCUCGCAUUCAUCACAAACUAAAUAUUUUGUAAGUGGAAGAUGCGUGUAGCUCACUGGACUUCUAGCUUGGUUAUAUACCGUAGAGCAUCAUUUCCCCCUGGUGAUCACCCAGGCAACUGUGGAGUGUGUUUCCCGCCCCUGCCCGGUAUUGUGUGUCUUGCUCAGUGCUUUAGGAGCUUCUGGUAGAAGGCAUAUCUUUAGUUUUAGACACUCUCGCAUUCAUCACAAACUAAAUAUUUUGUAAGUGGAAGAUGCGUGUAGCUCACUGGACUUCUAGCUUGGUUAUAUACCGUAGAGAAUCAUUUCCCCCUGGUGAUCACCCAGGCAACUGUGGAGUGUGUUUCCCGCCCCUGCCCGGUAUUGUGUGUCUUGCUCAGUGCUUUACUAACUUAAAACGGGCAGUUUCCAGUGUGAGUUCUACUGAACACACACUGUUUUGUGUCACUGUGAAGGUGGUAAAUGUAGGUCAGGGCUGUCUAGUAUCUAUAGAUACACAUGUGUUUUACAUAUACCUGUAGUUAAAUUAUUUAGGAAUAGUUAGAUCUGUAGGGAAAUGAAGUGGUUAUGCAGAAGACUCACAUUCCACAUUACCUGCUUAGGGCUUGAGUUUGAAACUUCUGUGUUCCUAGACCCCUGUGGCCUCAGAGUGGCUCUUUCCACACAGCCCAAUCCCAAGGCUGUGCCUGUAGGUGGGGUGGGUGUACCCGUCUUGGGAGGGUGUGUUCAGUGUAAUGGGUGCCCCCUGACCUUUUUCUUGCUGGGAAAAGCUCUGCGACUAUGUCUGCUUUAGGCCUUCCGGAACCUCAAUUCUCAACCCUCUUUCGACUAAAUGUUUGGUCAUGUGUCUACAAUUCCUGGGCUGACUGGCACAUGUAUGAGUGUUAGGUUUUUAAAGAGAAUGCAAAACUCUUCCGCAGAGAUGGCUUUCUAUUCACACUACCGUUCCAUUCAUGAUCAUGACCCGUCGUCGGCAGCUUGGCCCCAACCCUUGCCACCAGCUCCUUGUUUUGUUCUCUCUAUUCCGAGGGGUGUGCGAUGUUUUGUGUUUGUCCAGGGCACAGGUUUAUGAAGCUGAGGAUGACUUUACCUCUCAAGUGUCUGGAUUCCAGAUGUGCGCCACCCUCCCAACCCCAACCCCAUUCUUGUUUCUGUCACUCCCUGCCCGCCCACUGUUGAUCUUGAGAGUUAUAUGCGAUGGUAGUCUUGUGAUUUUUAUUUUUUUCAUAUGAUCACUUCCUAUUUCUUCUGCACGAGCACCCUUCUCUCAGCGUAUGCACACUUGUGGUGAGUCUUGCCCUUUUUUCUCUUCUGUUCAUGCUCCUGUUCAUUCACAUUGAAAACAAACACCAAAACCAGCUGCACCGUGGUGGCCCACACCUUUAAUUCCAGCAUUUGGGAGGCAGAGGCAGGUGGAUGGAUCUCUGAAUUUAAGACCAGCCAAGGCUACACAGAACAACCGUGUCUGAAAAACAAACAACAACAAACACAAAAAGUCACCCCCAAUCUCCUGGCCCAGAGGAUUUUCUCCUCUAUUGUUCUAUAAACGGUUCGUAGCCCACCUCUAAGUCUUCAGUGCAGUUUUGAAUUUCCUUUCUGUGUGAGAUGUGAGGCUUCCGUACGAUUUCCCUUCCUCGUUUUAAUCGUUAGAUGCGCAGUUGGUCCAGCACCAUUUAUGGGGAAGUGUCUCCUUGCUCCCUUGAAUGGCUUUCGUGCCAUUGUGAAAAACCGCACAAUCAAGUGGCCAAACUGUGUGGCUCUUUGUGGGCUGCGUGGCCUGUUCCUUCGGUCUGCGCGCUCACACCGUGCAGUCUGCAUUACCUUAGCUAUGGAACAGCUUAGAGCAAUUUCCUUCUUCCUUCUCUUUGAUGGUGUCUCCUUUGAAGACUUGCUUCCCUAACCCCGCCUCCUUCUGUUUUAUUUUUACCUGUGGAGACCGCUGUGUUCCUUGAAAAUGACCUCACUGCUCUCCGAGAAGCCCUGUCUUUCAAGUGCCUGGCUUCCUGAAGGCCAUUUCCAAAGGGCUGGAAAUGUCUGCUUAUCAACUCGUUGGCUUUUUUCUUUGUCUGGAAUCCAGUGCUGAGCUGGAUGGGGAGGCUCUUCGGAGGAGUCAGUGCUUUGAUCCUUGAGUUUGCAUGGCUCCGGGGGGACCAGCACUGUGGGUUACUCACUCUAGAUAACAAUUAAGGCUCCAUGGCUCAGGGUGCUAGUUGUGGGGGGUGGGGACCAUUUGUGACCCCCUGAAGUAGGGGGACAUAUCUUCCCAUUUCUCCUGUAACUUCUCUAGUGUCCUCACACUCUGUGAUGCUGUUGCCAUAACUGUGCCUGGCUUGACACUUCAGGAGCCAUUCAAGUCUCAUUAAUGUGGUUUAUUUAUGUGUAGCAGCCCUUUGUCUUCUCUGUGUAUUGUUUACCAGAUUCUUGUCAGGGCAAGGUCUUUUGAAUUUUAGCCCACUGGAUUUUUCUCACUCACCAUGGAUAGAGAUGUGUUUUGGACAAUUGGUGGGAAAUACUUUGAAUUUAGUUGUCAAAGAAUCAUCUCCGGGGCGAAUAACUUGCUCUGGACUAGAGGAGCGUAUCCGAUCAGAUUGUGACUGAGAAUUUAGACGUUUGUUUUCUUUUGUGGGCACACGUGUGUUUGUAGGUUGCUUGAAGUCAGGUGUUCUCCCCAGUCGUUUCUUCAGAGUCUCUCGCUAAACCUAGAACUCACUGAUUUGGCUGGGUCCGAUGGCCAGUGAGCUAGGGCUCUCCUUGGCCUGUGCUUCUUCCCCUCAAUUGGGAUUGCAGGCAUGAGCCACUAUUCCUGGCAUUUAUAUGGCUGUUCCAGAUACACAUGGGUGUCCUCAUGCUAGUGUGGCAAGCACUUUCCUCUCUGAGCUGUCUUCCUAGUCCAAAGAAGAAGAUAUCGUCGUUGUCAUCUUAGUCGCCGUCGCCGCCGCCGCCGUCGCCGCCGCCGUCGUCAUCGUCAUCACCAUUGAGACAGAGCUUUGACUGUCUUGGAACUUCUCUGUAGACCAGGCUGGCCUUGAAUUCGCAGAAAUCUGCCUGCCUCUGCCUCCUGUGUUGGGGUUAAAGGGCUGCCCCACCACCAACCUGCUGCUAAAUGACUAUAUUUUUAAACAGUGAGAAUGUAAUGACAUUUAGGUUGUGUAUUCUUUCCCGCCCCCCACACACACACGUAUGUGGGUGUUUUCUUUCCUGGGGUACUUAGAAAACCUUCAACUCUGUUAAAUCCAUUAGCCACUGAUCUAAGAAGUUGCUUGCAUUGAUGGCUGAAGUAGCCCUGUUUAUUGGCGUUCACUGGGUUUUGUCAUCUCUUAGAAAUCUGGUAGGACAGCCCUUCUGCUGAGCAAAUUACAUGUUAAGAUACUUCUCUGUCUGACCCCUCAACUGAGAUUUGGUGAAGUUAAACGGCCCUUUAGUGCCAAUACUUUAAAUUUCCUGGAGAUGAGCAAUACUUUCAUUUUCUCUUCCAUUUUUAUUUAUUUAUUUAUUUUUUUAAGUUAGCUCUGUCUCCUUUUUGAAGAACUGUGUGACUGAGUGGCUCGGGGUGACCUCUACUCCAGACACUUCUACCUCUAAAGGACUUAGAGUGCAGUCACUCCAGCGUCCAGCUUAGGACGGACAAACUCCUUCUGAAACCCUUCCACACCUUCAAAGCCAGGCCUAUUGAUUAUUGAUACACGGGAGAGAGAUACACUGAAAUUUGAACAGUUGUUACAGUUAUUUUUAUUUUCUUGUUUAUGCUUUUUAUAUACUCACCCAUCUAUUUAAUGUACUGUGCCUAUUAAUGUACUUUGCCUAAGUACGCCUCCACUGCAAAAUAUUUAUGGCUUUUAUAAUCAGGAAAAGCAAUAAAUGCUAUUAAAAAAGGAAUUUACCAUGGGCCUGCUUAGUUGCGCGAUAAUAAGAUUAUUGAUCAGUUCCACGGUCCCAUGGAUGCUGCCAGCAGGACUCUUUAUUUCGCUUGCAGCACAAAUGUCAUUGCACCGUUUAUUUCGCUCCUUAGAUAAGGUUGCCAGGGUCUUCCCUGGGUCUGCAGUGAAUUCUCUGACAAAAUGCUGUUACCACCUGCGGGCCUGUAAGUUGCUGAGCCCCUCCAGGGCAUCGUGCCUGCAGGGAUUCGGUCUGUGCUGGCAGAAGCACCAACUGUUGCAGCUAUGGUGCC